GCAUUCCCAGCCUCGCCUCGGGUGGAGGGAUUGCGAGGAGGGAAAGCAAAACUACACGGCCUCUCUCUGUGUAGUUUUGUUUUUGUCAGGGAAUAUUUCGAGGCUCAACCGUUCUCACCUUGGAUUUUUCUGCACAAACCGAUCUGGAUAAGGGGGCUGCUGAUUGUUAGUCAUCCGGGCACCGUCCCAUAACUUCCAGGCACUCUUGUGGAAACAAGGUGCCGACCACCAUGUCAACACAAGCGCCGUCGUUCACACAGCCGCUUCAGAGCGUCGUGGCACUGGAGGGUAGUGCCGCCACGUUCGAGGCUCAAGUUAGUGGUUCUCCAGUUCCUGAGGUGAGCUGGUUCCGUGAUGGCCAGGUUCUUUCCGCCGCAGCUCUGCCCGGCGUUGAGAUCUCGUUCAGCGACGGCCGCGCUGUUCUGAGGAUCCCCGCUGUGACCGCCGCACACAGCGGACGCUUUUCUGUCAGAGCCACCAAUGGCGCUGGACAAGCUACGAGCACCGCUGAGCUCCUGGUUACAGCGGAGACAGCACCCCCCACCUUCCUUCAAAGGCUGCAGACCUCCACAGUGAGGCAGGGCAGCCAGGUGAGGCUUAACGUCAGAGUUACAGGUAUCCCCACACCUGUAGUGAAGUUCUACAGGGAGGGAGCUGAGAUCCAGAGCUCUGCCGACUUUCGGAUCCUGCAGGACGGAGACCUAUACAGUCUGCUGAUCGCCGAGGCCUUCCCAGAGGACUCUGGGACGUAUUCUGCUACAGCCACCAACAGCAGUGGACGGGCCACGUCCACCUGCGAGCUUCUGGUUCAAGGUGAAGAACCGGUUCCAGCAAAGAAAACCAAGACAGUAAUUUCUGCUGCUCAGAUUUCACAGACCAGAAUCACAAGAGUGGAAAAGAAGAUGGAGUUCGAGCUGACUCAGACACUUGGUCACAAGACUCCUCCCAGAGUUCCACCCAAACCUUCGUCAAAGUCUCCUACCCAGGCCUCGCUGGUCUCCAAGGUGACCGGAGUGCGCCAACAGUCACCAUCACCUGUCAGACACGUGAAGGCACCCACGCCCACACCUGUCAGGCCGGUAAAGUCUCCCGUCACCACAAGGAAGCAGGCUGCCCCCGCCGCUGAAGUCCCCCCACCAUGGAAGCGGGGAGAUGAUGGCAUGAAACCAGUGCAUCAACCAAUCACAGAGCCCAAAGAGGUGAGGAUUGCGUGGUUGCACGCUGAGGGAGGGAUAAAAGCUGGGGCGGUGGCCAAAGUGGUGGCGGCCGUUGACCUGGCUCGUAUCCGCCAGCCCGUGCAUGUCGAGGGCGGUCGAGCUGAAGAGGUGGAGGCUGUAGAGGCAGAAAUGAGGCAGCAGACAGUUGCUAUGGCUGCCGAUCAACAGUAUCAAAUUGGGUGGAUGUCAACGAGAAUGCAGGCUGGUCAAAUGCUCACUGCUGCUCAGGAGUUUACAUCUGACCUGCAGCCACAGAUUCAGAGAGGAACAGAAAUCUCCUACAGUGUGGACACUGGUCUCACUCCAUCUCCAGUUCCACAUUUCAUGGUUUCUAAAGUGUCUGUCCCCAAACCAGAGUCUGUUGGGGAGGUGUCCAUCGCUGGCUCUGCUAUCGCCACUCUGCAGAAAGAGUUAUCCUCAUCCUCUUCUAGAAAGAUCAUCAAACCAGUCAAGUCUCCCAGUCCGUCUCUUAAAGUGGUUAAGACCAGUGAGACGCUGGAGUCUGUCCCACCACCGUUCAGAGAAUCCACUGAGAAAUAUCGCUUUGGCACCCAGAUGCAGACGGGGGUCGUGUACAUGGUGGGCAUGGACAGAGUGUAUGAGGACUGGAGAGCCAAGAGCUUGAAGAACACAAAUGUGACAGAGGGUGAGUCGGUGACUCUGGAGUGUCAGAUCAGCGGUCAGCCCACCCCCGUUAUAAUGUGGUUCAGGGAGGACUACAAGAUCGAGAGCUCCAUUGAUUUCCAGGUCAGCUAUGAGAGCGGAUUUGCCCGGCUGGUGAUACGUGAGGCUUUUGCUGAAGACAGCGGACGCUUCACGUGCACUGCCACCAACGAGGCUGGAACCAUCAGCACCUCCUGCUACCUGCUCGUCCAGGUGUCUGAGGACAUCGAGAGCAGACAGGAGACAGUUUCCAUCGUCACUGCUCAGACACAAGUUACAGAAGAAGCUAAAGAAGAGACCAUGUCUGAAGUGAGCGAGGCUGAGCCAGAUGCUCCUGCUGCUGCUCCCUUCUUCAUUAAGACCCUCAGUGUUCAGAAGCUGGUGGAAGGAGGAAGUGUUGUGUUCCAGUGUCAGAUUGGAGGCAGCCCCAAGCCUCACAUCGUCUGGAAAAAGAGCGGAGUGCCGCUCACCACCGGAUACAGGUAUAAAGUUGCCUACAAGAAAGAGACUGGAGAGUGUAGACUGGAGAUCUCAAUGACCUUUGCAGACGAUGCUGGAGAAUAUUCUGUCUUUGCCAAGAAUCAGCUUGGAGAAGUCUCAGCCUCCACCAGUCUUCUGGAGGAAGAGGAAUAUGAAGCCUACAUGAAGAAACAGGAAGUGACAGCUCUGGUGCAGGAGCCCAAACCUGGAGACAUUCCCCCUAUCACAGUGGAGACCGUGACCACCAUUAUCUCCGGACAGGAAUUCCAUUUGUCUGCCAUGGAGCUGAGAAUUAUUCAGGAGAUCGAGCUCUCCAUCAUGAAGAUCACCUACAGAGAGAUUGUAACUGAGGACGGAGAGUUGAUGGUGACCGCCACUGCCACUGAGGCGGUGCAGCCAGCCUUUGACACGCCCGUCAAAAACUAUAGAAUCAUGGAGGGAAUGAGCGUCACCUUCCACUGCAAGAUGUCUGGAAUGCCGCUCCCCAAGAUUGCCUGGUUUAAAAACGGUCAGCGCAUCAGGCCUGGUGAUCAGUACCAGAUGGAGGUUCUCCAGGAUGGAAGAGCCAGCCUCCGCCUACCUAUGGUGCGACCAGAGGACGAAGGCGUGUACACUGCCUUCGCCACCAACAUGAAAGGAAAUGCUGUCUGUUCAGGGAAGCUUUAUGUGGAGUCAUCUGCAGCUGCUCCUCAGAGAUACACACCACAGCCUGCAGUGCAGAGGAUCAGAUCCACAUCUCCUCGUUCUCUGAGCCGCUCUCCUGGCCGUUCACCCAGCCGUUCUCCCGGACGCUCUCCCGCUCGUCGACUUGAUGAGACAGACGAAGCACAGCUGGAAAGACUUUACAAACCAGUAUUUGUCAUGAAACCUACUGCAUGUAGAUGCUCUGAGGGACAAACUGCCAGAUUCGACCUGAAGGUUGUGGGCCGACCCAUGCCUGACACUUACUGGUUCCACAAUGGACAACAAAUUGUUAGUGACCACACCCAUAAGAUUGUGGUUAAAGAGGAUGGGACUCAGUCCUUGAUCAUUGUCCCGGCUGUGCCCCACGACUCCGGAGAAUGGACAGUGGUGGCUCAGAACAGAGCCGGGCGCUCAUCCAUCUCCGUCACUCUCACAGUGGAUGCUAAGGAAACCUUUGUGCGUCCCCAGUUUACCGAGAAACUGAGGAACAUCAGCGUGAAGGAGGGCACUCUGGUUGAACUGGCCGUUAAAGCAAUUGGAAACCCACUGCCUGACAUUGUCUGGCUAAAAAACAGUGACAUCAUCACCCCACACAAGCAGCCAAACAUCAAGAUUGAAGGAACCAGAGGAGAGGCCAAAUUCCAGAUCCCUUCAGCAGGUGGCUCAGACAGUGCCUGGUACACCGCCACAGCCAUCAACAAGGCUGGCAGAGACACCACCCGCUGCAGAGUCAAUGUUGAAAUGGACUAUGUUGAGCCUGAGCCAGAGAGGAAGCUCAUUAUUCCCAAAGGAACCUACAAAGCCAAAGAGAUCACCCCUCCAGAGCUGGAGCCUCUUCACGUGCGUUAUGGCCAAGAGCAGUGGGAGGAAGGUGACCUUUAUGACAAAGAAAAGCAACAGAAACCGGUGUUUAAGAAGAAGCUCACCUCUGUCCGCAUGAAGCGUUUUGGUCCAGCGCAUUUUGAGUGCAGGCUAACUCCGAUUGGAGACCCCACCAUGGUGGUGGAGUGGCUGCAUGACGGCAAACCUCUGGCUGCUGCAAACAGGCUGCGCAUGGUCAAUGAGUUUGGCUACUGCAGCCUGGACUAUGAAGUUGCUUAUGCUAGAGACAGUGGAGUGAUCACCUGCAGAGCUACCAACAAGUUUGGAGUCGACCAGAACUCUGCCACCCUGAUCGUCAAGGAUGAGAAGGGCCUUGUUGAGGAAUCUCAGCUUCCUGAAGGCAGGAAGGGUGUUCAACGAAUUGAUGAAAUGGAACGGCAGGCUCAUGAAGGUGGACCUUAUGGAGUUACUGCCGAGGAAGACACUGAGAAAAUAAAACCUGAGAUUGUCCUUCUUCCUGACCCUGUAAGGGUUAUGGAAGGGGACACAGCUCGAUUCCGCUGCAGAGUGACUGGUUAUCCAGCUCCAAAGGUAAACUGGUACCUCAACGGACAACUCAUUCGCAAAAGCAAGAGAUACAGACUUCGCUAUGAUGGUAUUUACUACCUGGAGAUUACAGAAAUCAAAUCUUAUGAUUCAGGAGAGGUAAAGGUUAUAGCAGAUAACAACCUGGGUUCAGCUGAACACACUGUGAAGCUGGAGAUUCAGCAGAAGGAGGAUUUCAGAACUCAUCUGCGCCAUGCUGCUGAGGCUAAAACAGGUGACGCUCCUUCUGAGUCAGGAAAAGUACCAUUCGAGGUGGUGAAGGCUGAGCAACCUGCUGAGGACUCUCAGUUGAAGGAGGUGGUCAAGCUUAAGAAGGCCCAGCGAAUUGUCCAUGAGAAGGCCAUAGAGGAGUCUGAGGAGCUGAGGUGCAAAUUCAAGCGCAGGACAGAGGAAGGCUAUUAUGAGUCCAUCACUGCUGUUGAGCUUAAGUCACGUAAGAGGGAUGAUUCCUAUGAAGAUCUUCUGAGAAAAACUAAGGAGGAACUGCUUCACCAUGCCAAGGAGAAGGAGGAGGCUGAGAAGAAGAAGGAGGAGGAGCGCCGCAAACUUACUGCAAAACCUCUGAAACCAGAGAGAGUCAAACUCUCGCCCAGCAUGGAAGCUCCUAAGAUCCUGGAGCGUAUCACUAGCCAGACAGUUGCACUGGGAGAUGAAGUCAAAUUCAGAGUCAGAGUCGUUGGUAGACCAGAUCCUGAAUGCCAGUGGUUCAAGAAUGGUGUUCAGCUGGAGAAAUCAGACCGUAUUUACUGGUUCUGGCCUGAAGACCAUGUUUGUGAACUGGUGAUCAGAAACGUCUCAGCUGAGGAUUCAGCUAGCAUAAUGGUUAAGGCAACCAACACCGCUGGAGAGACAUCAAGCCAUGCUUUCCUGCUGGUGCAAGCAAAACAAGUCAUCACUUUUACACAGAAACUGGAGGACGUCAAUGCCAAGGAGAAAGAUACUAUGGCUACCUUUGAGUGUGAAACCAACGAGCCUUUUGUUAAAGUCAAAUGGCUCAAGAGUAACAUGGAGAUCUUCUCCGGAGACAAAUACAGGAUGCACUCUGACAGAAAGGUCCACUUCCUGUCCGUGCUGACGCUCGAAAUAAGGGAUAACGCAGAAUAUUCAUGUGUGGUUAUAGAUGACGAGAAUGUCAGAACCAGCGCCAAGCUCAACGUUGAAGGAGCCCCACUGGAGAUGCUGAAGCAGCUGGAGAACAUCGAGGUGCCUGAGACUUACUCUGGAGAGUUUGAAUGUGUUGUGACUCGUGAAGAUGCUGAAGGUAGCUGGUUCUUUGAAGACAAGCUGCUCUCUACCAGUGCUAAAUACGUCAUGACCUCUCGCCGUGGAAGACACACUCUGUCUGUGAGAGAUGUCAAGAAAGAAGACCAAGGCAAAUUUACCUUCAAAGUGGGCGAAUUCACGACAAGUGCCUCACUGAAGAUGAAAUUGCGUCCCGUGACCCUGGUCCAGCCUUUGACAGACCUAACAGUUUGUGAGGGGGAUAUUGCUCAGCUUGAGGUCAAGUUCUCCCAGGAAAAUGUUGAAGGUAGCUGGAUGAAGAAUGGACAGCCAGUUGCAGCUUCAAACCGUAUGCACAUUGUUAUCGAUAAACUAGUCCACAAACUCCUGAUUGAAGAUGCCACCAAGGACGACUUUGGAUCAUAUUCAUUUGUGGCUCCUGAUCAUGAUAUUACAACCUCUGCAAAGCUCAUCAUUCGGAGUAUUGGUAUCCUUAUUCCGUUGAAGGACACAUCUGCUGUUGAAGGCACCAAGGCUGUCCUGGAGGCUAAGAUCUCUGCUCAGGACAUUAGCUCCGUCAAGUGGUACCACAAUGACAAACUGUUGGUGCCCAGCGACCGGGUCAGUAUGGUGGCAAAGGGGGCCAAGCAGCGUUUGGUUUUCACUAGGACCUACGCUUCUGAUGAGGGUCACUACAAAAUGGUUGUUGGCCGAGUGGACACCAGCUGCAAAUUCUCUGUUGAGCCUGUGCAGAUCCUGAAGCCAAUGAAGGACACGGAGUGCUCUGAAUCUGAGAAUGUCACCUUCGAAGUUGAGGUUUCCCACCCAGGUAUCGACCCAUAUUGGACCUUCAAGGACCAGCCACUCAAAGCCAGCGCCAAGCACAAGAUGGAGACCAAGAAUAAGCUCUACUUCCUGACAGUCAUCAAUGCAAUGAAAGAUGAAGAGGGCGAGUACCUGUUCGCUGCUGGUGAGAAGACGUGCAGAGCUUCACUCACCGUAACAGGUGGCGCCAUCAAGAAACCUUUGCGAGAUCUGGUGGUUGCUGACUCCCAGACUGCAGUGCUGGAGUGUCAGGUAGCAAACCCAUCUGCAGAAGGAAAGUGGCUGAAGGAUGGACACCUUGUCGACUUCAGCGAGAACGUGUUGAGUGAGGUGGAUGGUGCUGUGAGACGUCUUGUUAUUGUUAUCACGAAAGCCACCGACGUCGGAGAAUACACCUACCAGGUGGCCACCUCCAAGACCACUGCCAGUCUGAGGGUUGAAGCUGUAAAGAUCAAGAAGACUCUGAAGAACCUGAACGUGGUCGAGACUCAGGAGGCUGUGUUCAGUCUCGAGCUGACCCACGAGAACGUCAGGGGAGCCCAGUGGAUCAAGAAUGGUGUCGAGAUCCAGCCCAGUGAUAAAUUUGAGAUCAGUAUGGAGGGUACAGUUCACACCUUGAAGAUCAACAACUGCGCCACACAAGACGAGUCCGUUUACUCCUUCAAACUGGGAAAGCUGUCUGCAAACGCCAGACUCAAUGUUGAAACCCUCAAGAUCCUGAAGAAGCCAAAGGAUGUAACAUCACUGCUGGGUGCAACAGCUAUGUUUGAAGUGGGCAUCUCUGAAGACAACAUCCCAGUAAAAUGGAUGUUCAAGAACACGGAGCUGAAGCCAAACGAACACUACAAGAUGCUGUCUGAGAAAAGGACCCACAAACUGAUCCUCCAGGACGUGGACAACAGCAAGGAGGGAGAGUACACGGUGGUGAUUGGUCAUCUCCAGUGCAGUGCUCACCUGACUGUUGAGUCUCUGCGGGUAACCAAACCCAUGAAGAACGUGGAGGUCCCAGAGACUCAGGUGGCCACAUUCGAGUGUGAAGUUUCUCACUUUAAUAUACCCUCCACCUGGCUGAAGAACGGUGUGGAGAUCGAGAUGAGUGAGAAGUUCAGGAUUGUUGUUCAGGGGAAACUCCACCAGCUGAAGAUCAUGAACACCAGCAGGGAUGACUCUGCAGAGUACAUGUUCAUCUGUGGGAACGACCGAGUGUCAGCGACACUUACCGUCAACGCUAUUCUGAUUACAACAAUGCUGGAGGACCUGAACGCUCAGGAGAAAGACACCGUCACGUUUGAGGUGAACGUCAACUAUGAGGGAAUCACCUACAAAUGGCUGAAGAACGGUGUGGAGAUCAAAUCCACAGACAGGUGCCAGGCGCGCUGCAAACAGUUCACCCACAAUCUGAGCAUCAGGAACGUCCACUUUGGAGACACCGCCGAGUACACCUUCAUGGCCGGCUCUGCAGCUACUACAGCUAAACUUUACGUGGAGGCUCGUGUGAUUGAAUUCACUAAACACCUGAAGGACAUAAAGAUCACAGAGAAGAAGAGGGCGACCUUUGAGUGUGAAGUUUCUGAGUCGAACGUCCAGGUGAUGUGGAUGAAGGACGGCCAGGAGCUGGAGAUGUCCGAGAGGUACAAAAUGAGCUCAGACAAGUUUGUGCACCGCCUGGUUCUGCCGUCAGUUCGCAUGUCUGAUGCUGGCGAGUACACGGCUGUAGCCGGGUCGAGCAUGUCUGUUGGACACCUGGGAGUCGAGGGGCGAGAUGUUAAAAUCUCCGAGCCUGAAAGCAGAGACAUCACAGUGGUGGAGAAACAAAGAGCAACCUUUGAGUUUGAGGUAAAUGAGGAUGAAGUGGAGGGACACUGGCUGAGGAAUGGAGUGGAGAUCCAUUUCCAGGAGGAAGAGAGGUUCAACUACGCCAUCAUCAGGAAGCUGCACCGCCUCACUAUCUCAGAGACAUUCAGGAGUGACGCUGGAGAGUACACAUUCAUCGCCGGCAAAAACCGCAGCACCAUGAACCUUCUUGUGAGAUUGCCGGAGCCGCCUCAGAUUGUCCGCCACAUGGAGGCCCAAACAGUGAUGUCGGGUCGAUCUGUGCGUUUCUCGGUCCAUGUGAGCGGCCUCCCUCACCCUCAGGUGUUCUGGUACAAAGACUCCCAGCUUCUGUCCACCAGUUACAAAUGCAAGUUCCUCCACGACGGAGAUGAGCACACACUACUUUUGCUGGAGGUCUUCCCCGAGGACGCUGCCGUCUACAGCUGCGAGGCCAAGAACGACUACGGAGAAGCCACAAGCUCCGCCCCUCUCACCGUGGAAGUUCCCGAGGUGGUUGAAACCAUUGUUCGGAUCUCUCCUCCGGUUCUGAUCACUCCCAUGCGGGAUGUUCUGGUCUCAGAGGGAAAUCCUGCCCAGCUGAAGUGCACUGUCUCUGGGGAAGAUCUGCAGAUUUCUUGGUUCUGUGAUGACAGAGAGAUCCGACAGUCUGACAUCUUCAGGAUGUCUCAUUUGGAUGAAACCUGCCUGUUGGAGAUUUCCAGAGUCCUCCCUUCACAUGAGGGACAGUAUUCAUGCAUUGCCACAAACUCGGCAGGAAUGGUCACAUGUUCUGCCACUCUGAACCUUGAUGUAAUUGCAGUGGAGAAGGAACCAGUGGUUAAGGAGGAAGUUAAAGCCUUUUCUAGCUCAUCCAUCACAGUGGAAGAGGAAACCCAGGAGUCAUACUACACUGGCUUAAAAUUACCCAACAAAACCAGAACACUUGAACUCACACCAGAGACUAAACGCUUCUCCAGCUCUUUGGAGAGGAAAAAAGAAAAACCAGUUUUCCUCAGCAAACUUCCUCCAGCAGCUGCGGUUGUUGGAGAAACCUUUUCUUUUACGGUCAAAGUGUCCGGUUUCCCAAAGCCCACUGUUCAGUGGUUCCACAACGGGCAGACAAUAACCAGUUCGUCCGUUUAUACAUUCAUUCACGAAAAAGAUGAGUACAGUUUAGUUAUUAACAAAGUACAAAGAGAAUUUGAGGGAGAGUACUCGUGCACAGUCAGCAACAGAUUUGGCCAGUCAACAUGUUCUUCUUAUCUUCAUGUUCAGCUGAAGGAGCCAGAAUGUGAGAAAACACGUGCACCAACAGGCCAACCCCCAAAGUUCAUGAAAGCUAUUGAGUCCGUUCAGUUAUCAGAGGGGGGUCAGUGUUUUUUCAGGUAUAUGCUGGCUGGAGAUCCUCUCCCUGAUGUUCAGUGGCUCAAAGGAAGCGUCCAUGUUGAGCCUGCUGGGUUUAACAUCAUAGUGAACAACCCAGAUGGAUCAGGCUUUUUCAGCAUUACGAGUGUCAAACAAGAACACAGUGGUGUCUACACAUGUAAGGCCUUCAACUCAUAUGGGCAGGACUCUUGUAGCGCUGAGCUGUUGGUAUUCAGUGAAAAAGAUCAAGAAGAACACCAGUACAUCCAGAAAACUAAGGGCUUGAAGAUAUCGCUGACUGAGCAAAGCACAGAGUCCCAGUCGUACCAUGAAAAAAGCCGGUCUGAUCAGAUGAUUUAUACAAUCAGUACCGAAGACCGGCAGAUUAUUCCAAGUGAGGAGGUGGAAACCCUCCAAGAGCUUGAUGUCUCUGCUGCUACUCUUCACAGAGAGCAGCUGACCCACCAAGCUGCCCUUCUGCAGUCACACGAUGUUCAUGAGAGUGUUUCUUUUGCUGCAACCCAUCCCCCUGAGGUCUUAGCUGUUCCUUCAAAGCAGCUUCACAUGGCGUCUUUCCUAUCUUCAGUCCAGGAGAGUCAAAAGAUCACAGAGCAGCACUCGGAGAGAAUUUUGAGCCCUGAGGUAGUUGAACUGACGUUAUCAAAAGAGCAGCCAUCUAAAAUCAUGUCAGCUACAUCUGAGGAGGUCCUUUCAUUGACCACGGUGAGAGUUGAGUCUUUGGCAGACCGGACUCAGGAGCACACGCAGACCUCAACUGAGCCCAGGCAGCUUGUCUGCAGCUACCAAGUAGAAUCUUCUAUACCCAUUCUUGCUGAUGUGUCAGAUGCUGUGGAGCGACCAGGGGAGGAGAAGAGUUUUAGAGUCCAAGAAGGGGUUAAGAUUUUAUACUCUGCUCAAUCUGCUGAGCAGCUGCUGCUCUCAGAAACACACUGUGAGGCUCUGCCUGCUUUGGAAUCAGCCGUUAAACCAAAGAUUGAAAAAGAACAACCUAAACCAGUGCUAGCACCAGUGAGUGAAACUAGAGUGGCUCUAUCUAAAGAGCAGAAAUGUGAAACACAGAGACCAGAGAUGCAAACCAUCCGGCAAAGCAAAGACAAGAUAUGUAAAUCAGCCAUACUUACUGAAGAGAAAUACCAGGUUCAGGCAGAACAGACAGUACAGGUGGCACCUCUAGAGUCUCCAGUGUGUCUGCAGGCUCUGUGUGAGGAAAAACAAGUUUUAAAUCUGCAGGUCAUCAGUGAUCAGGGCUUUUUAGAGUCCGAGGGUAGGCUCAGCAACGAAAAGCCCCCCGCAGAGCAGGCAGAUGUGAAGGUGAGUCCAACUUUGCUGCACUCAGUAACUCAAGAAGAGCAGAGGACUGUGGUAUGUGAGGCAACUUCGGAGGUUACAGCAGAGACUGACUACGCCUCGGUUUGGCCAAAGAAUGAGCAACCACAGCCAAAAUACAUCCAGUCAAUCCAUUCUGUUUCAGUUUUACCAAAGGAAGGCAUCAUUGUCUUUACCAAACCUGACCAGCAGAUGGCAAUCCCAAAACAGGAAAGGGCUCGGAGCCACGCUGCAUCCUCAGAGAUGCAAAGAGAGAUCAUAGCAGAUUAUUAUAAAGAUCUUCAUGUAUCUGUGGAUGGGAUUAAAGCACAGUUUCAAACAGAGUCUAGACCUCCAAACCUUCUUGGUGUGUCCUCCCAGCCUCUGCACCUUCCGAAGGAGACCCCUAUCACUGACAGCUUUAAAACGCAGCGAGCAUUAAUUCAGAGAGAAGAUCAGUGGAAUAUCAUGCAAUCCUUGAACGUCACAGACACUCAGACUUUAGAAGAGGGUCACACCACUAGUCUUCACACUGAUGAGAAAUUCAAGCCUGAAGUUAAAGUUGAACCAAAGAUCCCAAAGAGGCCAGUGUUCAUAGAAGAAAAGGCAGUAGCCACUGAAAGGUGUACCAUCAUAGAAGCUGCAGAACAGGAUUUUGCAGUUCAGAUCAAGGAGGGACAGUCAGUUCGACAAUCUGUGCUGUUAGAAGAAAAGCGGGUCAUUAUCGAAGAGCAGUCAAGCGAGGUACAUAAACCAGAAGGUUCCACUGUCAGUAUUCAGACACAACCUAAAGGGGUUGUUUAUGUCCACGAGUCACAGGACUCUCAUACUCUACCUAAAGAACUCAAUUUUGUUCUUAAUAUCCCAAAAUUAACAAGUAUGACCAUACGGCAUCAGCUGAGAGAUGCUCUUCAGUCUGCUGUGGCCAUUGAUCAACCACUCUUACUAGCAGAAGUUGUGGGAAAGUUAGAAGCAGUGGAGAUACAGGAGGUCAGAGUUCAGCGAGAGCUCAGAAGGACCACAUUUACAUAUUUGAUCACAUCACCUGGUGUUCCACUGGAGAUCACACUGUCUAUUAAAGGAGAAUAUCCUCAAACAGCUGAUCUCAAGACUGAACUGCAGGUAGCUCUCCAAGCUAUGGUUUUCCAGGAGCAGCAAAGUCUUACUUCAGAACAGCACACCAUAUUGCAGAUUGACAGGCCUCAGAAGGUUCAGGUCAGCUCAGUGCCCUCUAAAGAGACUUUGUCAACUGUAAUUGACUCGGUGAUGGUGGAAGAAAGUGUUGUUGGGUUUCCUCCAGAUGCAUCUCAUUCUGCAGAUCUCCGAACUGAAUUGGCGGGUUUUUUCCAUAGUGCAGCAAUUCAGAACCACGCUGAGACCCACGAAUCCAGGCAAGUGAGUUGGACAGAGUUUAGUUCAGAGAGUUCAGAGAGGGGCGUUACUGAAGAAACUACAAUGACAGCUGUGGAGCAGGUUCCUAUGGUACAUGUGGACGCCUUCGUCCAGAGAGAAGCCAGAGAGGAGUAUCUUUCAGAUGCCAUCCUGAUCAGUGAGUCUUCUGACAGCCUUAUUGAUCAUCCUGUUGUUACCGAGUCUCUGGAGGAUGCUUGUGCCGAAAUAAAUGGUACAGCUGUUUUUACUGCUACUAUCAAGUAUGCCACCAAGGUUAACUGGUUUUCCAAUGGCCAGCUGGUGAAAUCUGGUAAAGAGUUCAAGUGUUCUGAAGACCACGACACAUAUACACUAGUUAUCAACAAAGUUGUGAAGGAGAGGCAUCAAGGAGAAUAUGUCUGUGAGGCUGAGAAUGAAGUCGGCAAGACUACAACAUCUUCAAGGCUCACUGUGGUCUCACAAGUGAAACCUGUGUUUAAACACAGAAUCGUUCCACUGGAGAGCAAUGUCGGCAACACUGCCAGAUUUGAAUGUGAUACAGAGGAUGCUCCAAAUGUGAACUUCAAGUGGUUCAAAGAUGGUCACCCCAUCAAAGAGGGUGAUAAGUACAGGAUAAUCAGUCGCUUCACUGCUUCCUCUCUGGACGUUCUGAGCCCAACCAAGGAUGACAGUGGAGAGUAUACCUGCAAGGCGUCCAAUCAACAUGGCAGUGAUGAAUGCUCCGCCCCUCUCAAUGUGACAGAGAAAUUUCCUCCAGUUUUUCAAACUAAACCUGACACCCAGACAGUGUAUGUUGGGCAGAGGGCACUGAUACAGUGCGUAAUAACUGGAUCUGCUCCUCUCAAUGUUGUGUGGUUGAAAGACUACCAGGCUGUGUCCUCAGUGCCACAACACUACCAGACAUCUUGUGAAAAGAAUAAGCACACUCUUGAGAUUACAAAGCUUGAGGCAGCGGACCGGGGGCUGUAUGUUUGCAGGGCAUCUAAUGAUGUUGGGAUGGCUGAGUGCAGCAUGGAGCUGCGUGUUGUUGAUAAACCCAACUUUGUAAAGCCCUUGGGUCCAGUCGCUGCCGUGGUCGGAGCUCCUCUUCACCUGGAGUGUCAGGUGGAUGAGGACACAGGAGUAACUGUCACGUGGACCAGAGAUGGUAGAAAAGUCCACCAGUCUCCGGAUUGUAAACUGUCUUUUGAGAAUAAGACAGUAAAUCUUGAUAUCCUAAAAACCACACUGAAAGAUUGUGGAAAUUAUGUGUGUACGGUGGCAAAUGAAGCCGGAAGUGCCUCUUGCUCCAGUUCUGUGAAAGUACAAGAGCCACCAGUCUUUGUAAAGAGGCUGGAAGCCACAACAGUUUGGAAGCAAGGCAGCACGGCUCGGCUGCAGUGCACCGUCAAAGGAUCUCCCGAGCUUCACACCACCUGGUUCUUCAAUAACAGCGAGCUGCCCGCUGGUGGCAGACACGGUGCCAGUUUUAAGGACAGCGUCGCCACUCUUGAGAUAAGCAAUGUCAUGUCGAGUGACAGCGGAAACUACAGCUGUGAGGUUUUGAACGAGUCAGGUUGUGAGAGCUGCAGCACCAAAGUGACAGUGAAAGAACCUCCAUCGUUUAUUAAGGAUAUACCCUCCAUAGAGGCAGUGAGGGGGUCGGUAGCUGUACUAGAGUAUGAGAUUGCAGGUUCUGCUCCGUUUGAAGUGACUUGGAAAAAGAACAAGAAACGCCUGUCCUCAGAUAAAAAGUACAGAGUAGUGUCACAGGGAUCACUGACCUCUCUGGAGAUCCACACAUUUGAGACGGCCGAUGCUGCUGAAUAUGAAUGUGUUGUUUCAAAUCAGGUCGGCUCAGUGACCUCUAAGUCAGUGGUUAAACAGAAAGAGCCACCAAUCUUCUCAAAGAGGAUUGAAAGUUCUACAGUAGUGUUGGGAAAUUUUGUGAAACUACAAGGAGUUGUGAAAGGCUCAGCUCCAAUCUCUAUUAAAUGGAUGAAAGACUCUAAGCUGCUAAUAGAUGACGACUCCAGUGUCACAACAACAUUUGAGAACAAUGUUCCUUGUAUUUCCUUCGCCUCUGUUGAGAAAAAGCAUGGUGGCAAGUAUACUUGCAUUGCUGAAAAUGAGGCGGGCCAGCAGAAAUGUGAAGCCGUUCUCACCAUUCAAGAACCAGCUAGGAUCAUAGAGAAAGCAGCAUCCAUCAGCGUUACAGCCGGUGAGUCGGCUACGCUUGAGUGCACCAUCUCUGGAAGCCCUGAGCUCAAAGUCAGAUGGUUCAAAGAUGGCAAGGAGAUGAUCAGUGGUCGGAAAUAUAAGAUGAUUGUGAAGGAGAACACUGCUGCUCUAAAGAUACUUUCAGCAGAUAGAGGAGACACUUCAGAAUACAAGAUGGAGAUUUCCAAUAAAGUCGGAAAAGACGAGUGCACGUGCUCAGUCACGGUUAUAGAUCGUGCUGUUCCGCCAUCCUUCACUAAAACUCUAAAGAAAAUGGAUGGAAGUAUUGGUAGUGACAUUACCUUGGAGUGCAGAGUUGCUGGAUCACAGCCAAUGGUUGUUUUGUGGCUCAAAGAUGACAAAGAAAUUCACAGUGAUGAUAAAUACAAGCUUGAUUACAGUGAAAGUGCAGCCUCUGUGAUGAUAACACAUCUAGAUCAAAGCGAUGGAGGAGUUUAUACGUGCCGGGCUUCAAAUAAAGCCGGAGAAAACGAGACCAGUGGAACACUGACUGUCAAAGAACCUCCAGCCUUCACUGUGAAACCUGAGUCCCAGGAUGUUCCACCAGGAACCAAUGUUGUGAUAAAAGCAGCAUUCACUGGGUCUGCUCCACUGGUGGUUAAAUGGUUCCGAGAGGAGAAGGAGAUUUUCUCUGCAGGAAAGUGUGUCAUAAAAAAGGAUAUCUCUUCAAGCUCCUUGGAGCUUCAUUGUGUAAAACCCAGUGAAUCUGCUAAAUAUACCUGCCAAGUGUCCAAUGAUGCCGGGAAAGUGGACUGCACCGCCAUCCUCUUUGUGAAAGAAGCGCCCACAUUCACAAUGAAGCCUGAGCCUUCACAGCUGCUAAAAGCUGGACAGCCCCUAAAGCUGUCCUGUAAAGUGCAGGGAACUCCUGUAAUUUCCAUCACAUGGAUGAAAAAUGGCUCAGAAAUCAUGUCUGACCACAGACACUCGAUGUCUUUUGAGAGCUCCGUAGCCUCUCUGGAGGUGGAGAACUGCAAUGUAGACGAUAGUGGAGAGUAUGUGUGUUUGGCUUCUAGCGAGGCCGGCAGAGAGCAGUGCAGCUGCUCGGUAACUGUCAAAGAACCUCCAGUGUUUGUAAAGCCUUUUGAAUCAGCUGAGUUUGUGAAGGGAUCAGAUAUUAUCCUGACAGGAACCGUCUCAGGUUCCCCUCCAUUUGAAAUAAGCUGUUUCCUCAACGAUAAGCUGAUCAGAAGUGACAAAAAGUAUCAGAUCCAUGUUCAAAAAGACACAGUCACUCUACACAUAUCUGACUGUGACAGCAGGGAAGAUGGGACUUACCGCUGCACGGUUGCAAAUGAUGUUGGGGAGACAAAUUGUUCUUGCCAGGUUUCUUUGAAAGAACCUCCAUCAUUUAUUCAAAGACCACAGGACAUGUCCUGCAUGGUGGGCUCUGAAAUCUCUAUGAAGUGCAUGUGUUCUGGAGCGCUUCCCAUGACGUUCCGAUGGAAUAAGGAUGAUCAUGAACUCACAGAAGACGAGCAUGUUAAGAUGUCCUAUGAAACCAACAGUGCUGAGUUGAAUUUGAAAAAUGCUCAGUUAUCUCACAGUGGGACAUAUUUGUGUGAAGCGCAGAACAAAGUUGGGACUCAGAGAUGUUCCGCCAUGGUCACAGUGACAGAGCCUCCACAGUUUAUCCUGAAACUGCCUCCCACAACCUUUGUGAAGCAUUGUGAGGGACUCCGUUUAGAAUGCAAGACCACGAGCUCACGCUCCUCAAAGAUCUUGUGGUACAAAAACAACCAAAAGAUAAGCGAUGGAGGAAAUUAUAAAACCAUGUUCGUUGAGUCGACUGCCUAUCUGCAGCUAUGCUCUGCAAGGCUUGAGGAUAAUGGAGUCUACACAUGUGAGGUUCAUAACGAUGCUGGCAGUGCAAGCUGCAGCACCACUCUCACAGUUCAAGAGUCCCCAUCCUUUACUAAAACUCCCAACCCAGUGGAGGGCAUUCAAGGAAAAGAUGCCAGUCUUCACUGUGAGAUGUACGGCACUCCACCUUUCCAGGUUAACUGGUACAAAGACAAAAGGCCCCUAAAAGAGAGUAGGAAAUAUAAGAUGGUUAGUGUGGGCAACUCUGCGACACUUCAUGUCAUGAAACUGGAGCAGAAUGAUGUUGGUCUCUAUGAGUGCAAGGUGUCAAACAAUGUAGGAAGUGAGUUCUGCCGCACUACAAUCACACUAAAAGAACAACCAGCGUUUGUCACAAAGCUCAUUGACCAGUCGCUAAGAAUUGGCCAGCAGCUGACCCUGACAGCUACGGUGAAAGGCUCUGAGCCUUUGACUGUGUCCUGGGUCCAAGACAAGGAUCAUGUCCUCAGAGACAGUGAUAACAGGAAGAUCACCUUUGAGAACAACGUGGCCACUCUUGUAGUUGCCAAGGCUGACUCAGAAACAGCGGGUAGAUACACCUGCCAGCUGAGUAACGACUCAGGAGUGGUGGAGUCAGUCUCCCAAGUUACUGUUUUAGAACCUGCUGCCAUUGUGGAUAGUCCAGAAUCUAUGAGCAUCAUGUCAGGAGAAAAUACUUCUAUUGAAGUUACAGUGUCUGGUUCACCAGAACUGAAAACAAAAUGGUUCAAGGACAACAAAGCCCUUAGUGCUGGUGCCAAAUAUCAGAUGUCCUUCACAAAGAAGGUUGCUGUUCUGAAGAUCUGGUCUGCAGACAAAGCAGACGCUGGGGAAUAUAAACUAGAGGUUUUAAAUCACGUUGGUACAGCUUCUUGUAAAACCAAGCUCUUAGUCUCAGAUAAGUUGAUUCCCCCAAGUUUCAUAAAGAAGCUCAAGGAGACCCACUUUGUUGUGGGGAAGCCUGGUGAGAUGGAGUGCAAAGCUACUGGAUCUUCUCCUUUAACAAUUUCCUGGUUCCAUAAUGGUCAGGAGAUCAAGAGUGGUCCGUAUUAUGACAUCAGCUCCACAGAUAAUCACUGCAGACUGCGAGUUUCAACUGUUGGUAUGUCUGAUUCUGGCAAGUACACCUGUAAAGCAGUGAAUGCUGCAGGAGCCAGUGAGACCAGUGCCUCAUUUAAUGUGACAGAACCUCCCUCAUUUGUGGAAACACCUGAAGCCAAAGAAACGUUGCCUGGCAAAAAUGUAACUUUCUCAGCUAAGGUAAAAGGCAGUGCCCCACUGCAAGUCAAAUGGUUCAGGGGAGCCAAAGAAAUGCAACAUGGACGAGGCUGUGAGAUCCUAAUGAAGGGCGAUGUGGCCUCUUUGGUCCUUCAUAGAGUCGAUAAAUCUCACGACGGAGAGUUCAUAUGCGAGGUCACAAACAAUGCAGGAAAGGAAAGCUGCACUCUUCAUCUUUUUGUGAAAGAACCAGUCCACUUUGUGAAGAAGCUGAGAGAUAUUUCUUCUGAGAAGGGCAAGCCUCUGAGGCUUGAAGUCACAUUCUCUGGAACGCCCAGGGUAAAUGUGACCUGGAAGAAGGAUGGGAAACUCAUUGGGGCCUCAUAUGAGUACACCGUGACCACCACAGAAACCUCCUGCAUCCUUGAGAUUCUUAACUCCGACAGAAUGGAGACAGCUGGCAAAUACUCUUGCGAAAUAGACAACGGAGUAGGAAGUGACAGAUGUGACGCACAUGUUUCAAUUCUAGAGCGACCAUACUUUAUUGAUUGGAUGGAGCCGGUGGAGGUUACUAUGGGUGACGCAGUUACCCUGAAAUGCCGUAUUGCAGGAACUCCUGAUAUCUCUGUAGCUUGGUUUAAGGCUGGUGGAAAGCUGCGAAAGUCUCCUAUUUGCUCUAUGGAUUUCUCAAAUGGUGUUGCCACUUUGAAACUGAUCAAGACAACUAAAUCUGAUGAUGGCGAAUACACCUGCAAGGCUGAGAACCGGGUCGGUUCUGCUUCUGCCAGCUGCAGGUUGACAGUGAAAGAGCCUGUGCGUUUUAUCAAGAAGCUGGAAGACACAACUUUCACGGUUGGUCAGCCGCUGAAACUAGUCUGCACGUACACUGGGAGCCAGAGGGUGUAUGUGACAUGGAAAAAGGACAACAAGCUGAUCUGGGCCUCUUAUCAGUACAACGUUAAAACCACAGACUCUACCUGCAUUCUGGAGGUCUUGAACAGUGACAGACCUGAAGCAGCAGGAACAUACACUUGUGAGAUUACUAAUGGAGCUGGAACUGAUGUUUGCCACGCUCAUGUCAGCCUAGAACCACCUCGCUUUGUGAACAAGCUGGAAGACACAUAUUUCAGACUCCGCGAGCCUUUGACCCUGAAGUGCACAUACACUGGGAGCCAGAGAAUACAUGUGACCUGGAAAAAAGAUGACAAAUUAAUCUGGGCCUCGUAUAAGUACGCUGUCAAGACCACUGAUGAUACGUGCAUCCUGGAAGUCCUCAACAGUGACCGAGAGGAAGCUGUGGGACAAUACACCUGUGAAAUUUCUAAUGCUGCAGGAAGCGAUGUCUGCCAUGCUAAUGUAAAAUUAGAACCGGUUCGGUUUGUGAAAAAGCUGAGAAACACCUAUAAAAUUGGCCGCUCUUUGAUGCUGGAGUGCACAUUCACGGGCAGUCAGAGAAUUUAUGUCAGCUGGAUGAAGGACGGCAAACCUAUCUGGGCUUCAUAUAAAUACAACGUUAAAACAACCAACUCCUCCAGCACCUUGGAGGUUUUAAACAGUGACAGCCGGGAAGCUGAAGGACAGUAUUCCUGUGAGAUUUCUAAUUCUGAGGGCUCUGACAACUGCCAUACUAUGGUUAAAAUAGAACCUGUGCGCUUUGUGAGGAAACUGGAAGACACGAACUUUAGGGUUGGUGAGCCUCUGAUGCUUCAGGUCACAUAUACAGGCAGCCAGCAUGUGUACGUGAGCUGGAAAAAGGACGGAAAGCCAGUCUGGGCCUCCUACAAGUACAACGUCAAGACCACAAACAGCUCCUGUGUGCUGGAAGUUCUCAACAGCGACCGAGAAGAGGCUCGUGGGAGAUACACAUGUGAAAUUUCCAACAGUGAAGGCUCAGAUAUCUGCCAUGCUUAUGUCAGACUAGGUAACAAACGGAAAGUCCCUCCAAACUUCACUAAGAGGCCACCUGAGUCCAUCGUGGAUUCAGUGGGUAAGGCAAUAAAGAUGGAGGGUCGGGUGUCUGGCUCCCAGCCACUGACCAUCACCUGGUACAAGGACAACCAGGAGAUCUAUCCCUCUGAAAAAUAUGACAUCACCUUCAAGAACAACAUGGCUGUGCUGUGUAUCAGAGAGUCAAUGGUUUCUGAUGGCAGUGUCUACACCUGUGAGGCUUCCAAUGAAGCAGGCAAAGCUUCAUAUCAGGUGUCCCUCACAGUUUCAGAAACCGGUCAGCCUCCUAAAUUUGACGUCUCCCUGGAACCGGUGACGGUGAACGAGGGGGAGAAGAUGAGCCUCAAAUGCCAUGUAAGAGGCUCUGCUCCUCUUACCAUCCAGUGGAUGAAGGACAGGAGGGAGCUGACGUCCAGUGAUAAGACCAAAAUCACAUUUGUUGGUGGGACGGCCUCCCUUGAGAUCAGUUCCGCAUCAAAGGCUGAUGCAGGGGAUUACCUCUGCAAGGCCAGCAAUGCAACCGGUAGUGACUUCUGCAAGUCCAAGGUCACUGUGAAGGACAAAGGCGCCAAGGCUGCCCCCACCGAGGCACCGACCCCCGCUGCAGCUGCCCCAGUCAAAAGGCUUGACAACCUUUUCUUCAUUGAAGAACCCAAAAACAUUUCAGUUACAGAGAAGGGCACUGCAACCUUCAUCGCCAAGAUUGGAGGUGAUCCCAUCCCCAGCGUGAAGUGGAUGAAGGGCAAAUGGAGACAGAUCACCCCCGGUGGUCGUAUCUCCAUCGAUCACAAGGGCCAGGAUGCCAAACUGGAGAUCAGAGAGGUGACCAAGUCCGACUCCGGUCUCUACAGGUGUGUCGCCACGAACAAACAUGGAGAGAUCGAGUGCGGGGCUGAGAUGGAAGUCAGUAAAAAGGAAGAAGGGGAAGGACUUGGAGAUAUCAGAACAAGACUCAAGAAGACUCCUUCCAAGCAGAAGAGCCCAAAGAAACUUGAACCAGUCAGUAUUAUUGACUUGCUCAGAGGUCAUGAUCCUAAAGACUAUGAGAGGAUCCUGCGUGAACAUGGGAUCCACGAUUACCGAGCCAUUCUGCAGGCCGUGGAGUUCCUGAAGAGGGAGAAGGAGAUGGAAACUGGAAAAGCGGAGGUGGAGCAUGGGGGUCGGGUUGAAGAGGAGGACAUGGCGAGACUAAUCCAGCAGCUGGAGGGACGUGUCGACACGGAGCCUGUUUUUGUUAUGGAGGACAUCUCUGACCAGACAAUCACAGAGAACCAAACAGCAACGUUUGAGUGCCAGAUCCGGAUCAAUUACCCAGAGAUCUCUCUGACCUGGUACAAGGGCACACAGAAACUGGAAAACAGCGACAAAUACGAAAUCAGCAGUGUGGACGACCGUCACUAUUUGAAGAUCAAGAACUGCCAGGUCAAAGAUCAGGGCAACUACCGCGUGGUGUGCGGUCCUCACAUCUCCAACGCCAAACUCACCGUAACAGGAGCUGAUUACAAGUCAGCCGACCAAAUUCAGUUUACAAAAUGCAUCCGAAACAUUGAGGUCAGCGAACGCCACUCCGCCACCUUCGAGUGCGAGUUGUCCUUUGACAACGCCACCGUUUCAUGGUACAAAGACUCCUGGGAGCUCAAAGAAAGCCCCAAAUAUAACUUCAGGACAGAAGGUCGACGACACUUUAUGACAAUACGCAACGUGACGGCAGAGGACGAAGGCGUUUACUCUGUGAUCGCUCGUCUGGAGCCGAUGGGAGAAGCUCGGAGCACCGCCGAGCUUUACCUCUCCAGCAAAGACGUUGGGUUAGGAAAGGUUCCUCAGGACAUCCCAGACUCAUCAGUUCAGCUCCCAGAAAUGGCUUCCAUGAUCAUUUGUAAAGAAUCCUCAGAAUUUUAUCACUACGAGGAACGAACUGAAGCCCAAGAGUUUAAGAGUAUGACGGUUGAAGAAGAAACGGUUUCGGUUCGGUUCUCCUCCAUCUCAGAAGAGAAAAAAGCUGUGGAAGAAAUUGUUGAGCGGACUCAAGUCAGAGAGGGAAUCCCUGCAGUUCCUGAAGGUUACAGGAAACCAGAGGAGAAACUCUCUGAGCGUGAAGCUCCGCCCCCACCUGCAGUCACAGAACCUGAGAUAAAGAAGCAGCGACCAGAAGCUACUUUCAAAACUUCUCCUCAGCGAAAAGAACCUCCAGUUCCAGAAGUAUACCCCGAACCAAAAGCUGAACCCAAGCCAAAAGAACCAGAAACGGUUCCUCCAGAACCAAAACGAAUGCCUCAGAAACCAGAGGUUCCCGAGCCUAAAGUGUCCGAAGCACCAGAAGUUAAACCUGGCAAGAAAACCCCAGCAGUUCCUGAACCGAGAGUCCCUGCGGUAAGCAAACCAGUGGAGGUCAAGGUCCAUCCAGUCGCUGAGAGGGUUACUCCUCCAAACACUGAGGAGAUCUUACCAAGAGAGCUACCAAUGGCAGAAGAACCUUUAGUUCAGCCAUCUGCAGCAGUGGUUACACCAUCAUCACCAGAACGUCAACCAGCUAAAGUACAAGAUGUAACCAGACCAAAGAAACCUGUUGUCCAAACAUCUGAACCUGAAAUCCUUCAAGUCUGGACUGAAGCUGCUCCAGUUAAAGUUGCCUCAGAACCGAAGGAGCUUGAAGUUAUUGGAAAACCACUCCCACGGAUUGCUAAACAUGAACCAGAAGUUCUCAAGGCUGGCCCUAAAACAGAAGCCGAAGAACCAAAGCUUGGAGAAAAAACAAAGAAGGCUUUUGAAGAACCAGAGAAGGUCAUCACGUUUCCUAAAAAUGUUGAAGAUUCCAAAACCCCAAGAGAAACUGAGAGGUUUCCAGACGCACCGCAAAUGGGCCCAGAAAAAGAGACAAAGAUUCCAGAAAAAACGAAGAUGAUCAUAGAAACACCAAAGGUUGUUUCUGAAGAACCAACCAAGGUUUCAGAAAAGUCAAAAGAAGAAACAAAGAGGGAUCAGGAGCUUCCCAAAAAGGUUCCGAAAACACAAAAGAUGAUUCCAGAAAAACCAAAAGAAAAGAAAAAUGUGGAGGAUAAAGACACGGUUUUGAAGGUUCCCAAAAAGGUUCCUGAAACAUCAAAGAAGGUUACAGAAGAAGCAAAAGUUAUAGAACCACCAGCAGAGUUAAAGAAUAAAACAGAAGCUCCAAAGUUUGAUGUAGAGAAGACUCCUCCAGGUGAUAGAGCACCAUCAUCAAAAGACAAGACUGAAAAACCUCAGCAACAAGCUGUGGUUGAAGACAUUAGGAACUCUGUUCUUGAAGACAGGUUUUCCCCAACAAAUGCUGUGAUUAAGCAUCAAGAAGUUCAAAGAUGUGAAAGAAGAUUAAAAUACAAGGAGUCACCUGUGAGAGAUGACCCAAUUUUAAAUGGGAGACUAGAGCUAAUGGAGAAAACAGAAGUUCCUAAAAGGUUCAGGCAAGAUCAUGAAGUGACGGAGUCUAAGUGUUCAGAGCACAUUGAAGCAUAUGAAGAUGAACAACUGCAAGACAUUAAACCAGGCAAGAAGGACAAAGCUUUGAGAGAAAUGAAAAUGGAGUCUUUGAUCGCUCAUUCUCCACCUCCAACUGUAACUGAGCUUCCUCCAAAAGAUGCCAGAACCCUACCUGAAAUUACUCCAGCAAGGAUAGAAGUUUCUCUAGUUGAAGACGAAGUUUCAUUUAAAAAAGAAUCUUACAAAAAAACUCGAGAGAGAAAAGCACACAAGUCUGUUUUUUAUUCAGCUACAGAGCUCCAAGAAGACACGUUUGUUUCAGAACAGCAUUUAGAAACCAAAGACGAAAUCAUAAAGAAGCAGGAUGACUCUGUUAAAUAUGAAGAUUUUUCAUUUGAAGAGUCUACCAAUCUGCGUAUUAGAGAAAUGGCUCAAAUAGACCUGCAAACAUCUAUGGCCAGCAGUAUGUCUUUAGUGGAAAAGACAGUCAGUUUGAAUAAAGAACUUUUACCAGCUGCAGAAACUGACUUAAUAAAAAAUGAGACCUAUUUACCUCUUUCCAAAAUGGCUGCUUGCUCUACAGAGAAAGUACCAACAGAAACUAAGAUCCAACCUGAGAAAUCUCCAGCUGGACCACUGAAGACACCUCAAUCCCCCGAGCAUCAAAGUCUUUCAUCUACAAGGCCAUCCUAUCCAACACCAGAAGAAAUCUUUUUUGAAACUGGAUUUUCUGAAGGAGUUGCUAGCAUUGAAAGAAAACCUCAAAUAAGAGAAGAUGUGAAAGAGGAAAACAUGACACUGAAGCCUCUGCAACCUGAGACAGUGUCUCCUCCUGAGGAGAAGAAACCUUCUGCACCAGAACCAAAGCCUUCACCUCCUCCUCCUAAGAAAGUUACUCCUCCUGCAGAGGAAAAGAAACCUUCUGCACCAGAACCAAAGCCUUCACCUCCUCCUCCUCUUCAGAAAGUUGCUCCUCCUACAGAAGAGAAGAAACCAGCACCAGAACCAAAGCCUUCACCUCCUCCUCAGAAAGUUACUCCACCUGCAGAGGAGAAGAAACCAUCUCCACCAGAGCCAAAGCCUUCACUCCCUCCUCAGAAAGUUUCUCCGCCUGCAGAGGAGAAGAAACCAUCAGUACCAGCACCACCAGCUCCUACACCCAAAAUUGCUCCACCUGCAGUAUCUCCUCCAGAAGAAAAGAAACCCACUCCACCACCAAGAGAACCACCAGCAGAAAAAGUUGUUCCUCCAGAAGCUCCAGUUGCACCAGUGGAGAAGAAACCUUCUAAGCCAGCUGUAAAGGCUGACCCUACCACCGUUUCAGAGAGAAUCUCUCCACCCGAAGACAAGGAACCAGUUUCAGCUCCUGGACCAACUAAAGUGCCAACUCUUAAGCAAAAGGGUAAGAUUCAGGAGGAAAAAACUACUGAGGUUCCUAAACUAAAGAGUAAAUUCACCAAAAUACCCAAAGAGAGAGAGCCAGAAACAGAGGCCAUUAAGUUGAAGAAGGUUCCGGUUAAACCUCCAGAGCCUGAGAAAGACGUUGUAACUCAUACAGCAAAAGUGAUGAAACAUCAUGAUCCAGAGCUAUCAGUGCAUGGACUUCAUUACAGAGAAGACCAGGAGAUAAUAACCCUUGGAAGAACUGAAAGAAUCUUCACAGCAGAUCAGGAAACAAUUCAACUGAGCCAAAUUGAGAAGACUGAAACACUUCAAGUUGUCCAAACAACAGAGAAAGAAGGUUGGACAAGAACAGUGAAACCUAAGAAAGAGGAAGAACCCAAGGUUCCCAGUGUAGACAAAAAGAAAAUAAAGAAACUACCAAAGACUGAUGAGCAAGCAGAAUCUGUGACACUAAAACCAUUUGAAAAGUUUGAAAAGUUAGAACAAGAGCAGGUAAUUUUGAAACAGGUUCCGAGUAAGCCUAAAGACCUUGAAAAGAAAAUUCCAACUCAUAAAACUGAAGUGACAAAACAAGGUGACAAAGAACUGAGAGCUCUGAAACCUAAAGAUAGACAGGAUCAGGAUGUAAUCCCACCUGGAAGACCUGAAAGAGUGUCCCUUCUUGCUGAAGAGCCAUCUACAGCUGGUCAAACAGUCGAAGCCAAAAAACCGGAGGAAGAACAGAAAUCUAAAUGGAACAGAAUCUCAAAGACAAAGAAGGAAACAGAACCCGAGCCAGAUGUAUCUAAGACGAAAAUCAAGAAAUUACCCAAGAAAGAUGAAGAACAAGAAGUUGUGACAUUGAAGCCUUUUGAAAAACCCCAGCAAGAAGAAGCAGUUAAACCAACAAUGGCUAAAGAUGAUAUUAAGGCAAAGACAGAAACUGAGCGUCAUCCUUUUAAUUUGGGUGAGGUGUUGCUCAAAGAUCAACCCACAAGAGAUCUAAAAUCCCAACCAGAAAUGCCACAAAAGAAAAAGGUUGAUCAAGUACCAAAUGUUGAAGAAUCUGCAGCAGCUGAUAAACCUAAGGUGAAACCUAAAGUGAUACCUACACCAGAGAACAGGGAAGAGCAUGUUGUGUUGAAGCCUUUGACUAAAGACACCAAGCCAGAAAGAGCACCUGGUGAGGAGAUAAAGAAGCCCAUGGGCAGAAAAGUGCCAUCUCAAUCUCCAGGAGACCAAACAACCAAAGACAUGAAGGUUGUGAAGAAGGAUGAACCAGUUGUUCCAGCAAAGAAGCCAAGUCCUCCAGCUAAUAAAGAGAAGAUCUCACCUAAUGAGGCAGAGAAGUUCCAGGUAAAACCACUUGAUGUGUUAAAGAAAGGAGUUGAACCUAAAAAGACUCCUUCUCCCAAGGUCAGUACAGAGAAAGCAGAAGACAAAAAGCCCACAAAGCCUAUUGAGGAGCUGAAAAAGGUUGAGCUAAAAAAGACUCCACUUUCUAAGGUGGACAAACCAAAGGACUUGGAGAAAGUCCCAACUGAGAGAAAGCCAAGUUCUGAAAAAGUCAAAAAGAUCUCCAAACCUGUUUCCCCGAAAGACUCCACUGAAGACAUAACACUCAAAAAGGUUCCCAGAAAGCCAUCAGCAGAUGAGGCAGAACCAGAACAGCCUGAUAAAGGUCAGAUCCCCCUGUUGAAGGAGAUUUCUCCUGGAGCUGUGCAGAUGAAGAGGGUGACAACUCAGCCCGAGGAGGAGGUUUUUGAAAAGGAGCCUGAAGAAGGUGAGGUUGAGGAGGAGUCCUGGGGCUGGGAUCUUGUUCCCUCAGAGGACUGGGAAGAUGAGGAGGUGGAUGGGGCCCUUGAAACUCCGGGUAUGCCUGGUGCCAGACGAGAUGGAAAACCAAGUGAAGAACCAUCGAAAGGCAGAGGCCGAGGAUUUGGGGCGAGACAAACUCCUUCUCCCGGUGAUGGUGGAAGGGGUCGGGGCAUGAAACCUGGUGGAAAAGGUCCAUCCCCACCAGAGGAACCAUUUGCAGGCUUCAAGCUCAAACCUGUGGCUUUGAAGUUUGUUAAGAAGAUUCAGGACAUUGUGCUGCAGGAGGCCGAGUCUAUCGGCUCGUCUGCCGUGUUCGAAUGCGAGGUUUCACCUUCUACAGCCGUCACCUCCUGGAUGAAAGAUGGCAGUAACCUGCGUGAGAGUCCCAAGCACAAGUUCACCUCUGAUGGCAAAGAUCGGAAGCUGCACAUUAUUGAUGUCCAGCUGUCUGACACCGGAGAAUACACCUGUGUGGCUAAGAACGCUGGAAAGGAGAUUUCCUGCACUGCUAAGCUCAUAGUUGAAGAGCUGCCUGUAAAAUGGGUGAAGGAGUUGGAACCUGAGACCUCAUGCAUGAAGGGUCAGCCAAUGUACCUGACCUGUGAGUUGAACAAAGAGAGAGACGUGGUCUGGAAGCGGAACGGAGAGCUUGUGAAGAAAAAGGCUGGGAAAGUAGCCAUUAAUGUGAUCGGUAUGCAACAUGCUAUAACAAUCCAGAACUCCACAGAUGAGGAUGGUGGCAUCUACACCUGUGAAGUAGAUGGUCAGGAGGAAGUCAAGACUUCAACCACUGUCAAAGUGAUUGAAAUCAUCAAAGACUGGCUGGUAAAGCCUCUGAGGGACCAGCAUGUGAAACCAAAGACCAAGGCAACGUUCAAAUGUGAGCUGUUCAAAGACACUCCCAAUUGGAAAUGGUACAAAGGAGAGAAUGAACUGGCUCCUUCUGACAAAGUCGAGAUAAACAAAGAUGGAAAGGACAUGAAGCUCACCAUCAACAACUGCCAACCUGACGAUGUGUCAGACUACACCAUCAAAGUUGAAGACCGAAGAUACACAGCCAAGCUCACACUAGGAGAGCGUGAAGCUGAGAUCCUGAAACCUCUUGCCAGUGUCGAGGUGGUUGAGAAGGAGGAAGCUCAUUUUGAUACUGAAAUAUCUGAGGACGAUGUACCCGGUGAAUGGAAACUCAGAGGCCAGGCUUUGACCAGAUCUCCAACAUGUGACAUUAAAGCCGAGGGCGGAAAGCGCUUCCUUACGUUGAAGAAUGUGCAGCUGGACCAGGCUGGAGAAGUGUCGUACCAGGCUCUGAACGCAGUCACCAGUGCCAUGCUCACCGUUAAAGAGAUCGAAAUGGGCUUUGUUGACACGCUGAAGGAUAUGUCUGUGCCUGAAAAGAAACAGGCUAAGUUUGAAUGCACCAUCACCAAGGAUGUACCAAAGGUCAUGUGGUUUAAGGGGGUGGAAAUCAUCACCCCCUGCCCCAAAUAUGAAAUAAUCGAUGAUGGAAAGAAACACAUGCUGAUUAUAAACAGCUGUGAGUUUGACGAUGAGUCUCAGUACACGAUAGAGGUGUUGGACCAAAGAUCAACAGCUCAUUUGACGGUGGAAGGCAUGAGGCUCAAAUUUAUGCAGCAACUUAAGGACCAAACAAUCAAAGAAGGUAAUACGGUUCGCUUUGAUAUUGAAUUGACUCACGAGAACGUGCCGGUGGUUUGGUACCGAAACGAAGUCAAACUGCACGUGAGUCGAACGGUGCUCAUGCACGUGGAAGGAAGGAGACACACUCUAGAAAUGAGGACGCUGAGUCUAGAUGAUACCUGCCAGAUAAAGGCAGAGGCCAAAGGAAUUUUCUCCUCAGCCAAACUGACAGUCAUAGAGGGAGAUGCCAUCUUCUUGGUGAAGCUGCAGGAUUACACCGCCACCGAGAAAGACGAGGUGACGCUGGACUGCGAGCUUAGCAAAGACGUUCCCGUGGUCUGGUAUCACAGUGAGAAGGAAGUCAUUGCCUCCAAGAUGGUGGUCAUGAGGUCAGAGGGCACCCGCAGGUCUCUGGUCCUGAAGAAAGUGGCGCAGAAUAAUCAAGGAAAAUACGUAUGUGACUGUGGAACAGAUAAAACCUCGGCCAACAUAACAAUCGAAGCACGUGACGUUAAAGUCGUCCGGCCAAUUUACGGCGUGGAGCUGUUUGAUGGCGAGACAGCUCGGUUUGAGGUGGAGAUCUCUGAGGACGACGUGCACGGCCAGUGGAAGCUAAACGGAGAAGUGCUCAGUCCUUCCUCUGAUGUGGACAUCAUCGAGGAGGGAGGCAAACACACUCUGAUCCUGUACAACUGUAAGGUGUCCAUGACCGGAGAGGUGGCGUACUCUGCCGCCAAUGCCAAAUGUUCUGCCAACCUGAAGGUCAAAGAGCUUCCUCUGAACUUCCUCACACCCCUGAGCGACGUUCAGGUGUAUGAGAAGGACGAGGCCCGGUUCGAGGUGGAGGUGUCGAGACCUCCGAAGAGCUUCCGCUGGCUCAAAGGCUCCCAGGAGCUGAAGAGCGACGACAAGUACGACAUAAUACAGGAGGGUAAAAUGUACGUUCUGGUGAUCCGAUCGGCUGCCUUUGACGACGAGGCCAAGUACAUGUUUGAGGCAGAGGACAACAGGACCACCGGCAAACUCAUCAUUCAGGGUAUUCGCCUGGAGUUUGUCAAACCCAUUAAAGACGUGACAGUGAAAGAGCGGGAAACAGCAGAGUUCAGCGUUGAGCUGUCUCAUGAAAACAUCUCAGUGGUUUGGUACAAAAAUGACGUCCGGCUGCUUCCCAGUAAGGUCGUUCACAUGUCGGAUCAGGGAAAGAUCCACACUCUAGCCUUCAAGGAGGUGACGAUCGACGACACGUCUAUGAUCAAGGUGGAGGGUAUGGACAAGAGCUUGACGGCCAUGCUCACUGUGAUCGAGGGCGACCUGUACUUUACCACCAAGCUGCAGAACUACACUGCUGUGGAGAAGGACGAGGUGAAGCUGGUCUGUGAACUCAGCAAAGCCGUCGCUGAUGUGAAAUGGUUUAAGGACGGGAAAGAGAUCACUCCGUCUAAGAAUAUCGCCAUCAGCGUGGACGGAAAGAAGAGAAUCCUGAUGGUCCGGAAGGCAGAGAAGGCCAACAUCGGAGCGUAUACCUGCGACUGUGGCUCAGACAAAACCACAGCAAACCUCAACAUUGAAGAGCGUGAUAUCAAGGUUGUCCGUCCCCUGUACAGCGUGGAAGUCACAGAGGCAGAGACAGCCAGGUUUGAGACAGAGAUUUCUGAGGAGGACGUCCAUGGAAACUGGAAACUGAAAGGAGAAGCACUGCACCAGUCUGCUGAUGUGGAGAUUAAAGAGGAAGGAACCAAACAUAUGCUGAUUCUCUACAAUGUCCGGAAGGACAUGGCCGGACCUGUGGACUUCUCUGCAGCCAAUGCCAAAUCCAACGCUCAGCUCAGGGUCAAAGCUCGCUCCAUCACACUGAUGCGUCCUCUGAAGGAUGUGACGGUGACAGCCGGAGAGACAGCCAUCUUUGAUUGCGAGCUGUCCUACGAAGGCAUUGAAGUGGAGUGGUUCGUUGGAGGACAAAAGAUGGAGGCCAGCGACCGGGUAAAGACUCGGGUGGCAGGUAGAGUUCACACUCUGACCGUCCGAGACGUGAUGCUGUCAGAAGCCGGUGAGGUCAAAGUGACUGCCAAAGAUUUCCUGACUCAGGCUCAGCUCUUUGUUGGAGAGCCACCGGUGGAGUUCACAAAGCCUCUGGAGGACCAGACGGUGGAGGAAGAGGCCACAGCCACGCUGGAGUGUGAAGUCUCAAGAGAGAACGCAGAGGUCCGCUGGUUCAGGGAGGGUCAGGAGAUCAGAAAGACUAAGAAGUACGACACCAUAGCUGAUGGACGUAAAAGAGCUCUUAUCAUCCAUGACUGCUCUCCAGAUGAUGCCAAACUAUACACAUGUGAUGCUAAAGAGUUCAAGACUUCCUGCUUCCUGGAGGUUACACCUCCUUAUGUGGAGUUUACAAAACCUCUGCAGGACGUGGAAGUCAGAGAGAAGGAAUCAGCCAGGUUUGAAUGUGAAGUGUCCCGCGAAUCUGCCAAGGUCCGCUGGUUUAAAGAUGGCAGCGAGAUCAGGAAAGGAAAGAAGUAUGAGAUCAUUGCUAAGGGGGUGCAGAGGGUCCUCAUCGUCCACAAGUCAGCGUUUGACGAUGAAGCAGAGUACGAAUGUGAUGCCAGAACCUUCAAGACUUCUGGCAUGCUUACUGUCAUCGAGGAAGCAACCACAUUCACCAAGAACCUAUCCAAUGUGGAAGGAACGGAGACAGACAGUGUUAAGAUGAUCUGUGAAGUUUCCAAGGCCAACGCCGAGGUGACCUGGUACCGAGGAGAUGAAGAGCUGCCAGAGGGCGGACGCUACGAUCAGAUCAUGGACGGUCGCAGGAGGAUCUUGAUCAUCCAGGACCUGAGGAUGGAAGAUGCUGGAGAAUACAACUGUAGACUGAGUCCAACUGUCCGGACAACUGCCACACUAAAACUCAGUGAACUGGCAGCGGAGUUCAUCUCUUGUCCUCAGAACCAGGAAGUUGUGGAGGGUGAGAAGGUCGAGUUCUCCUGCACCGUCUCCAAAGACACCUAUGAGGUGAAGUGGUUUAGAGGUGAACAAGAGAUCCAAGCUGGAGACAAAUACACAAUCGUCAGUGAAGGAAAGAGAAGGGCUCUGAUUGUGAAAAACUGUGACCUGAAAGAUGAGGGUGGUUAUGUUGCUCACAUCGGCAGCGUUAAAGCUUCUGCUGACCUCUGUGUGAUAGAAAAACUGAGGAUUGUUACACCAAUUAAGGACACAGAGGUGAAAGAAGGAAGUGAGAUUGUGUUUAACUGUGAGACCAACACUGAGGGAGGCAAGGCCAAGUGGCUAAAGAAUGAAGAGACCGUUUUUGAAAGCAGCAAGUACAUGAUGGUCCAGAGAGAAAACGUCUUCUCUCUGAGGAUCAAAGAUGCUCAGAAGGCAGAUGAGGCCACCUACACCAUCGCUCUGACUAAUAACAGAGGAGAACAUGCCCAGUGCUCCGCCAUCGCUAAAGUUGCAGAGGAGAAACUCAGAUUCCUGGAGCCCAUCGAGGACAUCGAGACUCAGGAGAAGAAGACCAUCAGCUUUGUUUGUAAAGUGAAUCGGCCUGAGGUGACCAUAAGAUGGAUGAAGGCCGGCCAGGAGGUGACGCUCAGCAAACGCGUCGUCUACAGAGCCGACGGCCUCAAACACACCCUGACCAUCAAGGACUGUGUCAUGGAAGAUGAGGGCGAGUACACCGCCGUCGUCGGAGACGACAAGUGUGCUGCCGAGCUGAUCAUCAGCGAGGCGCCCACGGACUUCACGCAGCUCAAAGAUCAGACUAUUACUGAGUUUGAAGAUGCAGAGUUUACUUGCAAGCUGAGCAAGGAGAAGGCUGCUGUUAAGUGGUACCGGAACGGACGAGAGAUCCGAGAAGGACCCAGAUAUCACAUGGAAAAAGAAGGCAAGAUGUGCAGAUUGAUCAUUAAAGUGUGUAGACCAGAUGAUGAAUGUGAAUACGCCUGUGGUGUGGAUGAGAGAAGGACCAGAGCCAGGCUCUUUGUUGAAGAGACCCCUGUGGAGAUCAUCAGACCACCACAGGACAUGUUUGAACCUCCAGGCUCAGAUGUUGUGUUCGAGGUGGAGCUUAACAAGGACCGAGUGGAGGUUAAGUGGAUGAGGAACAACAUGAUCAUUGUCCAGGGAGACAAAUACCAGAUGAUCAGUGAGGGUAAGGUCCACAGGCUGCAGGUCUGUGAGAUCAGACCCAGAGAUCAAGGAGAGUACCGCAUUGUGGCCAAAGACAAGGAUGCCCGGGCCAAACUGGAGCUGGCAGCUAUUCCAAAGAUCAAGACCACUGAUCAGAAUCUGGUGACAGAUGCGGGCAAACCCUUCGUCAUGACGGUUCCUUAUGACGCCUACCCUCGUGCUGAUGCAGAGUGGUUCUUUGAUGGCAAAAGUUUACCUGUUCAGAACAUUGACACCUCGGUCGACAAAACCGAGUACCGUCUUAAGAGCCCUACCAAGGAGGAUCAGGGUCGGUACCGAGUGGUAAUCAAAAACAAGCACGGUGAGGGGGAGGCUGUCAUCAACCUGAAUGUGAUUGAUGUCCCCGGACCCAUCAAAAACUUAAGAGUGGUUGACACCGCUGAUGGUGAGGUCAGCUUAGCCUGGGAGGAGCCAGAGAGCGAUGGCGGGAGCAAGAUUAUUGCUUAUGUUGUGGAACGACGAGAUGUGAAGCGAAAGACCUGGACUCUGGCUACAGACCGGGUUGAUACUCCAGAAUACUGUGUCAGCGGUCUUCAGAAGGAGUCCAUGUAUCUGUUCAGAGUCUGUGCCCGUAACAGAGUUGGCACUGGACCUCUUGUUGCCACUGAUGACGCCGUUCAGGCCAAGAACAAGUUUGAUGUUCCAGAUGCUCCAGAAAAUGUUGCCACUGGUGUGGUGAACAGGUUCGGAGCCACUGUCAACUGGGAGCCUCCGAAGUUUGAUGGUGGGUCAGAGAUCACCGCUUACGUAAUUGAGCUCCGAGACAGGACCGCUGUAAAAUGGGAGGCGGCCCUGGUGUGUGGAGCAAGUGACCGCUCGGCGACACUGAACGACGUAGUGGAGUACAAGGAGUACAUCUUCAGAGUCCGAGCUGAGAACAAGGCCGGGAUCGGAAGGCCCAGUGCUGCAACCAAACCCGUCAAGAUCAUGGAUCCCAUAGAAAGGCCAAGUCCACCUCUGAACCUGAACUACAGUGACCAAAUCAAGACUGCGGUCACUCUGACCUGGGAAACCCCAUUAAGCAAUGGUGGCAGCAUGAUCACUGGGUACAUUAUCGAGAAAUGUGACGAGGGCUCAGACAAAUGGCUGCGCUGCAAUGCCAGACUGUGUCCUGACCUCUUCUACCGGGUUUCUGGACUGAAGCCGGGUCAGAAGUACCUGUACAGAGUUUGUGCCGAGAACGCCGCCGGUUUCUCAGAUCCAGCUGAGCAGCUCGGGCCGCUGCUUGCAGACGACCCACAUGUUGGUCCAACCUUUGAUCUGAGCGGCUUUAGGAAGGGCCUGGAAGUGAUCGUCCCUCAGCCUCUCACCAUCAGAGUCCCCAUUACCGGAUACCCAACUCCCACAGUGAAGUGGACCUUCGGAGAAAAAGAGCUGACCACUGCAGAGGAGCGGGUCUCCAUGGUGACGAAGCCGGCGUUCACAGAGCUGACAAUCUCUCCCAGCGUCCGUCCCGAUAAGGGCACCUACACCCUGCACCUGGAAAACGACGUCUCGUCCGUCUCCGGAGAUAUCGAGGUCAAUGUCAUCGCAUGUCCAAGUGCGCCCAAAGACUUUAAGGUAGCUGAGGUGACCCGGCACCAUGUCCACCUGAUGUGGGAGCCUCCAGAACACGAUGGAGGAAGUCCAGUUACCCACUAUCAGAUCGAAAAGAGAGAAGUUUCGCGCAAGACCUGGGCCAAGGUUGCUACUGGUGUCAUGGAUCUGGAACACACAGUAACAGAUGUGAUUGAAGGAAAAGAAUAUCUGUUCAGUGUCAUUGCCUGCAACAAGUGUGGACCUGGAGAACCAGCAUACAUGGAUGAGCCCGUAAACGUCUCCUCUCCUGCUACUAUUCCUGAUCCUCCUGAGAACCUAAAAUGGCGCGAUAAGAGUGGCAAGAGCAUCUUCCUUUCCUGGGAACCUCCAAAGUAUGACGGUGGUGCUUCAAUUAAAGGUUACAUUGUGGAUAAGUGUCAACGUGGGACAGAUAAGUGGGAACCCUGCGGUGACCCCAUCACCGAACUCAAGUUCCAGGUGACAGGGCUAAUUGAGGGCCAGUGGUACGCCUACAGAAUCAGAGCACUGAAUAAGUUGGGGGCCAGCAGACCCUGCAGGGCCACUGAUGAGAUCCAGGCUGUAGAUGCUCGAGAGCCUCCAGAGAUCCAGCUGGAUGUGAAGCUGCUGGCCGGUCUGACUGCCAGAGCAGGCACAAAGAUUGAGCUUCCUGCAGACGUCAAAGGAAAGCCUGAUCCUCGUGUAAAAUGGACCAAGGCUGACUUAGUUCUGCGGCCUGAUGACCGCAUCACCAUCGACACCCAGCCAGAACACUCCAAAAUUUCCAUAGGCAACACCACCAGAGAAGACACGGCCACUUACAUUAUUGAGGCAGUCAACAUCUGUGGACGUGCCACUGCCACCAUCGACGUCAACAUCCUGGAUAAACCGGGCCCUCCAGCUGCCUUUGAUAUCUCUGAGAUCACCAACGAGUCCUGCGUUCUGGCCUGGAACCCUCCCAGAGACGACGGCGGCUCACCCAUCACCAACUACAUCGUUGAAGGUCGUCAGACAGACAAAGAGGAGUGGGUCAAACUGUCAGCCACAGUGAAAGACACCACCUUCAAGGCCUGCAAGCUCACAGCUCUGAAGGAGUACAUCUUCAGGAUCAGCGCUGAGAACCAGUAUGGCAUUGGCACACCUACAGAGCACACACCAAUCAUUGCAAAGUACUCCUUCGAUCCUCCUGGCCCUCCAACAAGAGUGACUCCUUCUGAAAUUGCCAAGGAUGCAGUGACCCUGACUUGGUUUGAACCAGAUGAGGACGGUGGCAGCCCCAUCACUGGAUACUGGAUCGAGAAGUUUGAUCCAGAGAGCGACAAAUGGAUCAGAUGCAACAAACUGCCCAUCAAGGACACAACCUUCAGGGUAAAAGGACUCCCCACCAAGAAGAAGUUCCGCUUCCGUGUUUUGGGAGAAAAUCUGGCUGGACCUGGAAAACCAAGUGCAGAAACAGAUCCUGUGCUUAUCAAAGAUCCAAUUGAUCCUCCAUGGGCACCCGGAAAACCUGUUGUCAGGGAAGUUGGCAAGACCUCGGCCUUGUUAGCAUGGACCCGGCCGGAGCACGACGGCGGGGCAAAGAUUGAAAGCUACAUCAUAGAGUUCCAGAAGACCGGAAGUGAGGAAUGGAUCCGUAUAGCAGAAGAUGUUCCUCAGACUGAGCACCAGCUGCAGGGUCUGAUAGAGAAGCAGGAAUACUCGUUCAGGGUUAAAGCAGUCAACAUGGCUGGUGAGAGUGAACCCAGUGACCCUAGUGACCCUGUGGUCUGCAAGGAGAGACUCUACCCUCCAUCUGCUCCUCAGUGGCUGGAUGUCGCCAACAUCACCAAGGUCAACGCUGACCUAAAAUGGCAGGCUCCAAGCAAUGAUGGAGGUUCACCCAUCACCAACUACGUGGUGGAAAAGAGAGAUGUGAGGCGGAAGGCCUGGCAGAGUGUUGACACCACCGUCAAGGACCUCAAAUACUCAGUGACUCCUCUCAACGAAGGAUCACUCUACGUGUUCAGAGUUGCUGCUGAGAAUGCCGUUGGAAUGGGAGAGUUCUGCGAGCUGGAGGAUGCUGUGCUCGCCAAGGAUACAUUCACAACUCCUGGUCCUCCAUACGCCCUAACAGUGAUGGAGGUGACCAAGAGACAUGUGGAGCUCAAGUGGGAACCUCCUAAGAGCAACGGUGGAAGACCCAUAACCAAGUAUGUGAUUGAAAAGAAAGAAAAAGUUGGAACUCGUUGGCUGAAAUGCUGUAAGACUCCAGAUAAACUGACCCAGUUCAAGGUGACAGAUGUUGAUGAAGGAUCAGAGGUGCAGUUCCAGGUCAGAGCUGAGAACGAGGCCGGAGUGGGAGAUCCAAGCGAGCCCACUGUCAUCCUCACCAUCGAGGAUCCAACCAGUCCUCCAUCCCCUCCUCUGGAUGUGGCCAUUGUUGACGCCAGCAGGGAACACAUUAAUGUCACCUGGAAACCACCAGCCAAAGAUGGCGGCUAUCCAAUAACUGGAUACCAUGUGGAGGUGGCAGAGGCUCGUCCGGAGCUCAAGUGGCUAAGGGUCAACGCCAGGCCCGUUAAAGAGCUGAAGUUUAGGAUCGAUGAUGGAAUCAAACCAGAGAAAAAGUAUGUAAUUAGAGUUCGAGCCAUCAAUUCCAUUGGUGUAAGCGAUCCCUCAGAGAUCUCUGACAAAGUUGCCACCAAAGACCCUGACUGUGCUCCAACCAUGGAUCUGGAUGCACAGGAUGUGAUUGUGGUUGAAGGUGAGAAGCUGCACCUGAACAUCCCCUACAAAGGAAUCCCAACUCCCAAGAUGGUCUGGCAGAAAGACACGGUGGAGUGUAAAGCUGACGACCGGCUCUCCAUGACGGUUGAGAUGAACAGCGCCCACCUGGAGAUGCUGAAGUGCCAACGUGUUGAUGCUGGCGCCUACACCAUCACUCUGGAGAACAGUCUGGGAACUAUCACUGGAACCAUCAACGUCAAAGUUAUCGGGCUCCCUGGUCAGUGUAAAGACAUCACCUCCAGCGAUGUCACUAAGAAUUCCUGUGGGAUCAGCUGGGAAGCUCCAGAAGAUGAUGGCGGCACACCCAUCGUCAGCUACACGUUGGAGCGCCGCGAGGCGUCCAAGAAAACCUAUGUGCCCGUCGUGUCAGGCGAAAAUGUCCUGACCUACAACGUUAAAGACCUUUAUAUCAACUGUGAGUACUACUUCAGAGUGAAGGCUGUCAACAAGGUCGGAGCUGGAGAACAUUUGGAACUACGAAACCCGGUCAUCACUGAGGAAAUAAAACAGAAACCAGACCCUCCCAUCCAGGUUGAGGCUCAUGACCCCACAUCCACGUCCAUCACAGUCACCUGGAAGGCUCCAGACUAUGAUGGCGGCUGCCCAAUACAGGGCUACACAUUGGAGAAGAUAGAGAAAGACGGUGACCGCUACGAGAAGGUCACCACAAGCCUGGUUCCUGGUUUCUCCUACGUGGUAACUGGCCUGAAAGAAGAAAUGGAGUAUCAGUUCAGAGUGCGAGCAGAGAACGCUGCUGGAGUCAGCGAACCAUCACGCAGCACACCCCUUAUAAAGGCUGCAGACCCUGUUGAGAAACCAAAGGUCACUUUGCAUGCACGUGUGCAGUCCGGCCUCUGCAUUAAGAAGGGCGAGGAAAUCCGCAUUGAUGCUUACAUCUCUGGCUCCCCAUACCCCAAAGUCAGCUGGCUGAGGAAUGAGGAGGAUGUGACCAAAGAGCCCGCCAAAAAGACUGUUCCUGCGCUAAGGAAGAAGAAGACCAAAGCCCAUGUUCCAGAACCAGAGGAGGAGUUUGUGACUCCUCUACGGGAACGUCUUGGUCUGGAUAAGAGCACAAAAGGCCAGUCUGCUCUGAUGAUUCGUGAGGCUGUCAGGGUUGACCACGGCACCUUCACAAUCAAGGUGGAGAACACUCAUGGUGUUGCUUCUGCCUCCUGCUUUGUCAACGUCCUGGACAAACCUGGCCCUCCAAUAAACUUCACCUUCGAUGACAUCAGGAGCACCUCAGUCAUCUGUAACUGGGAGCCUCCUGAGGAUGAUGGAGGCAGCGAGAUCCUGAACUACAUCCUUGAGAAGAAGGACAACAAGAACGAUGAAAUUGGCUGGAUCACUGUCACCUCCACUCUGAAGGGCCCCAGUUUCCCUGUCACCAAACUCAUCGAAGGGAAGGAAUACAUCUUCAGAGUAACAGCUGAGAAUAAAUAUGGCUGUGGUCUGCCAUGUAUCUCUGACCCACUUGUCGCAAAGAACCAAUUCGAUCCUCCUGAUGCUCCUAACACUCCCAGAGUGCAUGAGGUGACGGCAAGCUCAGCCCACAUCUCCUGGCAUGAGCCAAAGGACAACGGCAGCCCGAUCCUUGGCUACUGGAUCGAGAGGAAGGAGGUGAACAGCAAACACUGGACCAGAGUUAACCGGGCCCUCCUCAACUCUCUAGAUGUGAAGGUUACUGGACUUAUGGAGGGACUUACUUACAUCUUCAGAGUGUGUGCAGAGAACCUGGCUGGCCCUGGGCCCUUCAGUGAGCCCACUGACCGCAUCGUAGCCAUGGACGCCAUUCUUCCUCCUGGGCCCCCCAUUCCACGGGUCGUGGAUACUGGCAAUGAUUCUGUCAUCUUGGCCUGGAAGCCCCCACUGUACAAUGGUGGAGGGGAUAUUUUAGGAUACCACAUUGAGAAGUUGUUGGUCGGAGAGAAAGACUGGAGUCGCUGCACAGAGUUCAGGUGUAAAGAAUUAACGUACACUGUGACAGGCCUCACUGAAGGAGCAGACUAUUAUUUCCGAGUCCUUGCUGUUAAUGAUGCUGGCCCUGGAGCUCCUGGGGUCACUGAACCUGUAACUGUCAAAGAGCCACAAGAAACUCCUGUUGUGGAAUUUGAUAACUCUGUGAAGAACGGCAUCAUGAUAAAAGCUGGCGAAUCACUGAGGCUUCCUGCAGUGGUGACGGGCCGACCUCAGCCAGAGGUGAAAUGGGCCAAAGAUGAGGCAGAAAUUGACAAAGAGAGAAUGAUGGUGGAGACGGAGGGCAAGAAGAGCACUCUAUUCAUAAAGAAGGCUGUGAGGGCAGAUCAUGGAAAAUAUCAGAUCACUGGCACUAACAGCAGCGGUACCACGACCGCAGAGACCAGAGUGGACAUUAUGGAUGUCCCUGGACCAGUGGUUGACUUGAAGGCUGUCUUGGUGACGAAGAAGAACAUCGUUCUUACCUGGUCAGAUCCUUUGGACAAUGGAGGCAGUGACAUCAUCGGCUACGAAGUGCUGAGGAAAGAUGCCAAGAUGAAGCUGUUCCGUCAGCCCAUUGAGAUGGCAUCCUGCAAGUGUGAUGUUCAAGGCCUGCUGGCUGGUGAGGAGUAUGACUUCAGAGUCAUCGCAAGAAACAAGUACGGUGAUGGAGCUCCAGCAGACCUGGGACCCAUCCUGGCUGAGGAUGCUAAAGGUACUCCUUCUGCUCCUGAGAAACUGCACUACACUGACCGAAGCAAGUCCACCAUCACUCUGGCUUGGCAGCCCCCUCGCACCGAUGGCGGCAGCCCCAUCAGAGGAUAUUAUGUUGAGAAAAUGAGGUCAGACGGCACAGAGUUUGAGGUGGCCAACCGUAAGAUCUUUACAGAGUGCUGUGGAACUAUUGAAAACCUCUCUGAGAACCAGGAGUACCAGUUUCGUGUUAAAGCUGUGAAUGAAGUUGGAGAAGGAGAGCCAUCUAAACCAAUAACUGCCAAGAUCCAGGAUGAUGAAAUUGCUCCAGUUAUUACAAUCCUGAAAUAUUUCAAGAGCAACGCCAUCAUCGUGAAGAAAGGAGCAGCCAUUGACAUCCCAGCAGAGGUGUCUGGACUUCCCCUGCCAACGCUGCAGUGGAUGAAGGAUGAUGUGGUGAUUGAGAAGCCUGAUGAGGAGAAAAUGACUAUAGAAACAGAGGAGGUAAACAGGACAACAGUGAGGACAAAGAUAGCUAUCCCAGUAACGGUCCGACAGGACAAAGGAAACUACACGCUAGUAGCUGAAAACUGCUACGGCAAAGCCCAGCAUGUGAUCAGAGUCGAGAUCCUGGACCGCCCCUUUCCUCCGAGGAACAUUGUUGUGUCGGACAUCAAGGCAGACUCCUGCUACCUGACUUGGGAUGCUCCAGAGGACAACGGAGGCAGUGAGAUCACCAACUACAUCGUGGAGCGCAGAGAUGCAAGCAAGAAAAAAUCAGACUUUGACGUUUUGACCAUCCACCUGAUCGAGAGAAGAUAUGGGGUCUACAAACUAGACUUGAAUGGGGUCUACCAGUUCAGGAUCAAAGCAGAAAACAAGUAUGGUGUCAGCGAUGGCUGUGAUUCAGAGAAAGUCCAGCUCAGAGAUCCGUUUGGCCUUCCUGGACCUCCACGCAAUCCUAAAAUCAUAGCUGCAACAGCAACCACAAUGACCGUGACCUGGGAUCCUCCUCUGGACAAUGGUGGUUCCACCAUCCAGGGCUACUGGUUGGAAAAAAGGGAGCGUGGCGCCGUGUACUGGGGGCGUGUUAACCGAGCUCCGGUCACCAAACCGGCGGUGAAGGGUCUGCAAUACACAGUGUUGAAGCUCAUAGAAGGAACAGAAUACCAGUUCAGGAUUGCAGCCUCAAAUGCUGCAGGAGUCGGUCCCCACAGUGAGGCCACUGAGUGCCGCUUUGCGAUAGAUCCAUGCAACCCCCCAAGCCCACCUGGCAACCCUGAGGUUAAAGAUAAGACCAAGAGCAGCAUCACACUUACCUGGACUCCUCCAGACAAAGAUGGUGGAAACCCAAUCAAGGGUUACAUAAUUGAGGUUCACGAGGAGGGCUCUCCAGAUUGGAGGAGGGUGAAUCCAGCCGACAAGCUCCACCCGUCCACCGAAAUUACCGUCCCUGACCUGAAAGAGGGCAAGAAGUGCAAGUUCAGGAUUUAUGCGGUGAAUGCCGCAGGGAACUCUGAGCCCGCUAGGACAGGCGACAUCCUGGUUCAGGACAUCCUGAUCGAACCCACUGUAACACUGGAUGUGAAUGCUCACGACCUGCUGAACUGCAGAGCAGGAACCACCAUCAGAAUUCCUGCCACCAUAACAGGUCGACCCAUUCCCAAAGUCACAUGGACCUUUGUGGAUGGAACGGCUGAGACUGAAAAGAAGAACGACCUUCACACGUUGCCCGUCGACUCAGAGAUCCAUUCUACUGACACAACUUCCCUGGUGGUGAUCCCAGACUGCAAGCUGAGCCACACCGGUCGAUACAUCCUCAACGCAGAGAGCCCAGCUGGACACAAAGUAGUCAAAGUCAGAGUCAACGUGCUCGACCUCCCUGGACCUGUUAGAAACUUGAAGGUGAGUGAUGUGACCAGAGGAACUUGCAGACUUACCUGGAAAUCUCCAGAGAGCGAUGGAGGAGAGAGGGUGAAGAGCUACUUUAUUGAGAAGAAAACCGUGGAAAGCAAAGCCUGGACCAAGGUGAACCCAACCUGUGCUACUCAGUCUCUGGUGGUUCCAGACCUCAUUUUUGGUCAGGAGUACUUAUUCCGUGUCCGAGCUGAAAACCGCUUCGGAUUUGGCCCAUAUGUAGAGACUAUCGACAGGACCAAAGCCAGAGAUCCCAUCCAUCCUCCGGAUCCUCCAACAAGGCUUAAGAUUCAGAACAUAAGGAAGGGCACAGUCACUUUGACCUGGAAGGCUCCAAAGAAUGACGGAGGUUCACCUGUUACACACUACAGUGUUGACCUUCUCUGUUGGGAUUCAAGUGGUGCCCAGAAGGAGUCCUGGAGGAGGUGUAACAGGAGAGAUGUCGACACCACAACCUUCAGGGUGGAGGACCUGACAGAGGGAGAUGAGUAUGAGUUCCGAGUGAUAGCCUACAACGAGGUUGGACCCAGCCGACCAUCAUCUACGGCUGGACCCAUCAUCAUCCAGGACCAGACCUGUGCUCCAUCCAUUGAGCUGGAGGAGUUUAUGGAGGUGGAGCAGGGCUCUGACAUCAACAUUGUGGCCAAGCUUCGUGGUUGUCCCUUUCCCACGCUCACCUGGUUCAAGGCUCCUCCUCAUAAGUCAGACACCAAGGUGGAGAUCCAGUAUGACGAGCACAUCAACAAGAUUGUGUCAGACGACAGCUGCACACUGCUCAUCCAGCAGGGCAAACGUCACGACACUGGCCUCUACACUCUGGUGGCCUCCAACAGUCUUGGCAAGGCGUCCAAGGAAAUGAGGCUCAAUGUGCUCGGUCAACCUGGUCCUCCCUCAGCUCCUAUUAAGUUUGAGAAAAUUGGAGCAGAGAAGAUUACGCUCUCCUGGCUUCCACCGAAGGAUGAUGGUGGCUCUAAAAUCACAAACUACGUUAUCUGGAGGCGGGUGGCCAAUAGGAAGACCUGGGUGCCUGUCACCAAUGAGCCCAAAGAACGAAUAUGGACAGUGGAGAACCUCAUGGAGGGACACGAAUACGUAUUCCGCAUCAUGGCGCAGAACAAGUAUGGAGUUGGUGAGCCGCUGGACAGUGACCCUGAGGUUGCCCGAAACCGUUACACUGUUCCUGGUCAGUGUGAGAAGCCGACCGUAACCAACAUCACAAUGGAUUCCAUGACAGUCCACUGGGAGGAGCCUGAGGACGACGGUGGUACUACGAUCACUGGCUACUGGCUGGAGCGCAAAGAGACCACGGGCAAACGCUGGGCUCGUGUUACCAGGGACCCCAUCCGCCCCAUGGGCCUUGGCGAGUCCUUUGUAGUGAGUGGACUCAUCGAGGGAUCUCAGUAUUUAUUCAGAGUUUCUGCUAUCAACGCUGCAGGACCAGGACUCGCCAGUCCUCCAACUGACCCCAUCUUUGCUAGAGACCCCAUCUCUCCCCCAUCUCCACCAACCCCGAAGGUUUCUGACUGGACGAGGUCCACAGUGGACCUGGAAUGGAUUCCACCUCUAAAAGAUGGAGGGUCCAAGAUCAUUGGCUACUGGGUGGAGUACAAGGAGGAGGGCACUGAGGCAUGGGUCAAGGCUAAGGAAACUGAAAUCCGAGGCACGCGCUUUGUGAUCAGUGGUCUAAAGACAGGUGGUCAGUACAGGUUCAGGGUGAUUGCCUUUAAUGCUGCUGGUAACGGUGAGCCAGGUGAAGUCCCCGAAGUGCUUGUGGUCGACGACAGAGCCAUUGCUCCUGAGGUGGACCUGGAUGCUUCGGUUAAGGAAAGAAUGGUGGUCCAUGCAGGUGGUGUGAUCCGUCUCAUUGCCUAUGUGUCAGGGCAGCCAACACCUGACAUUACCUGGACCAGAGGUGACGCUGGACUGCCACCAGAGGCUAAAGUGGAAACCACAGCCAUCAGCUCUUCACUGGUCAUCAAACCGUGUGCCAGGAAACACCUUGGUGUUUAUACUCUGACUGCCAAGAAUGCCAGUGGGGAGAAGACAAAGAAUGUCACAGUAGAAGUCCUGGAUGUUCCUGGACCUGUGGGUAUUCCGUUACUUGCUGAAAACUUGACCACGGACUCCUGCAAGCUUAACUGGUUCUUCCCUGAGAAUGAUGGAGGCUCUCCAAUCAGCAACUACAUCAUUGAAAAACGUGAAGCGGAGCGUAAAGCCUGGACAUCAGUGUCCUAUAGCGCUAGCAGACAGAACGCCAUUGCACGCGGCCUCACCAUUGGAAAGGCCUACUUCUUCAGAGUGGCGGCUGAGAAUGCCAUCGGCAUUGGACCGUUUGUUGAGACGGCAGCCGAGAUUAUAAUUAAGGAACCAAUAAGUGUCCCGGAUCGUCCUGAAGAGCUGGAGGUCACCAAGGUUACCAAAGAUUUGAUCAGUGUCACCUGGAAACCGCCUAAAAAUGAUGGAGGCUCUGACAUCACCAUGUACGUCCUGGAGGCACGUAUGAUCGGCAAAGACAAAUUCACUAGACUCACCAAAGAGAAGCUAAUGGACAGAAAGUUUACAUACGACGGUCUCAGAGAGGGCGACACCUAUGAGUUCAGGGUGAUUGCGGUAAAUGAAGUUGGACAGAGCAAACCAUCAUUCUGCACCAAACCGAUCACUUGCAAGGAUGAACUUGAGCCACCAACCAUCGAGUUGGACUUCCGUGAUAAGAUCAUUAUACGUGUAGGAGAGAGCUGUCUACUUCAGGGACGCUACACGGGCAAACCCGCUCCAUCUAUUGUCUGGUACAGAGACGACGACGAGCUGAAGGUCGACAAACACAUAAUGUUUAAAAACACUCCAGUCAUGAUGUCGCUUGGCCUGGUGAAAGCUAAGCGUGAGCACAGUGGCAGAUAUGUUGUGGUUGUGGAAAACAGCUCAGGAUCCAGGAAGGGUGUCUGUAAUGUCACUGUCGUAGAUCGUCCAACUCCUCCUGUUGGCCCUGUGGUGUUUGAUGAGGUGCACAGGGAAUAUAUGGUGAUCUCCUGGAAGCCUCCUCUGGACAGUGGAGGUGUUGAGGUCUCUAACUACAUCAUUGAGAAGAGAGAUGUCAACAGAGAGGCAUGGACCACAGUAACAUCUGCCACAACCAAGACCACAUGCAAGAUCCCCAAGCUAAUCGAAGGCAGGGAGUACAUCAUGAGAAUAUGUGCAGAGAAUAUGUAUGGUAUCAGCGACCCUCUGGAGUCUGAGGAGAUGAAGGCUAAAGAUCUGUUUAGAGUUCCUGAAGCCCCUGAGAUGCCAACGGUCAGAGAGGUAUAUGCCACCAAUGCUUUGGUGCUGUGGAACAGGCCCCGUGAUGGAGGUAAGCCCAUCACCAACUACAUCCUGGAGAAGAAGGAGCCUGGAGCCAAGAGGUGGUCCAGAGUCACCAGAGACCCACUUUACCCAGCUAUUCAGUACCGAGUGCAGGACUUGGUGGAGGGCUGCGAGUAUGAGUUUAGGGUGAUGGCUGAGAAUGAGUUGGGAAUUGGAGAUCCCAGUCCCCCAUCCAAACCAAUCCUUGCCAAGGACCCCAUUGUGCCCCCAAGUCCUCCAGUAACCCCAGAAGCUUAUGACAAAACUAAAGAUUCAGUCAGUCUGAAGUGGCAGAUGCCGCGCCACGACGGAAAAGGACGGAUCUUUGGCUACCUUGUGGAGUAUCAGAAGCCUGGUGCCGUUGACUGGAUUCAGGCCAACACGACUCCAGAACAAUGUCCCGACCUCCACUAUGUAGUGACAGGCCUGACUGAAGGACAAGAGUAUGCCUUUAGGAUCUUUACUGUCAAUGCAGCAGGCAAAUCUGACCCCGCCUUCCUCAAACAGACUGUCAAAGUCCAUGACAGGCUUGAGGAGCCAGAGUUGUUCUUGGAUGCAAACAUGGCUCGUGACCACUUAGCCAUGCUGGGAACUGAUAUCACUCUUAGUGCCACAAUUAAGGGUGUGCCGACACCAACAGUAUCCUGGAAGAAGAAUGAUGGAGAUGUUCCUUCUCAUAUCACUGUUGCUGUUACCACCACUGGCAGCAAAGUCUUAAUUCCCAAGUGUGUCCGUGCAGAUUCUGGCAACUAUACCAUCACAGUGGAGAAUGCUGGUGGAAAGAAAUCAGCAACUGUUGCUGUGCUUGUGCUGAAUAAGCCUUCUCCUCCAAGAGAUCUUGUGGUGUCUGAGGUGACCAGUGAGUCUGCUUACCUGACAUGGAAGGCUCCAGAGGACAAUGGUGGCGCAGUCAUCUCUCAUUAUGUUGUGCAAAAGAGGGAUGUGGCUGCGGACCAGUGGGUACCAGUUGCUGCAGCCAAUAAGAAGCUUAGUCUUAUGGCCAUGUACCUGAUGGAGGGAAUCCAGUACCUAUUUAGGGUGGCUGCUGAGAACCAGUUUGGCAGGAGUGACUUUGUAGUGACCAAGACACCCAUCAAGGCUACUGAUCCUCUAUAUCCUCCUGGCCCACCCAAAAACCUCCACCAUACUGAUGCAGACAAGACAGAGGUGUGGUUGAACUGGCAGUGGCCUGAUCGCACUGGUGGAAGUGAAAUUACCGGCUUCAUUGUAGAACACCAGGAAGAGGGCCAAACCGACUGGGUUACAUUCAAGACUGUGAGCAAUAACCACAGUCAUGUCACAGGUCUGGAAGAAGGCAAGACCUACCGCUUCAGGGUCAAGGCUCAGAAUGCCAUUGGUAUUAGUCGCCCUGAGACCAGUGUCCCCAUUACUUGCCAGGAGAAGACAUUGCCUCCUGCUAUUGAAGUUGAUGUGAAGCUUAUUGAGGGUCUUGUAGUCAAAGCUGGAAGUACUAUUGUUCUACCAGCUAAGAUGACCGGAAUUCCUCUUCCCACUGCCAAAUGGAUUAGCGAUGGCAAGGAGAUCACACCAGAAGGCCGAUUUAAAAUUGAAUCUGCUGAAUCUUCAACCAUUCUCAGUAUCGUAGAGUGCCAGAGAGGAGACACUGGAGAGUACAUACUCACUGUGUCCAAUAUUGCAGGUAGUAAGACUGUCGCCCUACAUGUCACUGUGCUGGAUCUACCUGGACCACCGAUUGGACCCAUCAAUAUCUUGGAGGUCACCCCUGAUCACAUGAUGAUACAGUGGAGGGCACCUAAAGAUGAUGGUGGCACACCUAUCACCAAUUAUGUGGUGGAAAAGAAGGAUGUCAAGAAGCCAUGGGAGCCUUGGUCAGUUGUUAGCUCUAGUGGUACCAGCACUAAGGCCAAGGUGACAAGGUUAGAGAAAGGCCGUGAGUACAUUGUCAGGGUUCGAGCAGAGAACAAGAUUGGCAUUGGUGCUGAUCUUGAAAGUCCUCCUACUAUUGCCAAGCACAUGUUCAACCCUCCUGGUCCUCCAGGCUUCCCUGAGUGUUCUGAUAUCACAGAAAAUGCUGUAACAGUGGAAUGGGCCCUACCUGACUAUGAUGGAGGUUGCCCCAUCAGUGGCUAUGUGAUUGAACGCAGAGAGAUGACAGGAAAGUGGAUUCGGGUCAAUAAAACUCCUGUGCUAGACCUAAGAUACAGAGUCUCUGGUCUGUUUGAAGGCAACAGCUAUGAGUUCAGAGUGUUUGCUGAGAAUAUCGCUGGCAUCAGCGAGCCGUCACUCACAUCUGACCCAAUUAAAGCUACCCGUGCCAUCACUAAACCUGGACCUCCUGGUAACCCCAAACUUAAGGACUGGAGUAAAUCAUAUGCAGACAUCUGCUGGACCAAACCCACUAGAGAUGGAGGCAGUCCAAUUCUGGGCUAUGUUGUUGAGGUUCAGAAGUCAGGAAGUGCCCAGUGGGACAGAAUCAACAAGGAUCUAAUCAAAAUCUGUGCUUACAGAGUGCCCGGCCUAAUAGAAGGAAUGGAGUACAGACUACGUAUCAGAGCUACAAACAAGGUUGGAGACAGUGAGCCCAGGGAGCUACCUGAGACAAUUUUAGCAAAAGACAUCCUGGUGCCUCCUGAAGUUGUGGUUGAUGUCUCCUGCCGUGACUCUGUGACAGUCAGAGCAGGUCAGAUAAUCAGUUUAAUUACUAGAGUAAAAGGCAGACCAGAUCCAGACAUCACAUGGACCAAGGAUGCCAGAGUCUUGUCACGAGAGAAGCGCAUUGAAAUGAACAACAACUACCCUGUUUGUGAACUAAUUAUUUAUGACUCACUCAGGUCAGAUUAUGGAAAAUAUGGCAUUGUUGCCAAGAACAGUAGUGGACAAGCACAGGCUACCAUUUUGGUGAAUGUUCUGGACACACCAGGAGCUUGUCAGAAUUUGAAAGUAGCUUAUGUGACCAAGAAAUCGUGCAUGGUGUCCUGGGAGAACCCUGAGGAUAAUGGAGGCACUGAGAUUACUCAGUAUAUUAUUGAAUGCCGUCAGCCAAGCCAAAGAGGGUGGACAGUGGUCUCCAAUGAUUGGACUAAACGCUUGAUAAAGGCUCCUCUUACUGAGGGCUGUGAGUACUUCUUCCGCGUGAGUGCUGAAAAUAAGAUAGGAGUCGGUCCAUCCACAGAGACAAAAUCGCCUGUUUUGGCAGUUGAUCCUAUUGAGAAACCUGGGGAACCCAUAGAUUUCCAUAUAUCUGAGAUUGGAAAGACCUUCUGCUUCUUGAAGUGGAAGAAACCUGAUUACGAUGGUGGUAGUCGAAACAUAGGUUAUCAUAUUGAAAAGAAACCAAAAGAAGCUGAAGAGUGGGAGAGGCUUCAUAAAGGGGCUAUCAAGGAGACCUACUUCAUGGCAGACAGGUGUAUUGAAAAUCAAAUCUACCAGUUCAGGGUUCAGACUAAGAAUGAGGGAGGUGAAAGUAAUUGGGUGACAACAGGAGAAGUACUAGUUAAGGAACAGCUGGUAGAGCCUGAAGUUAAGGUUAAGCUGGAUGGAACCCUUGUUGUGAGGGCAGGAGAUUCUAUUGCUAUAGAAGCAGCAGUGAAGGGCAAACCUCAGCCUGAUGUAAAAUGGACAAAGGAUGAGAGCAAAGAGGACAUUAAGAAAGGCCCAAGGCUUCAACUUGAAACUGGUGCAGACUUCUCCAAGCUGUUGAUUACAGGUGCUAGACGCACCGACAGCGGAAAAUAUGUUGUCACAGCCUCCAACAGUGCAGGAACCAGCUCUGCUAAAGGCACAGUGAGUGUACUGGAUAGACCUGGUCCCAUUAGGGACCUCAAGGUGUCUGAUGUCACCAUUGACAGGUGUAAUCUGGCCUGGGACGUUCCUGAGGAUGACGGUGGCUGUGAUAUUUACAACUACAUUAUUGAGAAAUGUGAGACCAAGAGAGGGAUUUGGUCUGUUCAUUCGAAUGCAGUCAUCACUAAUAAAGCUAAAGUAACCCGACUUAUUGAAGGAAAUGAGUAUAUCUUCAGGGUUCGAGCCGAGAAUAAAAUGGGUCCUGGGCCUGCAGUUCAGAGUGAGGCUAUUGUUGCUGGCACCCAGUUUAGUGUACCUGAUGCCCCUGAAACACCAGAGGUGAUCAAGAUCAGCAAAGAGGAGAUGACCGUACAAUGGUUAGAGCCUGAGAAGGAUGGUGGAAAACCAAUCAUAGGCUAUCUACUGGAGAAGAGAGAAGAGCAUGCAGUUAGGUGGUCUCCUGUCAACAAAGAUCCAGUCCCUGGAACUCGUUUCACAGUCACUGGACUAUUGCCUCUCCAUGAUUACCAGUAUAGAGUAAAGGCUGUGAAUGAAAUUGGAGUUGGUACUGCAAGUAAGGCUUCUCGUGCAAUAACUGCAAAGGACACAGUUGAACCUCCUGCACCACCUACCAACUUAAAGGUGGUGGACAGCACAAAAUCUACAGUAACUCUGGGCUGGACAAAGCCUGUGUCUGAUGGAGGUGCUCCUCUCAUUGGCUAUGUUGUGGAAAUGAGGGUACAAGGGAGUGCAAAGAAAGGAGAUGAUGGCUGGAAGAGAUGCAAUGUGGCAGCACAACUUAUCAUGUGCGAGUUUACAGUCACAAGUCUUGAUGAAAAGCUAGUGUAUGAAUUCAGGGUAUCGGCUCAAAACCAGGUGGGCAUGAGUCUGCCUUGUGACCUAGAGAGUGCUGUGAUUCCAAGGGAAAUUUUAGAGGCACCAGAGAUUGACUUGGAUGCCAACCUGAAGCAGGGCCUCACAAUUCGCGCUGGUUGUCCCAUCAGACUUUGCGCCACCAUCAGAGGCAGACCACAUCCCACAGUAACGUGGAGGAGAAUGGGUAUCGACAACGUGGUCAGGAAGGGUAAAGUUGACAUCAUCGACACCAUGACUUUCUUGGUCAUUCCUGACAGCACCCGUGAUGACUCUGGGAAAUACUGCCUGACUCUAAAGAGCCCUGCAGGAGAAAAGGCUGUGUUUGUUAAUGUUAAGGUUCUGGAUACUCCCGGACCUGUAGUAAAUCUUGAAGCUACAGACAUUAAACAGACCUCGGUUAUGUUGACUUGGAAUCCUCCAGAGAACAAUGGCGGCAGUGAGGUGACACAUUACAUUGUUGAAAAGCGAGAGAUUGAUCGCAAGACAUGGUCAACUGUCAAGACUGAAGUUCAGCCAGACAAGAUUCCCCUCAAAGUCAAUGGUCUGUUACCUGGUACUGAAUACUACUUUAGAGUCAUAGCGGUUAAUGAGUAUGGCUCUGGAGUUCCCAAAGUGACACCUACUUCCUACCUGGCUUCCGAUCCUGUCAGCAAGCCAGACCCCUGUCAGAAGAUUGAAAUUCUGGAGAUAACCAAGAACAGUGCAAUGAUUGGCUGGGUGAAGCCUGAAAGAGAUGGUGGUGCCAAAAUUGAUGGUUAUGUUAUCGAAUACAUUGAAGUCAAACCUCCAGCGGAGCCACCAGCCCCUGUGGAGGUGGCUGAAGGAGAAGAAGCUCCUCCACCACCACCACCACCACCAGUGAUAGAGGAGGAUGAGGAAGAUGAACCUGUAAAAGAAGUGUGGAGUUCCUACACAACAGUUAAAGGUUUAACAAUCAGUGUUAGUGGCCUGAAGGAGGGCAAGAGGUACAAGUUCAGAGUGGCUGCCAAGAACAUCAUGGGCAUGAGUUCUUUCACUGAAACUAGAGAGGCGACUGAGAUCAAGGAACAGAUGGUCGAACCAAAGAUUGUUAUGCCAGAAACAGUAAGUGCUAGAGCUGGAGCCAAGCUCAGAGUGGAAGCACUUGUUUCAGGAAAACCUGUUCCAACAUGCAAGUGGAUGCGUGGGGAGAAAGCGGUGGUCCCAUCCAGUCGCUUGGCUGUGCACCAAUCCGGUAAUUUGUGUGUCCUGAUCAUCAAAGAUGUGACAAGGAGUGACAGUGGAGAAUAUAAUCUUGUUGCGGAAAACAGCACUGGACAAAUUUCCCAGGCAAUAAAGAUUGUUAUUCGAGACAUCCCUGGUCCUCCAGAAGGCCCUGUGGAGAUUAGUGACAUUGAUUCUGAUGCUUGCUCCCUGUCUUGGAACAAACCUGUGGAGGAUGGCGGCAGCAAUAUUACAAACUAUGUUAUUGAGAAAUGUGAUGUGAGCAGAGGCGACUGGGUGACAGCCCUCUCCUCCUGUGGGAAGACCAGUUGCAGAUUGGGAAAACUUGUUCCUGGAAAGGAAUAUGUGUUCCGCAUCCGUGCUGAAAACCGUUUUGGUGUGUCAGACCCCCUUCAAUCAGAAAGAAUGGUCGCAAAGUUCCCCUUUGAUGUUCCAAGUGAACCCCUAAACUGUCGUGUCAACAAGACCAACAAGGAUUGUAUGUUUGUUGCAUGGGAUAAACCAGAGAGUGAUGGGGGCAGUCCCAUAACGGGGUACUACAUUGAGCGUAAGGAGAGAAACAGCCUUCUGUGGGUAAAGGCCAACGAUACUGUGGUCCGAACCACUGAGUACCCCUGCGCUGGUCUUAUUGAAGGCCUGGAAUAUACCUUCAGAGUAUCAGGCAUUAACCGUGCUGGCCAAGGCAAACCAAGCAAGAAAACUGACUUCGUAACUGCAAGAACACCUGUUGACACUCCAGGUAAACCUGAAGUUCUGGAUGUAACUAAGAACUCUGUCACUUUGGUUUGGGCCCGUCCUAAAAAUGAUGGAGGAAGCAAGAUCAUAGGGUAUUAUGUUGAGGCUACGCGGGUGCCAGGAGACACUUGGAUACGUUGCAACACCAGCAGUCAGAAUGUUCCCAGGGAGGAAUAUUCAGUGACGGGACUUGAAAGAGACCUUCAGUACCAGUUCAGAGUUAUUGCUAAAACUGCAGUGAACAUGAGCAAACCCUCAGAACCCACAGACCCAAUCCUGGUCUGUGCUGAGAAUGUUCCUCCAAGGAUUGAACUUAAGGCCAAGAUGCAAAAAGCUGUAACGGUCAAGGCUGGAGCCACCAUCCUGCUAGAAGCAGAUGUGUUUGGUAAACCUAUGCCCAGAGUCACUUGGAAGAGAGGUGAUGAUACCCUGAGGUCAGGUGAAAGCCAGGUUAUUACUCAGCAAAGAAACCAUUUCCAGUUAGAGAUACAAGCUGCCACCAAAGAACACACAGGAACCUACACCGUAUUGGCUGAGAAUGCAAGUGGCUCUAAGACUGUAGAAAUCCAGGUCAACGUACUAGAUGUGCCAGGGCGUCCUGCCAGUGCCAAGUAUGUUGAGGUUUUAGCCUCCAGUAUCAAGAUGUCAUGGGAGCCUCCACUGGAAGAUGGUGGCGCCCCUGUCAACAACUACAUUGUGGACAAGCGUGAAACCAGCAGAACUAACUGGGCACAAGUGUCAACAAAGAUAAAGGGUGACCUAAUAUUUAAUGUGGAGAAAUUAAUUGAAGGACAUGAAUACCAAUUCCGAAUUCGUGCUGAAAAUACAUGGGGAGUUGGAGACCCAUUUAUCACCGAUCCAGUUGUGGCCAAGAAUCCUUUCAGUGUCCCCGGUCCUUGUGAAGUCCCUGUAAUCACCAAUGUGACCAAAGACAGCAUGACUGUGAGCUGGAAGGAGCCUGUUGAUGAUGGAAAGUCCACCAUUCUGGGCUACAUGGUGGAAAGGAAAGAGACCAAGGAGAUGAAGUGGACCAAGAUUAAUAGAAAACCCAUAACAGAAAGGAUUCUCGAAGUAACAGGCCUAACAGAGGGAGUUGAAUAUGAGUACCGAGUCACUGCUGUCAACAUAGCUGGGCUAGGGAUGCCCAGUGAACCCUCUGCUGGCACCACUGCACAGAACCCUCUUACUCCUCCUGGACCUGUUAUAAACCCUAGCGUAAUGGAUACCACCCAAAGCACAAUCAGUCUCAGUUGGACUGCACCAGCUAACAAUGGCGGAAGCCCCAUUAUUGGAUACUUAGUGGAAUGCAAGAGAACAGACACCACAGACUGGAUCCGCUGCAAUGUCCCUAGGAACCUGCAGGACACCAACUACGUCAUUCAGAACUUAAUUGACAAAGCAGAGUAUCAGUGUCGCAUCACUGCUGUCAAUAAAGUGGGCUUCAGUGAGCCAGCUGAAGUCCCAGGCAAACAUGUUGCCAAGGAUAUCAUAGUUGCUCCUGAGGCAGAACUAAGUGCAGAUCUGAAAGAAGUCCUUGAACUUAAUGCUGGCACAAACAUGAAGCUAUAUGCUACCAUCAAGGGCCGUCCCAAACCCAAGAUCACAUGGGCAAAGAUGAAUACCAACAUUAAGGACCGUCAGGGCAUUGUCAUCAAAUCUAGCAACAUUGACACUAUGGUUAUGGUGGAGAAGGUCAACAGAUAUGAUGCUGGCAAAUACAUUCUGUCCCUGGACAGCUUGGCUGGCAUGAAGAUGUACACCAUUGUUGUCAAAGUUUUUGAUACGCCUGGACCACCAGUAAACCUGAUGGUGAAAGAGACUUCCAAAGACAGUGCUUACAUCCUUUGGGAUGCUCCUCUGAUUGAUGGCGGUUUUGAAGUCACCCACUACGUAGUGGAGAAACGUGACACUGAAAGAAAGGCCUGGUCUAUUGUCUCAAACAACUGCACCAAAACUUCAUUUGAGGUUCCAGACCUGAAUGCUGGACAGUCCUACUGCUUCAGAGUGUCAGCAGUCAACAAGCUUGGUACUGGAGAAUCUUGUGAAACAGCUGAUGAUGUUAGAGCAACAGAGGAGCCUGGACCUGUUAUUGACUUCAAAACCUUGCUGGUGACCAAAUACUCAUGCACUCUCAGCUGGAAGAAACCCCUCACCGAUGGUGGCAGUCGCAUUAUCUGCUAUGUGCUAGAGGUUCUCAAUGGUGAGGACAAAUACAAAGAGCUUAUGAGGUCCAAGAACAUGCAGUACAGCGCCAAGGACCUUGUAGAGGGUAGAGAGUAUACAUAUCGGGUCAAAGCUGUAAAUGAUUCUGGAGAAAGCUCUCCCAAGGAGUUGACUGUGAUGGCUAAGGAUCAAAUUAUUCAUCCAAGCUGUGACUUAAGAGAGUUGCCCAACAUGUGCUACAUUGCCAAAGAGGGCAGUACCGUCCGUCUAAAGAUCCCAAUAGUUGGCAAACCUACUCCCAAGAUUUCCUGGAAGAAGGGAGAUGAUGAAGAUUUGACAGACACCGGCAGGGUCUGUGCCGAAUCAUCUGCAGUCAACACUACCCUCCUAAUCAGGGACUGUCAGAGAACUGAUGCUUCCAAGUACACCAUCACCUUGAGAAAUAGUGCUGGCACCAAAGAGUCUACCAUCUUCAUCAGGGUGGUAGGUAAACCCAGCAUCCCUGGUGGACCAAUAAAAUUCAAAGAUGUUACUGCUGAUGGCGCUACGCUAAAGUGGGGUGUUCCUAAGGAUGAUGGUGGCUCAGAGAUUACCAACUACAUCUUGGAAAAAAGGGACUCCAUCACCAACAUGUGGGUGAAUGUUUCUUCCAAUGUGGAGACAAAUACAAUGAGGGUGACGGGUCUUCAUGAAGGCACUGAAUACAUAUUCAGAGUCGGUGCAGAGAACAAGUACGGUGUUGGAGAGGGACUCAAGUCUGAGCCUGUUGUUGCAAAACAUCCAUUUAAUGUACCUGAUGCACCUCCUCCUCCUCAGAUCAUGAGUAUGCGGCAUGAUUCUGCAUAUCUCACCUGGUCUGACCCCAGAAAGACUGGAGGAUCUCCUAUCACAGGUUACCACGUUGAGUUUAAGGAGAGGAACAGCAUGUUGUGGAAAAGAGCCAGCCCAGCUGCCUUAAAGAUGAAGGAACACAAAGUCACUGGACUAACUGAAGGUUUGGAGUAUGAGUUUAGAGUAAUCGCUAUUAACUUGGCUGGAAUUGGCAGGCCAAGUGCUCCAACGGAUCCGCAGGUGGCCCUAGAUCCCAUCGAUGCACCUGGUAAACCAGAUGUAGUCAGCAUUACUAGAAGCAGUGUGACCCUCCAGUGGACUGAACCUCAAUUUGACGGCGGCCACAAGCUGACAGGAUACAUUGUAGAGAGGCGCGAUCUGCCUUCCAAGAUCUGGGUGAAAGCCAACAAUGUGAAUGUUGUAGAGCCUGCAUUUACUGUUGGUGAUCUUCAAGAGGGCUGUAAAUACGAGUUCAGGAUCCGUGCAAAGAAUGCUGCCGGUGCCCUUAGCCCACCCUCUGAGCAGACGGAUACCAUUAUGUGUACGGAUGAAUAUGCUGCACCAACCAUUAUUAUUGAUGCCCAGGUAAAGGAAGGUCUGACCGUCAGGGCUGGUGAUACGAUUGUUGUCACUGCAACAAGCAUUUUAGGAAAACCUUCGCCAACCUCCGGCUGGUCAAAGGGAGGAAAAUACUUCAAACCCUCUGACCUUGUUCAAAUUGAAACCACUCCAACAUCGUCCACUUUAUCUGUAAAAUAUGCUAGCAGAAAGGACUCAGGAGAAUAUAUAAUCACAGCCACCAAUCCUUUUGGUGUAAAUGAGGAAACUGUCAAGGUCAAAGUUCUGGAUGUUCCUAGUGCUCCUGGACCAAUUGAAUGCAGUGGUGUAUCCUCUGAAAAGGUGACUCUUACUUGGACAGACCCUAGUGAAGACGGAGGCUCUCCUAUCAAAUAUUACACCCUGGAGAAGAGGGAAACUAGCCGUCUGCUCUGGACAAUCCUGGAAGAAAAGGUCAUUAACUGUCACUAUGUGGCCAACAAACUCAUUCAGGGCAAUGAAUACUUCUUCAGAGUCUCUGCUGUGAACCAGUAUGGUGCUAGUGAGCCAUCUCAUUCUGAGGCUGUCAAGAUGGUCGACAGAUUUGGUCCUCCUGGUCCGCCAUCUAAACCAGAAGUUGAGAAAGCUGAUGGACAUUCUGUAACUUUGACCUGGAGAAGACCAGCUGAAGAUGGAGGAAGUGACAUUAUUGGUUAUAGUAUUGAGAAGAAGGAAAAGAAAGCGAUGCGUUGGGUUAGGGCAUACAAGAAAUCCAUUGCUGAGCUCAGCUUUGAAGUCACAGGUCUCACUGAGGGUGUUGAAUAUGAGUUCCGUGUUCUUGCUGAGAACAAAGCUGGUUUUGGAGAGCCAAGUGAACCAUCUAUGCCUGUCAAAACAAUAGUUGCAGCCUAUGUUCCAGGACCUCCCAUCAAUCCAAGAGUUACAGACACAACCAAAACUACUGCUACACUGAACUGGGGGAAACCUCUGGAUAAUGGUGGACUUGAAGUCACUGGAUAUGUAAUUGAGCACAGAAAGGAGGGAACAGAAGAAUGGAUUAAAGACACCCCUUCAUCUCCACUAAGAAUCACAGAGUUUGUUGUUUCUGGCUUGGAAACUGGUGCCAAGUACCAUUUUAGGAUUAGUGCUGUAAAUGCCAAGGGAGCAGGUGAACCUGCUGAAACUCAGGAAUUAGUUGAGAUUAUAGAACAUGAUGCUGAACCUGAUUUAGAGUUAGAUGUUGAGCUGAGAAGAACCCUUGUUGUCAGGGCUGGCUGCUCUAUUCGUCUCUUUGUGCCAAUCAAGGGUCGUCCUGCGCCUACAGUUACUUGGAGUAAAGAGGGUGGCCCUGUUCCACGUGCAGUCAUUGAUAGCACUGAAUCGUUCACAUUGCUACUUAUUCCUGAGAGUUCAAGGAUUGAUGCUGGCAAAUAUGAGAUUACCCUUGAAAAUGCAGCUGGAAAGAAAAGUGCUGCCAUUUAUGUGAGAGUUUUGGAUUCCCCUGGACCUCCUCUUAACCUCAAACCGGUAAAGAUUGACAAAGAAAGUAUUACACUUCAGUGGGAUAUUCCUCUAAUUGAUGGAGGAGCCAAGAUCACAAAUUACAUAGUAGAGAAGAGGGAAUCAACACGCAAAGCUUUUGCUACUGCGAUUACAAAGUGCCCAAAUACAUCAGUCAGAAUUGGCGACUUGGGUGAAGGCUGCGAGUACUACUUCAGGGUGUCCGCUGAGAAUGAGUUUGGCAUUGGAGAGGCAGUUGAAACUGUUGAUCCAAUUCGUGCAUCCCAAGCACCCACACCUCCAGAAAGCAUCAUUCCUACUGACAUCACAAAGAACUCUGUAAGCCUGGCAUGGACUAAACCCAAGCAUGAUGGCGGAAGCAGAAUUUCAGGAUAUGUCCUAGAAGCCAAGAAAAGGGGAACAGACCAGUGGGCACAUGUUACAACAGUGAAGACAAUGGACUUCACAGUGAAGAAUCUCAAUGAGAAUGAGGAGUACAUUUUCCAUGUCAUGGCUGUCAACCAAUCUGGCAGAAGUGCUCCACGAGAGAGCAAACCUAUUAUUAUUAGAGAUUCGACAUGUCUUCCUGAGUUUGACUUACGUGGUGUUUGCCAAAAGACUGUUAUUGCCAAAGCAGGUGAUGAUAUUAAAGUUGAAAUUCCAGUCAUGGGACGUCCCAAACCAACAAUUUCUUGGCAAAAGGAUGGAGCAGCCCUGAAACUCACACAGAGAGUCAAUGUAGAAACUACUGCAGCUACUGUUAUUAUUAGCAUUAGUGAAUGCACUAGAGCUGACAGUGGUGUUUACACAAUGACAGCAAAGAACAUUGUUGGAUCUGUGACAGAGAACAUAAUCAUCAAAGUGCAUGAUGUACCUGGGCCACCAAAAGGACCAGUGAAGAUUGUAGAAAUAUCUCGGACUUAUUGCAUCUUUUCUUGGGAAGCUCCUGAGAAUGAUGGGGGUAUUCCAAUUAACAACUAUGUGGUUGAAAUUAGAGACGCCACUUCCCAAACAUGGUGUGAACUCUCAACCACUGUUAUUCGCACAGUGUUUAAAGCUAUACGGUUAACCACUGGAUCAGAGUACCAGUUUAGAAUUAAAGCUAAAAAUAGAUAUGGUGUUGGACCUCCCAUCACAUCAGAGGCAGUGGUGGCUGCCUAUCCAUUCAAGGUACCUGGGCCACCAGGAACUCCCAGUGUAGUUGCUUUCACCAAAGACUCAAUCACAAUUGGCUGGAAUGAACCUGUCUCUGAUGGUGGAAAUGAAAUUAUUGGUUAUCAUGUUGAGAGGAAGGAAAGAAGUGGCAUUAUAUGGCAUAAGGUCAGCAAUAGUCUUGUGAAAGGCAAUGUUUUCAAGUCAACAGGACUUGAAGACGGAGUUGCUUAUGAAUUCCGUGUCUUGGCUGAAAACAAAGCUGGAAUUGGUAAACCCAGUAAAGCCUCAGAGCCAAUACUGGCCUUGGACCCUGUGGAUCCUCCGGGUCAGCCUGUGCCAAUUUUUGUUAACAAGAAUGCCAUCACUAUUCAGUGGACAAAGCCAGCCUAUGAUGGUGGCUUUAAGAUCACUGGUUACACAGUGGAAAAGAGAGAAUUGCCUGCUGGUCGUUGGAGCAGAGCUAACUUUACCAACAUUAUUGAGACCGCAUUCACCGUCAGUGGGCUGACUCAGGACGCCUCAUAUGAAUUCCGUGUCAUAGCCAGAAACUCAUUAGGGGCAGUGAGCAUACCAUCCGAACCAUCUGACCCAAUUAUCUGCAAAGAUAAUAUAAUCGAGCCACGUAUUAUGGUCGAUGCCAUCUUUAAGGAUAUUGUUCUUCUAAAGGCAGGAGAGUCCUUUAAGCUUGAAGCUGAUAUUGCCGGUCAGCCAAUCCCAUCCAUGGCUUGGACAAAGAAUGGAAAGGAGGUUGAGAACACAAUGAAACUGGAGGUUAGGUUUACUGAACUUACAACUAUUCUGACUAACAAGGACUCUGUUAGGUCAGAUGGAGGUGAAUUUGUUUUGACUGCCACUAAUGUUGGUGGAUUUGCUAAACAUGUGUUCAAUGUUAAAGUGCUUGACAGACCUGGACCACCAGUAGGACCCCUAAAAGUGUCUGAUGUAACUGCUGACAACUGUGUACUUACCUGGGCUCCGCCAGCAGAUGAUGGUGGUGCCAAAAUCGAAGGAUAUGUGGUCGAGAAACGUGAAUCAAGUAGACUGGCUUGGACCAAUGUCACUUCAGGGUUGCAGGAUACACAACACAAAGUAACUAAGCUUCUCAAAGGAAAUGAAUAUAUAUUUAGAGUGAUGGCUGUGAACAAAUAUGGCCUUGGAGAAUCUCUUGAAUCAGAACCCACUAUUGCAGAUAACCCAUAUGUAAAACCUGACCCCCCAGAAAAUCCUGAGGUGACAGCUAUUACUAAAGAUUCAAUGGUUGUCAUGUGGCAAGCACCUAAGAGUGAUGGUGGGACUCCCAUCAUCAACUACAGUAUUGAAAGGAAAGACAGAGCUGGCCUCCGAUGGAUCAAAUGCAAUAUGAGAAAAGUCAAAGACCUACAGUUCAAGGCAACAGGACUUACUACAGGACAUGAAUAUGAAUAUAGAAUAUUUGCUGAGAAUGCUGCUGGUGUGAGUGUACCAAGUGUACCCAGUCUAUUUUACAGAGCCACUGAUGGCCUGUACAAACCUGGAGCUCCAUGCAACCCCAGAAUCUUGGACACAACCAAAUCCUCAAUUACUGUUGCCUGGAACAAACCUGUAUAUAGUGGUGGCUCUGAAAUCACUGGUUACAUUGUUGAAACAUGCAUCCCAUGUGAAAAAGAAGAAGAAGAGCAAUGGACCAUUGCAACUCCCAAGGAAGGUCUCCUUGCAACGUCAUUUACCCUUACUAAUCUGAAAGAAAACCAGGAAUAUAGGAUUAAUAUUUCUGCCAUUAAUAGCGAAGGAGUAGGAGAGGCAGCAUCUGUUCCUGGAAAUCCAAAAGCUGAGGACAGACUCCUUCCUCCUGAGAUGGACUUAGAUGCUGAGCUACGCAAAGUGGUCAGUUUGAGAGCUUGCUGCACACUCAGACUGUUUGUACCAAUAAGAGGCAGACCAGCUCCUCAAGCUAAGUGGUCUAAAGGUGAUGGUGAGCCUAUAGAGAGGGCAACAAUUGACAGCACAUCAUCAUACACAUCCCUUGUAAUUGAAAAUGUCAACAGAUUUGACAGUGGAAAAUAUGAUCUCACCAUUGAGAACAGCUCUGGCUCCAAAACAGUUACAGUUCAAGUAAGGGUUCUUGACACACCAAGUGCCCCACAAAAUCUGAAAAUUACUUCUGUCACCAACAAAGCUGUCACUUUAACAUGGGAUUCACCAGUGAAUGAUGGAGGCGUCAAAAUUAAGAAUUAUAUAGUUGAAAAACGUGAGUCAACAAGAAAAGCAUAUGCCACAGUCAAAGCCAGCUGCCAUAGUACAUCUUUCACAGUGGACCAGCUUCUAGAAGGGUGUAACUAUUACUUUAGAGUUUUAGCUGAAAACGAAUAUGGCAUUGGCUUGCCCAUUGAAACGAUUGAAUCAGUUAAAGUGUCUGAGAAGCCACAGCCACCAGGUAAAAUCACUCUGCAGGACGUCACCAAAAACAGUGUAACCCUAUCAUGGGAAAAGCCAGAACACGAUGGUGGCAGCAGAGUAGGCUGUUACGUUGUUGAGAUUCAGCCUAAGGGUGUAGAUAAGUGGACCCAGGCUAUGAUUGUGAAAGAGACAGAAGCUACCAUCAGUGGACUAAAUGUAGGGGAAGAGUAUAUGUUCCGUGUAGCAGCAAAGAAUGAGAAAGGAACCAGUGACCCUCGUCAAAUUGGUGUCCCUGUGAUAGUGAAAGAUCUCAUCAUUUCGCCAAUUGCAAAAAUGUUGUUCAACACAUUCAGUGUGUUGGCAGGAGAAGACUUGACAGUGGAGGUUCCAUAUGUGGCACGUCCCAAAGCAGCUGUUACCUGGGUAAAAGAUGGUCAGCCUCUGAAAAGAACUACCAGAGUCAACUUUGGUGCAACAGACACAAUGCUGGACCUCAAUAUUAAAGAGGCUGCUAAAGAUGAUGUUGGCCAAUACUCUGUUACUCUUGGCAAUACAGCAGGACAGACAACAGUAAAUAUUGGUAUUGUUGUUCUAGACAAACCUGGCCAGCCCACAGGGCCUGUCAAAGUGGAGGAGGUCACUUCUGAUAGUAUAACAAUCUCCUGGAAUCCACCAGAGUAUGAUGGUGGAUGCACCAUCAAAAACUACAUUGUGGAAAAAAGAGACACAUCCACAACUAACUGGAUGGUUGUAUCUCACAACCUAGCAAGAACAAAAAUUAAGGCAGGCAGGUUAAAGACUGGCUCUGAGUAUCAGUUUAGAAUUGCUGCUGAAAAUAGAUAUGGAAAGGGCCCAACUCUUCCUUCAGAGUGUAUUGUUGCUCAGUACCCAUACAAGCUCCCAGGACCACCAGGAACACCAAACAUUCCAGCCUGCUCUAAGGACAGCAUGGUUGUAGCCUGGAAUGAGCCUGUGAAUGAUGGUGGAAGUAAUAUCUUAGGCUAUCAUCUUGAACGCAAAGAGAGAAAUAGCAUCUUAUGGGUCAAACUGAACAAGUCUCUCAUUACUGACCAAACUUUCAAGACCACAGGUCUCGAACCAGGAAUGGAGUAUGAAUUCCGAGUUUAUGCUGAAAACAUUGUAGGAAUAGGCAAAGCAAGCAAAGUGUCUGAAGGGCAUAUUGCAAGAGAUCCUUGUGAUCCUCCUGGCACACCGGAAGCAACAAAGAUCACAAAAGACUCUAUCACUAUUGUCUGGACCAAGCCUGAAUAUGAUGGUGGUGCAAAGGUAACUGGUUAUAUUGUUGAAAAGAAGGAGCUUCCUGAGGGUCGUUGGUUAAAGGCCAACUUUACUAAUAUCAUUGAGACAGAAUAUGUUGCAACUGGACUUGUGCAGGAUAAACAGUAUGAGUUUCGGGUUAUUGCCAGAAAUGCUGCUGCUGUUUUCAGUUUACCCUCAUACAGCACAGGGCCCAUAACAGCUAGGGAUGAGAUUGAACCACCACGCAUCAGCAUUGACCCUGAAUACACAAAGACACUUGUGGUCAACGCUGGAGACAACUUCAAAAUUGAUGCUGAUGUUCAUGGAAAACCAUUGCCUUCAAUUCAAUGGCUGAGGGGAGAACAGGAACUUGGCAACACUAUUCAUAGAGAAAUUAAGAACACACCCACUAAAGCUUACAUAUCUGUCAAGGAAUCUAAACUUUCAGAUGGAGGCCAAUACACACUUUUGCUGAAAAAUCCUGGAGGAGAAAAGGCUACCCAAAUCAACGUGGUUGUCCUUGAUAAACCUGGGGAACCACAAGGACCUCUUGUUGUUACAGGAAUAACCAAAGACCAUUGUUCCCUUGCCUGGAAACCACCACUUGAAGAUGGUGGCAGCAAAAUAUCUCACUAUAUUGUUGAGAGAAGAGAGACAAGCCGGCUCGUCUGGACUGUUGUUCAUCCAAAAGUACAGAAUAUUUGUCUCAAAGUAAAUAAGCUUCUUGAAGGAGAUGAAUAUAUCUUCAGAGUCCAUGCUGUCAACCAGUUUGGAAUGGGUGCACCGCUUGAGUCUGCUCCUAUUCUAAUUAAAGAUCCAUAUGUCCCACCUGGAACACCAAAGAAUCUGGAAGUUUUGGAUGUUAAAAAGGAUUCAAUGGUCCUUAGCUGGGAGGCUCCUUCAGAGGAUGGGGGCAGUCCUAUUACUGGAUACAUAAUUGAGAAACGUGACAAAGAAGGAGUGAGAUGGACAAGAUGCAACAGGAAAACAGUUACAGAUCUGACCUUCAAAGUAACUGGACUACUGGAAAGUCAUAUGUAUGAAUUCAGAGUUGCUGCUGAAAAUGCUGUGGGUACUGGUGAGCCAAGCACCUCAACUGUUUUCUACAAAGCUCUUGAUCCCAUCUACCGACCAGGCCCACCUCAAAAUCCCAAAGUCACUGACACAACAAAAUCUUCUGUAUUUCUGUCAUGGGGGAAGCCUGUAUGUGAUGGAGGCUGUGAGAUUCAGGCUUAUAUUGUUGAGUGUUGCAUUGCUACAGAGCCAGUGGUGCAACCUGAAGCCCCAGAUUCAUCUGCCUCUGCCACAGAUGUACCUGCUGAGGAAUGGAUAAUAUGCACACCCCCGUCAGGUGUAAGAACAACUAAAUUUGAAGCUGGAAAUCUGAAAGAAAACCAGGCUUACAAAUUUAGAGUAUGUGCUAUAAACAAGGUGGGAGUUGGCGAGCAUGCUGAUGUAUGUGGAGCUGUUGUUGUGCAGGACAGGACAGAGGAGCCAGACAUUGACAUUGACCCUGAACUCAGAAAGAUUGUGACCAUCAAAGCCGGUGCUUCCCUUAGAUUGUUUAUCCCCAUUAAAGGAAGACCCAUUCCUUCCAUUAAGUGGGACAAAGAUGAAGCGACUCUCAAAGAGACUGCUCAGGUUGAAAUAACCAGCAGUUUUACAUCCCUUGUAAUUGAUAAUAUGAGCAGAAGUGACAGCGGAAAAUAUACAGUUACUGCUGUGAACUCCAGUGGAACAAAGUCUGCAUUUGUUGUUGUCCGCGUUCUAGAUACACCCAGUGCCCCUGUUGAUCUUAAAGUGAAAGAAAUUACAAAUCAGUCAGUAACACUGGCAUGGGAGCCACCACUUUUAGAUGGUGGAUCCAAGAUCAAGAACUACAUUAUUGAAAAGAGAGAAAGCACACGUAAAACCUAUGCAGCUGCUGUAACAAAUUGUCAUGCUCUUUCAUGUAAGAUUGAGUCCCUCCAAGAAGGCUGUAGUUACUACUUCCGAGUCCUUGCUGAAAAUACUUAUGGUGUUGGCUUGCCAGCAGCAACAGUAGACCCUCUUAAGGUUUCCGAGGUGCCCCAGUCUCCAAAGAAUUUGAUUGUUACAGAUCAGACAAAAACAAGCAUCUCCCUGGCAUGGGAGAGGCCAGAAUAUGAUGGUGGGAACAGAGUUAAACAAUACCUGCUUGAGGUACAGUUGAAGGGCCAGGAUAAAUGGUCAGGUGUAAACACAUUUAAAACAAUGGAGACUAAAGUGUCCAAUCUGAACCCAGGACAAGAAUAUCUGUUUAGAGUUACUGCAAUCAAUGACAAAGGAAAGAGUGACCCAAAGGUUCUUGCUGGUCCAGUGAUGACCAAGGAUCUGGUCAUUGAGCCAGAUAUUCGUCCUGCAUUCAGCAGCUACAGUGUCCAUGUUGGCAAAAACAUAAACAUUGAUAUUCCUAUCUUUGGACGGCCUAAACCAACAAUCGCAUGGACCAAGGAUGGAGCCCCUUUGAAGUUUACUACCAGAGUCAAUAUUCACAAUACAACUACACAUACAACACUAAGCAUUAAGGAGGCAGCAACUGAUGAUAUUGGUAUGUAUACCAUAAGUGCCACUAACUCAGAAGGAAAGAAGGAAAGUGCAAUUGAAAUAAUUGUACUUGACAAACCUGGCCCUCCAUCUGGUCCUGUGAGAUUUGAUGAAAUUACAACACAGAGUGUCAAAAUUUCAUGGGACCCACCAAAACGCAUAGGUGGGUGCCAAAUCUCAAACUACAUCAUACAAAAAAGAGAUACUACCACAACAACAUGGGAGAAUGUGAGCAGCAACUGUGCUAGAACAACCAUCAAAGUUAUCAGACUAAAGACUGGAGCUGAGUACCAAUUUAGGAUCAUUGCUCAGAACCGCUAUGGAAAGAGUCAAGGUUUAGAUUCAUCAGCUGUAGUGGCUCAAUAUCCUUACAGAGAGCCAGGGCCACCAGGCACUCCCUUUAUCACAUCUCUCUCCAGAGACCACCAAAUUGUUGAGUGGCAUGAGCCUAUAACAGAUGGAGGAAGUGCUGUUCUUGGCUACCAUCUUGAAAGGAAGGAGAGGAAUAGUAUUCUCUGGGUUAAGAUCAAUAAGACACUUAUUCAUGGGACCGUUUUCAAGAGUUAUCCUUUGGAGGAGGGUAUAGAAUAUGAGUACAGGGUUUUUGCUGAAAAUAUUGUUGGCAUUGGCAGAAGCAGUAAGGUUUCAGAGGGUUGCAUUGCCCGUGACCCAUGCGAUCCCCCUAGCACACCAGAGGCCAUUCAUGUGACCAAAGAUAGCAUCGUCAUUCAGUGGACUAAACCAGAAUAUGAUGGAGGCAGUAAUAUCACUGGCUACAUUAUAGAAAAACGUGAUCUGCCAGAAGGCAGGUGGGUGAGGGCAAAUUUUACUAAUGUCAUUGAGACCCAAUUUACUGCUACUGGUCUCACUGAAAAUGCACAGUAUGACUUUAGAGUCUUUGCUAAAAAUGCUGUUGGAACAGUCAGCAAGCCAUCAUACAACAGUGGACCUAUCAUAGCAAGUGACAAGGUGGAGGCCCCUAAAUACUCAAUUGACCCUGCCUUUACCAAGACAGUUACCAUAAAUGCUGGAGAGACAUUCAAGUUGGAUGCAGAUGUCCAUGGUAAGCCACUGCCUUCAGUCCAGUGGUUCAAGGAUGAAAAGCCAGUUGAGAAUACAAUCAGAUUAGAGAUCAGAAACACAGAUAAGCAUGCAAUGAUCACUGUUAAGGACUGUGUUAGAGUUGAUGGUGGAACGUACACACUUCUGCUAACAAACGAGGCUGGCAGGGAAACUGUUCCAUUUAAGGUUGUGGUCCUGGAUAGGCCUAGUCCAUGUGAGGGACCUCUCCAAGUCACGGGAGUUACUGAGGAUAGAUGCACACUGGCAUGGCGGGCCCCGUUACAUGAUGGAGGAAGUCCUGUUACACAUUACAAGAUUGAAAGGAGAGAGACAAGUCGUCUAGCUUGGACUGUUGUUUCUAGUAGCUGUAACACCACAUGCUACAAAGUUACUAAAUUACUGGAAGGCAACGAGUAUAUGUUCCGUGUAAUGGCAGUUAACUGCCACGGUGUCAGUGAGGCGCUGGAGUCUGGUGCAGUUACUAUGAAGAAUCCAUUUGUUCCACCUAGUUCACCUCACAUUGAAGAUGUAUUUAACAUUGCCCAUGAUGGCAUGACUAUCACUUGGUCUGUCCCUGAGUCUGAUGGUGGCAGUGAGAUUAUCAGUUAUAUAAUUGAAAAGAAGGACAGGGCUGGAAUCAAGUGGACCAGAUGUAACAGACAAAAAGUCACUGAUCUAUCAUACAGAGUUACAGGCCUAACCACAAGCCAUGAGUAUGAGUUCAGAGUAUCUGCUGAGAAUAUUGUUGGACUAGGAGAACCAAGCCUUCCUAGUUCAUAUUACAAGGCGUCUGACCCCAAGUACAAACCUGGUGCUCCAGCAUAUGUGAAUGUAAUCGACUCUACAAAAACCUCCAUUACAGUUUCUUGGGGAAAGCCUCUGUCUGAUGGAGGUAGUACUAUCCAAGGAUACAUUGUUGAAAUAUGCAAGGCUGAAGAGGAAGAAUGGACGAUUGUUACCCCCCCUACUGGCCUGCGUGUCAACAAAUAUGAAAUCCCUAAACUUACUGAGGGCCAGGACUACAAAAUCCAAGUGUGUGCGUUGAACAAAAUGGGAGUUGGUGAACCAGUUGUUCUUUCUGGAACAGCGAAGCCAGAGGAAAGGAUGGAUCCACCACAAAUUCAGCUCGACUCCGAGCUGAGAAAAGGAAUCACAGUAAAAGCUGGUGGAUCUGUUAGAAUCUAUAUUCCUUUUAAGGGCAGGCCAACACCUGAGAUUAAAUGGACAAAGGAUGAUGGAGACCUUUCUGAAAAGGCUGUGGUUGAGAAAGCUGUGAACUUCACACAGCUCUCUAUUGACAGUUCCGACAGACAUGACUCGGGAAAAUACACACUAAACUUGACAAAUAGCAGUGGCUCUGUAUCUGACUUUGUUUCAGUAAAAGUCCUGGACACACCUGGGGCCCCACAGAACCUUGUGGUUAAAGAUAUCACAAAGGAUUCUGUUACUCUUGUAUGGGAUGCGCCAAUGAUUGAUGGAGGUUCAAAAAUCAAGAACUAUAUCAUUGAUAAGCGUGAAUCAAUUAGAAAAGCGUAUGCAAAUGUGUCCACAAAAUGCCCCAAGACUACAUUUAAAGUUGAGAAUUUAAUCGAAGGAGCUAUGUACUACUUCAGAGUCAUGGCUGAGAAUGAUAACGGAAUUGGUCAGGCUGUGGAGACAAAAACUGCUUCAAAGGCCUCUGAAGUACCCCUGCCUGUUGGAAAAGUAUUCCUUACAGAUGUCACCAAAACAAGUGUCACACUGGCCUGGGAGAAACCUGAGCAUGAUGGUGGUAGCAGGAUUGGUGGCUACUUGAUUGAGAUGCAGCCCAAGGGCACAGAUAAGUGGGGAGUUGCAGGAAACCCAAAAACCUGUGAAGGAACUGUCACAGGCCUAACAAAAGGAUCAGAAUACUUAUUCCGUAUCAUUGCAUACAAUGAGAAAGGAAAAAGUGAGCCAAAGGCACUUGCGGCACCAGUGAUUGCAAGUGACAUGACCAUAGAACCAAGCAUUAAGAUGCAAUUUAACACUUACAGCGUGUUAGCUGGAAAAGACCUUAAAUUGGAGUUCCCUGUACUCGGCAGGCCCAAACCUAAAGUCAGUUGGGCAAAGGAUGGUCAAGCCUUAAAGGUGACAUCUAGAGUUAAUGUUUUUAACACUCCAUCAACAACUGGAAUUCAGAUUACUGAAGCGUGCAGAGAGGACUUUGGCAAGUAUUCUAUUACUGCAACAAGUACUGUCAGCAGUAUCACAGAAGAUGUGACUGUUAUUAUCCUUGACAAGCCUGGUCCACCUAAAGGUCCAGUUAAAGUUGUGGAAGUGAGCAACAGUUUUGUCCAUCUCUCUUGGGAACCCCCUGCGUAUACUGGUGGUUGUCAAGUUAAGAACUAUAUAGUAGAAAAGAGGGAUGCCUCAACCACAACAUGGCAGCCAGUUGUUACACAGCUCGCUAGAACAGCUUUUAAGGUAACAAAGCUGAAGACAGGUGCAGAAUAUCAGUUUAGAAUCAUGGCUGAAAACAGAUAUGGAAAGAGUGCGCCACUAGACUCCAAGGCCAUUGUAGUGCAGUAUCCUUACAAACCACCUGGCCCUCCUGGAACACCAUUUGUUAAAUCUGCAACUAAGGAAAUGAUGAUAAUUGAAUGGAAUGAGCCAGUCAGUGAUGGUGGAAGUGCAGUUAUUGGUUAUCAUCUGGAAAGUAAAGAGAGAAGCAGCAUCCUGUGGAACAAACUAAACAAGACUCGUAUUUCAGAUACUCAGUUCAAGAUCUGUAAUCUUGAGGAGGGUAUUGGUUAUGAAUUCAGAGUCUAUGCUGAAAAUAUUGUUGGGAUUGGCCGAUGCAGUAAAGUUUCUGAGUCCUUUAUUGCUCGCGACCCAUGUGACCCUCCUGGUGCCCCGGAAGCUGUAUCUAUUACUAAAAACCAAAUUAAAAUUCAGUGGACCAAACCUCAGUAUGAUGGCGGCAGUAAAAUAAACGGAUACAUUGUAGAAAGAAAAGAUCUCAUCUCCCCUGAUGUUCGCUGGGUGAGAUCCAACUUUACUAACAUAAUUGAGACUGAGUAUACAGUCACUGGUGUGACAGAGAAUGAGCAGUAUGAAUUCAGAGUUAUUGCAAGAAAUGCUGCAGGAGUCUUCAGUGAGCCAUCAGACAGCUCUGGACCUAUCACUGUUACUGAUGAAAUCAAGGCACCAAGGGCCUCAAUGGACCCCAAAUACAAGGAUAUUAUUGUUGUUUGUGCUGGGGAGAAUUUGAUUUUCGAUGCGGACAUUUAUGGAACUCCACAACCUGAAGUUGCUUGGCUUAAAGAGGGCAAGGAAAUGGAGAAAUCCCUGCGCAUUGAAGUUAAAACUACACAGAAACGGGCAGCUAUGACAAUAAAGGAUGUUACCAAACUAGAUAGUGGCCACUAUGACCUUGUUCUCAAAAAUCUUGGUGGUACAAAAACCUUUCCCAUCACUGUUAAAGUCCUUGACAAACCAGGUUCACCCUCUGGACCCAUUAAGGUAACUGGAGUCAUGGCUGACAGGUGCAUCCUUGCCUGGUCUGAGCCAGCUUUAGAUGGUGGUGCCAGUGUCAGUCACUAUAUUUUGGAGAAGAGAGAGACCAGCAGGUUAUCUUGGACUGUAUGUGCACCUAAUGUAAAAUGCCUGUACCACAAAGUAACAAAUUUGCUUCCAGGAAAUGAGUACAUUUUCAGAGUCAGGGCAGUGAACAAAUACGGAGCUGGCGAUUAUCUUCAGAGUGAACCCAUUAUUGCACGCAAUCCUUACAAGCCACCAAGUGCUCCUGGAACUCCUGAAGCAAGUCAAAUCACAAGGGAUUCCAUGGUUCUGUCUUGGUCAGCUCCAGAAAACACAGGUGGAGUUGACAUUCAAGGCUACCACCUUGAAAAACGUGACAAAGAUAGUGUGAGGUGGACAAAAUGCAACAGGCAAAGGUUGACAGACAUGCACUUCAAGGUCACAGGUCUUAUGCCAGACCACUUUUAUGAGUUCCGUGUUGCUGCUGAGAAUGAGACUGGAAUAGGAGACCUCAGUGAAUUGUCCCUUUUCUACAGAGCAUGCGAUGCCACAACAUCACCUGGACCUCCACGGCACCCUAAGGUGGCAGACUACACAAAGUCUUCUGUGUCUCUGUCCUGGGGUAAACCUGACUUUGACGGUGGAGCCUACAUCAAGGGAUACAUUGUUGAAAUGAGGGAGUAUACACCACAACCUGAAUUACCCGAGGAAGCAGAAGUAGCACCAGCAAUAGAAGCAGCAAUUGAAAAAGAAUGGACCAUGUGCACUCCACCUACAGGUAUUCAGGUGACUAAACUCACCAUCACAGAUCUGAAGGAAGGUGGCGAGUAUCAGUUCCGUGUUUGUGCCAUUAACUCUGAAGGAGUUGGGGAGGCAGCUAGUGUCCAUGGCACAGUAGUAACUUGUGACAGGGCAGAUUCCCCUGAAAUGGAGUUGGAUGCAGACCUCAAAAAGGUAGUAUCUGUCCGGGCUGGUGGAACUCUGCGUUUGUUUGUCCCCAUUAGAGGGAGACCCAAACCAUCUGUGAAAUGGGAGAAGCUUGAGAGUACUCUAACGGAGCGUGCUGCAAUUGACACUACUACUUCAUACACCAUGCUGGUCAUUGACAAUGUUAACCGCUUUGACAGUGGAAAAUAUUCAUUAACACUGGAGAACAGCAGUGGUACAAAAUCUGCAGUUAUUACAGUAAGAAUUUUGGACACACCAAGUGCACCACAAAACUUUGCUGUUAAGGAGCUCAAGAAGGAUUCAGUUACUCUUGCCUGGGAUACACCACUCAAUGACGGUGGUGCAAAAAUUACAAACUAUAUUGUAGAAAAGAGAGAGUCUGUGAGGAAGGCCUACACUACUGUCACUAUCAACUGCAUUGCUAACUCAUUUAAAAUUGAAGACCUCCCUGAGGGUGGAACAUUCUAUUUCAGAGUCUGUGCUGUCAAUGCAUACGGUCAGGGACAGGCAGUUGAAACCAAAGAAGUCAAAGUAUCUGAAGUGCCUCAACCACCAAACAAGGUCAUUCUUGUGGAUGUAACAAAGACCAGUGCAUCACUGGCUUGGGAGAAACCUGCUCAUGAUGGUGGAAGCAAAGUAAUGUGCUACAAUGUGGAAUUCAAACCUAAGGAUGGUGACAAGUGGGGCACUGCAUGUACAGUCAAAGUACCAGAAGCAACUAUUCCUAAUUUGAAUCCAAAUGAAGCAUAUCUGUUCAGAGUUGUUGCAAUCAAUGAAAAGGGAAAGAGUGAGCCAAAGGAUCUUGGUUUGCCUGUGGUUGCAAAAGAUGUUGCAAUAGAACCAACAGUAAAUUUACUGUUUAACACAUAUAGUGUCAAGGCUGGGGAUGAUCUCACUCUUGAAGUACCUGUAAGAGGCAGGCCAAAGCCUGUCGUAUCAUGGAAGAAGGAUGGACUUCCUUUGAAGCAAACAUCAUCAAUGACAAUCAUAAAUACAGCAACGUCAUCUAAAGUUAUCAUUAAAGGAGCUACCAGAGAGCAUGUCGGCAAGUAUGAAAUCACUCUGGCCAACACUGCAGGAACUGUCACAGCAGAUAUUGGAGUUGUUGUGCUCGACAAACCAGGUCCACCUAAAGGUAUUAAGGUGGAUGCUGUGACUUCAGACAGCAUUACACUUUCCUGGUCUGCACCAGAAUAUGAUGGUGGCUGCUCUAUCAGCAACUAUAUUGUGGAGAAGAGAGAUACAAACACACAGGAGUGGCAAAUUGUAGCAAGUAAUGUGUCUAGAACAUCUUUCAAAGCUGGUCGCCUUACACAUGGAGCAGAGUACCAAUUCCGUAUCUAUGCAGUUAACCGUUACGGCAAAAGUAACUCCCUUGAUUCUCCUGGAAUUAAUGCUCAAUAUAACUUCAAACAACCUGGACCUCCAUCAACUCCUAUUGUGACACUGGCUACUAAGUCAUACAUGCUGGUGACCUGGAAUGAGCCAGUCAGUGAUGGUGGAAGUCCUAUUCUAGGCUAUCAUUUGGAGAGGAAGGAGCGUUCUAGCAUUCUUUGGACAAAGAUGAACAGAGGAGUGAUCAAAGAUACAGAAUACAAAGUCACUGGUAUUGAAGAGGGAAUGCUCUAUGAAUACCGUGUGUAUGCAGAGAAUAUUGCUGGUAUUGGUAAAUGCAGCAAGGCCUGUGAAGCUGUUGCAGCAAGAGAUCCAUGUGAUCCUCCAGGCACACCUGUGGUUACUGCUAUUACGAGAACAUCUGUCUCAUUAUCUUGGGAUAAACCCGACUAUGAUGGUGGAUCCAAGGUUUCUGGUUACAUUAUUGAGCGCAGAGACCUUCCUGAAGGUAGAUGGACAAGGUGUAAUUUCACCAAUGUGCCAGAGACCCACUAUGAUGCUACCAGCCUUACAGAGAACAACCAGUAUGAUUUCCGUGUUAUUGCAAAAAAUGCAGCUGGACAGUUCAGUAUGCCAUCAUACAACACAGGCGCUAUUACUGUCAAGGAUAAUGUAGAUCCACCACGCAUCAUGAUGGAUGUCAAGUUUAAAGAGACUGUGUUUGUGAAAGCAGGAGAAACCCUGAAGAUUAAUGCUGAUCUUGCUGGACGUCCUGCCCCUGUCAUCUCCUGGACAAAGGAUGGCAAAGAGAUUGAGCUGAGAGCCAGGAUUCAGAUUGUGUCGACAGAUACAAGCACUUGUCUUGUGGUAAAGGAUUGCAUCAGAAGAGAUUCUGGACAGUAUGUUCUGACUCUACAGAAUAUUGCUGGAACAAUCACCAUGCCAAUUACCUGUGUGAUAAUCGAUAAACCAGGGCCCCCUGCAGGCCCUCUUCAGAUCACUGGGCUCACAGCUGAGGAGUGCACUUUGUCAUGGGGUCCUUCUCAGGAAACUGGGGGUGCUGAGAUCACACAUUAUGUUGUUGAGAAGCGUGAGACUAGUCGUUUGGCAUGGAUAUUAGUUAAGGGUGAUGUUACAAAAACCUACUUUAAAGUCACAGGUCUGCUUAAGGGUAAUGAAUAUAUCUUCAGAGUUGUAGCUGUUAACAAGCAUGGAGUUGGUGAGGCUCUGGAGAGUGAGGCUAUAAAAAGUACUGAUCCAUACACAAUUCCAACUGCUCCAGCUGGUGUUGAUGUGACUUCCAUAACUGGGGAUUCAAUGACCCUCACCUGGUGUAAGCCAGCCAGUGAUGGAGGCAGUCCCAUCGCUGGAUAUGUAAUUGAGCGCCGUGAGAAGACAAGCAUGCGCUGGCUCCGUGUGAACAGAGAUCUAGUUGAGGACAUUACCAUGGUGGUGACAAAACUUCGCAAGAGUUGUGAGUAUGACUUCAGAGUCUAUGCUGAAAAUGCAGCUGGCCUGAGUCCUGCGAGUGAACUAUCUGCAACAUUCAGAGCACUAGAUCCCCUGGUCGUUCCUUCUCGUCCAACCAAACCAAAGAUUAUAAAUUCAACAAAAGGCACUGUGUCUAUCCUCUGGAGACCGCCAACAAAUGAUGGUGGUACUCCCAUCUUAGGAUAUAGUGUAGAAUAUAGAGAAUUUAUUUGCAAACCAGAGCCGGAAUUUGAGGAUGAAGAGGAAUAUGAGGAGGAAGAGGUACCUGAGUCCCCCGAAGACCUUGCCAGAUGGGUUGAGGCAAUACCUCUUACCAAAAGCUUGGAGUUCACAGUCACUGGUUUAAAGACAGAUGUAGAGUAUGAAUUCUGUGUGAAGGCAAUAAAUAAAGUUGGCAGCAGUGUGCGUAGCCCGUAUUCUGAUCCAGCUGCAGCAGCAGACAGAACAGCAGAACCAUCAUUUGAUGCUGAUAUUGAGAUGCAUAAGGUUCUUACUGUAAAACAUGGUACAUCGUUCACUCUUAGUGUGCCAUUUAAGGGAAAACCAGCACCAGUAGUUGAAUGGACCAAAGAAGGUGUAGAUCUAAAAGUAAGAGGAACCAUCGAAUCAACAGAAUCUAGCACGUCACUGACUAUUGAGAAGUCAACUAGGAAUGACUCUGGAGAGUACUGUGUCACCAUUGAAUCGCCAUUGGGUAAAGCAACUUUGCCAAUGGUAGUGAAAGUGCUCGACUCCCCUGGACCCCCAAUCAAUGUCAAAGUUUCAUCUGUGACCAGGGAUUCUGCAACGCUUCUGUGGGAGGCUCCAGAAAAUGAUGGUGGAAAUGCAGUAAAAGCCUACCAUGUUGAGAAACGUGAGGCAAGUAAGAAGGCCUGGGUGUCUGUGACCAGCAACUGUCAUGCUUUGACCUACAAGGUGGAAGACUUACAGGAGGGAGCCGUCUAUUACUUCAGAGUAAUAGCAGAAAAUGAGAAUGGAGAGGGUGCACCUCAAGAGGCUAAGGGAGGAACAAAGAUUACAGAGGUACCAAGUACACCGAUGAAACUUGGAGUUGCAAAUGUUACGAAGGACAGUGUUACACUUGCCUGGACAAGACCAGAAUAUGAUGGUGGAAGCAGAAUCACUGGUUACCUCAUUGAUGCAGUGGAGAAGGGUCAGACCAAGUGGGUGAAAUGUGCAACUGUGAGGACCCUGACUCAUACCAUUAAGAGCCUGAGAGAAGGAGCUGAGUACUUCUUCAGAGUUUGUGCAGAAAACCAUGCUGGACUCAGUGAACCUAAGGAGAUGAUUGUUCCAGUUAUUGUCAAGGAAAUACAUGAGGCUCCAGAGUUUGACUUGAAGAACUACCCCAAGAGUACAGUUUAUGUAAAAGCAGGGGCUGACCUGACUUUCGAGAUUCCUCUCACUGGCAAGCCUAUGCCAAAGGUGACUGUAUCCAAAAAUAAUGUUGUCAUCAAAGGAUCCAAGAGACUUCUGGCAGAAGUAACUCCUGACAGCUUAAUCAUAACUCUAAAUGAAAGCGUUUCAAGUGACGCUGGAAAAUAUGAUGUCACUGCCUCAAAUGCAGGAGGUACCACAAAGAUCUUCAUUAUCUUUGUUGUGAUGGACAAACCUGGACCACCUGUUGGUCCAGUUCAGAUCGGAGAGGUUGGAGAAACCUCAGUUUGUCUAAAGUGGAAUCCUCCCGAAUAUGAUGGUGGCAGUCCUGUUACCAACUAUAUUGUUCUGAAACGUGAAACAAGUACUCCUGCUUGGGUAGAGGUGUCAACUAACAUUGCCAGGAGUGCCAUCAAAGUGACUAAGCUAACCAAGGGAGAGGGGUAUCAGUUCAGAAUUAAGGCUGAGAAUCGCCAUGGUGUAAGCUACCACAUUGACAGUAAACCAGUCAUGAUCAAACUGCCAUACAUAAUCCCGGGACCUCCAUCCACCCCAUGGGUUAGCUUUGUUUCCCGAGAGAGUUUGACAGUGUGCUGGAAUGAGCCAGUCACUGAUGGAGGAAGCCCUGUAAUUGGAUAUCACCUCCAGAUGAAAGAGAGAAGCAGUAUCCUCUGGCAGAAGGUUAAUAAAACCGCAAUAACAGGAAACCAGUGGCGAGUUACAAAUGUCUGUCCUGGUCUAAUCUAUGAAUUCAAGGUAGCAGCUGAAAAUGCUGCUGGUAUUGGAAAGAUGAGCAAGACAUCUGAAGAGGUGCUCGCUAUUGAUGCAUGUGAGCCCCCAGCAAAUGUUCGUGUCACAGAAGUCACAAAGAACGCCGUCAUCCUGGCUUGGCAGAGACCACCAUACGAUGGAGGCAGCAAGAUUACUGGCUACAGUGUGGAGAGGAGGGAAGCUACUAAUGGCAGAUGGGUGAAGGCCAACUUUACAAACAUCAUUGAACUGGGUUUCACUGUAUAUGGACUCACCCAAGAUGAAUCUUAUGAGUUCAGAGUGUUUGCCAGGAAUGCUGUUGGAUCUGUUAGCAAUCCGUCUCUUAUUGCUGGUCCCGUCACCUGUGUUGAUGCAUGUGGUGCCCCAGCUAUUGAUCUUCCUCCUGAGUAUCUGGAUGUGGUUCAGUAUAAAGUUGGUUCUUCAGUAAAACUAAGAGUAGGAAUUAAUGCCAAGCCUCUGCCAACUAUUGAGUGGUUGAAGGACGGAAAGGAGCUGGUAACAAGUUCCACUGUGUCUGUUGAAAGCACAACAGACUCCUCUACUGUUCUAAUCAAGGAUGCAACUCGCUUUGACACAGGCUCAUAUGAGAUUAAGAUCAAAAAUGUUCUGGGAUCAGCUUCUGCUACAAUCAGGAUUGAAAUACUUGACAAACCUGGACCCCCAGCUGGCCUCAUUAAUUUCAACUCCAUAACAGCAGACCAGAUAGUCUUCAGCUGGGGUCCAGUUCCAGAGUCUGACCAUGGAGGUUCCAAAGUUACCCACUAUGUUGUUGAGAAACGUGAAACCAGCCGAGUGGUCUGGUCAACUGUUUCAGAUAGACAUGAGAAAACGCACAUCACAGUCGGAAAGCUGUUGCGUGGAAAUGAGUAUGUUUUCCGAGUCAUGGGAGUAAACAAGUUCGGAGUUGGAGAGCCACUCGAGUCUGAGCCAGUCAUCGCUAAGAAUGCCUUUGUAACCCCUGGCCAACCUCAUACCCCAGAAGUGAACACUACCACUAAGUCCACCAUGUUAGUAGAAUGGGACAAACCGGGGAUGGAUGGUGGUAGCCCUGUGACUGGCUACUACCUAGAGAGACGUGAUAAAAAGAGCUUGCGCUGGAUCAGAGUGUAUAAAGAUCCCAUCACUGACACCAAACAGAUGGUGUACCACCUGACAGAAGGAAAUGAGUACCAGUAUCGCGUCUGUGCAAUUAACAAAGCUGGUGAGGGACCAUUCUCUGAUGUAUCAGACUACUACAAGGCUGCUGAACCAGUUGAUCCCCCAGAUGAGCCAUGCAAACUAAAGGUUGUGGACUCCACAAAGACAUCCAUCACCCUGGGUUGGUCUAAACCAGAAUGGGAUGGAGGUAGUGAGGUUACCAGCUAUAUGGUGGAGAAGCUUGUUGAAGGAGAGAAAGACUGGGCCAUGAUUACUUCUAAGAGCGAGGUUAAGACAACAGAGUACAUAGUUCAUGAUCUAAAACCAGAUGUAAACUACUUCUUCAGAGUCUCUGCUGUGAACUGUGCUGGCCGUGGAGAUCCUUUAGAGAUGACUGAGCCUGUGCAGGCUAAAGAUAUCCUGGAGGAAGCCCAGAUUGACUCAGAUGUUGCCAUGAGAACUCAUUACAUCGUGAAGGCUGGUAAAGAUGUGGAGCUGUCUGUUCCAUUGAAGGGCAGACCUGCUCCCAUUUCUUCCUGGAGCAAAGGAGAAGAAUGCAUAGAUCACAAUCCUAUUUAUGAGUUCCACCACUCAGACACAACAACAGUGCUCAUCAUGCGUGAAGUGACCAGACUUGAUACUGGAAAGUACACAGUCAAGAUAGAGAACGGUGUAGGAGAACCGAAAACACUGACUCUGUCUGUGAAAGUACAGGAUAGCCCAGCUCAGUGCAGGAAUCUGGUUAUGAAAGAUGUUACCCGUGGAAAGGUCACUCUCUGCUGGGACCCUCCACUCCUUGAUGGUGGUGCUGAGAUCACAAACUACAUUGUUGAGAAGAGGGACUCCUCUAAGAGAUCAUACUCUGCAGUGACAAACAAAUGCACAAAUACUACAUACACUAUUGAAGAUCUCUCAGAAAAGACCUCCUUUUUCUUCCGUGUCUUGGCAGAAAACGAGAAUGGCAUUGGUGACCCAUGUGAAACACAGGAGCCUGUUAAGGCUACAGAAACUCCAGGACCAGUCAAGGAAAUUUCUAUGAAAGAUUCAUCUAAGACCUCUGUGACAUUACAGUGGCUGAAGCCUGAUUAUGAUGGAGGCAGCAUCAUCUCUGACUAUGUUAUUGAGAAGAAGCUGAAGAAUGAGGAGUGGUCAUUAGGAGGAGUCAGUAGAAUAUGUGAAUUUGAGGUCAAGAAACUCAAGGAGCACUCUGAAGUGUUCUUCAGAGUUGCAGCCAGAAAUGAGAAGGGACAGGGUGACUUUUCUGAACAUGGACCUAUCAAGGUCAUUGACUACAUUAUCACUCCUGAGGCAGACCUUAGAGAAUACCCUGGCGGUAGCCUUAGUGUUCGUUUGGGUCAUAAUGUGCAUAUUGAGUUGCCAUACAGAGGCAAGCCAAGACCUGCUGUGCAGUGGUUAAAGGACAGCCUGCCUCUGAAAGAAAGUGACCAAGUGCGCUUCAAGACAACAGGGAAUAAAGCCACUCUAACAAUUAAGAAUGUGAGAAAGGAGAAUGAGGGUAAAUACACUCUGAGCCUUGACAACAAGGUCAACAGGAAAUCUUUCCACGUUUUUGUCAUUACUCUCGGACCACCAUCAAAGCCAGUUGGACCCAUCCGCCUGGAUGAGGUCAGAGCUGACAACAUUAUGAUCUCCUGGGAUGAACCUAAUGAUGAUGGUGGUGGAGUCAUUACCUGCUACUCUGUGGAGAAGCGUGAUGCCUCCCAGUCUAACUGGAAGAUGGCCUGCUCCUGUGUAGAGGGUACUCAGUUUAGGGUCCCCAAUUUGAUCAAGGGAGUCCAAUAUCAGUUCAGGGUAUGUGCUGAAAACCGAUAUGGUGUCAGUGAGCCGUUGAUCUCACAAAUGGUUAUUGCAAAACACCAAUUCAGACCCCCAGGCCCACCUGGAAAACCUGUUGUUUACAAUGUUACUAAUGAUGGCAUGACCAUCCAAUGGGAAAAACCUAUCUAUGAUGGUGGAAUCCCCAUCCAGGGAUACCAUGUGCAGAAAAAAGAAAAGAAUAGCAUUAUGUGGCAAAAAGUGAACACAGUCCUGAUCAAAGAAAUGGAUUUCAGGAUUUUGGAACUCAUUGAAGGUCUUGAGUACUCUUUUAGAGUCUACGCUCAGAAUGAUGCUGGAUUCAGCCGAAUGAGUGAUGAAAGCAAGUCAACAAUGGCUGUGAGCCCUGUUGACCCCCCUGGCCAACCGGAUUACAUUGACAUAACCAGUGAUUCAGUAACGCUCAAAUGGGAUGCACCUAAGCGUGAUGGUGGUAGCAAGAUUACGAGCUACAGCGUUGAGAAGCGUCAAGGACAUGGUCGCUGGUUCAAGGCCAAUCUGACUGAAGUACAUGACUGUCAGUACACUGUCACGGGCUUGACGACAAAUGAACGCUACGAAUUCAGAGUCAUUGCUAGAAAUGCUAUAGGUGUUGUCAGUCCACCCUCCAACUCCUCUGGCUUCAUUGCAGUACGAAGUGAAAAUGCUGCUCCAAAUAUUGAGUUUGGCGCAGAGUACUUUGAAGGUUUGACAGUGAAGGCUGGAGAUAACAUUCGUGUGAAAGUUACCAUCACUGGACGCCCAGUUCCUAAAGUUGUCUGGUACAGAGAUGAUGUGGAGAUUACCAAGAAGAUGAUGGACAUUAUUACUGUUCCUGGAUCCAGCACCCUGUUUGUCAGAGAUUGCGACCGCACAUAUCGUGGCCUCUACACUGUAGAAGCUACUAAUGGAUCUGGAACCAAAAAGGAGAGCAUACUAAUCCAAGUUCAGGACACACCAGGGGAGCCAGUAGGACCAAUCACCUUCACAAAUAUUUCAGUGGGCAAGUGCACUCUGUGUUGGAACCCACCAGAGAAUGAUGGCUGUUCUGAGAUUUCACAUUACGUUAUUGAGAAACGGGAGACCGCCAAGAUCUCUUGGGCCUUAGUGUCUGAUGAAUGUAAGGAGUGUAUGUUUAAUGCAACCAAGCUCAUCAAGUCCAAUGAGUACCAGUUCAGGGUCUCUGCAGUUAACAAGUUUGGUGUUGGCAGACCUUUGGAAUCCACUCCCAUCAUUGCACAACUGCAAUAUACAACUCCUGAUGCCCCAGGAACUCCUGAUGCCACUGAGGUGACAGGAGAGAGCAUUACAUUGUCUUGGAGUCCUCCAACAUUUGAUGGAGGCAACCCUAUUCAGCACUACAUCCUAGAGAAACGGGAAAAGAAAACUGUUCGGUUCUACAGGGUGAUAACUAAGAAGCCUGUCAUCGAAUGUGCUCACAAGGUGCUUAACCUAACAGAAGAUAUGGAAUAUGAGUUCCGAGUGAUGGCUGUCAACGACGCUGGUGUUGGGCUUCCUAGCAACAUUUCUUUGCCAAUCAAGGCUGCUGAGCCUAAAGAUAUCCCAUGUGCUCCAUCUGUGGUUUGUGUGUCAGACUCCACCAACACUUCUAUUAGCUUAGAAUGGACCAAACCAGUUGAUGAUGGGGGUAUGGAGAUCCUUGGCUACAUUGUUGAAAUGGUGAAGGGAGAAGGAACUGAAUGGAAGAGAGUAAAUGAGGAACUUGUGUCCGAACCUAAUUAUGUGGUGACAGGUUUACAGACAGGAGCUGAGUACAAGUUCCGUGUUGCAGCCGUCAAUCAUGUGGGUAGAGGUGAGAACAAGGAGAUUCCAGAACCCGCUCAGGCUGUUGAGAGGCUGACAGCACCACAGGUGGACAUUGAUUCUACCUUCAAGCAGACACACAUUGUCAAGGCUGGAAAUUCUGUGUUGUUGGGCAUCCACUUUAGAGGAAGGCCCAUUCCCUCUGCUACCUGGGUGAAGGAGGAAGGAGAGCUGAGAGGGAUGUCAGAUAUCACAACUACUGAUGGCUACAGCUCAUUAAGUAUUGAAAACUGCACUAGAUAUGACACAGGCAAAUACACCGUUAACCUGGAGAAUUCCAGUGGUAGUAAGGCUGUUACCUUUGUUGUAAAAGUAAUGGAUACACCCGGGCCUCCACAGGCUGUAGCUUUCAAGGAGGUCUCUAGAGGGUCCGUCACACUUGUCUGGAAACCACCUGUCAAUGACGGUGGAGCUCGUAUUCAUCACUAUAUUGUUGAGAGGCGUGAGGCUAGUCGACGCACAUGGCAGCAAUCUGGUAGCAAAUGCACACAGUGUAUCAUAACGGUCGAAGAUCUGCUGGAGGGAGUGCCUUAUUUCUUCAGGGUCUCAGCUGAAAACCAUCAUGGUGUGGGUGAGGCCUUUGAGCUAACUGAACCAGUCAUUGCCACAGCAGAGCCAUCAUCUCCAAAGAGACUGGAUGUUCUUGAUACCACAGAUAACUCUGUGUCACUAGGCUGGUUGAAGCCAGAGCAUGAUGGUGGCAGUCGCAUUCAGUGUUAUGUCAUUGAGGCUAGACCAAAGGGUGGAGACAAAUGGGUAGUCGUUGGCAGCACAAAGAACCUUACCUUUGUUAUAGAAAAGCUCAAUAAGGGUGAUGAGUAUGACUUCCGUGUGAAGGCAAAAAAUGAAGCUGGCCACAGCAAACCAAAGGAAACUUUGGUUCCUGUCUUGGUCAAAGAGCCUCACAUUGAGCCUACUGCAGACCUCAGUGAGAUACCCAACCAGCUUAUCACAUGCAGGUCUGGUAGCACCUUCACCAUUGAUGUUCCAAUUAGUGGUAGACCUACUCCUAAGGUCUCAUGGAGGUUGGAGGAAAUGAGACUUAAGAACUCAGACAGAGUCACCAUCAAAGUAACUAAGGACAGAGCCAGUAUCUCAGUCAAAGAGGCCAUGAGAGGAGAUGGAGGCAAAUACUAUCUUACUCUGGAAAACGUCACAGGAAAAAAGACAUUUACAGUUGAAGUUAACGUUACAGGCAGACCAAGUCCUCCAUGUGGACCAAUUGAAAUUUCUUCCAUCACCUCUGAGUCUUGUGUUGUUAAUUGGCAACCACCUGAAGAUGAUGGUGGCACUGACAUCACCAACUACAUUGUCGAGAAGCGUGAAUCUGGCUCCACAGCUUGGCAGCUGAUCAACUCUAGCGUGAAGCGCACAUCUCUUCAUGUUGGUCACCUGACCAAAUACAUGCAAUACACAUUCAGAGUCUCAGCUGAGAACAGAUUUGGGGUCAGCAAGCACACCGAGUCCGAGACAAUUGUUGCAGAGCAUCCUUUCUCGCCUCCAGGCCCCCCAACAAGACCUUCAGUCUUUAAUGUCACAGCAAACACAAUGACCCUGAAAUGGGAGGAACCUUACCAUGAUGGUGGAAGCAAGGUGACAGGAUAUUGGAUCGAGAAGAAGGAAAGGAACAAUAUAUUGUGGCUUAGGGAGAAUAAGAUCCCAUGCUUUGAAUGCUAUUCCAAGGUCGAAGGUCUGGUUGAAGGCCUGGAAUACCAGUUCAGGGUUUAUGCCUUGAACAGCGCUGGACUUAGCAAAGCUAGUGAAGCCUCUAAGGGAGCUGUUGCUCAGAACCCAGUUGAUCCACCAAGUAAACCUGAGGUCACUAAUGUUACAAGAACCACAGUGUCCUUGAAAUGGUCAGCUCCGUUGAAUGAUGGCGGCAGUCCGAUUGUUGGCUACAUCAUUGAACGAAAGCCAUACACUUUGACCGGAGAGGGCCGCUGGCUCAAGUGUAAUUACACCAACGUGACGGAUCAUUUCUACACUGUCACUGCCCUGGGAGAGGGCGAGGCCUAUGAAUUUAGGGUGAUCGCAAAGAAUGCCAACCAAGUCUUCAGCACACCAUCUGAAUCCACAGGUUCUGUGCAGUGCAAGACUGAUUUUGAACCUCCAAAGACCCUUUUGGACAGCAAGCUCCUUUCUGAAACUGUAAUGGUCAGAGCUGGCUCAGACCUGGUUCUGGAUGCUGCAGUGGGAGGCAGACCUGAUCCAAAGGCUUUCUGGUCCAAGGGCAACAGGGAACUGGAGAUGUGUGAAAAAUAUCACCUGCAGUACACCCCCACCAGAGCAAUGGCCAUUAUCAAAUUUUGUGACAGAGAUGAUACUGGAAAAUACAUCCUGACAGCUAGAAACGUGAGUGGAACCAAGACUGCCGAGGUCAAUGUCAAAGUGCUUGACACACCUGGAGUGUGUGAAGGCAGCAUUGAGAUCAGCAAGAUAACAGAAGAGUCAUGCACACUAAGCUGGAAGCCUCCUCUUGAGGAUGGCGGGGAUAACAUUACAUACUACAUUGUAGAGAGGCGUGACACCAACAGGCUGACCUGGGUAAUCAUGCAUGCUGAGUGCAAGGAGCUGACAUGCAACAUCACUGGUCUCUUCAAGAACACAGAGUACUUGUUCAGAGUCCGUGGAGUCAACAAGUAUGGUGCUGGUGUUUACCUCCAGUCAGAGCCGAUGGUGGCCCGAAACACAUUCACUGUUCCCACUCCUCCUGGAGUGCCAGAGAUACUUGCAUCAGGAAAGGACUUCGUCACUAUUCAGUGGCUGAAGCCAGAAAGUGAUGGCGGCAGCCCAAUAACUCAUUACCUAGUGGAAAGACAUGAGAGAAAGAGUGCCCGCUGGGUAAAGGUGAACAGGGAUGGUGCUCACCUGGACACCACUCUAAAGGUGGCCGGUUUGACUGAAGGCAACAUCUACCAGUUCAGAGUAACAGCCAUUAACAAGGCCGGAGAGAGUGAGUCCAGUGAGGUUUCUUUGUAUGUCGUCUGCAGAGUGCCGUCAAGCACUCCUGCUCCUCCUUCUAUUCCUCGAAUCACUGACACCCACGCUGACAGCAUCAGCCUCGCUUGGUCUCGACCUGUGGAGGACGGAGGCGCUGAUGUGAUUGGCUACAUUCUGGAGAUGCAGGAAGCUGGAGCAGAGGAAUGGAAAAAGGCCCAUGAAAAGACCCUGCGUGCUACAGAGCAUGUGGUGACUGGACUUUCUUCAGGCAAGAAGUACUGUUUCAGAGUGGCUGGCAUCAAUGUUAAUGGAACAGGAGACUUUAGUGAACCGUGCGCUGAGACUGAGCCAGUGGAAAGAAUUGAACCUCCUGAUUUUGAGCUCCACGAUGACCUCAAAAAGACAAUCUGCCUGCGCGCUGGUGGGUCCCUCCGUCUUGUUGUCAGCGUCACAGGUCGUCCUUCCCCUGCCAUAACAUGGAGUAAACCUGGUGUCGACCUACAUAAUAGAGGCUUCAUUGAGGUCACCAGCAAAUCCACCACUCUCAUCAUUGAUGGGGUACAUCGCUACGAUGCUGGCAAGUACACCCUGUUGGCUGAGAACUCUGCUGGGAAACAAGAAGUCAGUAUUCUUGUCAAGGUUUAUGAUACACCUGGACCAACUGGGCCAAUUAAGAUAAAAGAGCUCACUAAAGACUCUGCCACCAUCUCCUGGGAAACCCCAGCAGUGGAUGGUGGUGCUCCUGUUAACAACUACAUCAUUGAGAGACGUGAGGCCUCCAUGAGAGCUUACAAGACAGUAACCUCCAAGUGCAGUAAAACUUCCUAUAAGAUUGAUAAUCUUAUGGAGGGCAUGCUAUAUUACUUCCGGGUCCUCCCUGAAAACAUUUAUGGAAUUGGUGAACCCUGUGAGACUCCAGAUGUCAUCCUUGUUUGUGAAGUUCCUCUUCCACCACAUAAGUUUGAUGUGACAGACGUCACCAAGAGCACAGUCACACUUUCCUGGGAGAAGCCAGAGCAUGAUGGUGGCAGUAGAUUGACUGGUUACAUCAUUGAAGCUUGCAAGUUUGGCACUGACAAGUGGAUGAAGGUGGCAACACUGAAACUCACAGUCUUUGAGUACACCAUAGAGAAGUUGAAUGAGAAAGAGCAAUACUUGUUCAGAAUUAAAGCAGUCAACAGCAGAGGAGCCAGUGAGCCCAAAGAACUUGUGGCUGCCGUCACUGUCCAGGAACAGAGAGUAAUGCCUGUGGUGGAUUUGUCCAGCAUUCCUCAGAAGGUUGUUAAUGUUUUGGCUGGUAAGACAUUAGAAUUGGACCUGCCAAUCAUUGGCAGGCCUCCUCCUGUCUCCUCCUGGUAUUUUGCGGACAACAAGAUAAAGAUAACAGAUCGUGUAAAGGUCAAGAGCACUGGCAAGUUCUCCAAGCUGACUGUAUCUGAUACAACCAUUGACGACAGCGGUGACUACACACUUGAAGUCAGGAAUGCUGUUGGAGUCAUCACUGAGGUCAUCAAGGUCAUCAUUCUCUCCAAACCUGAUGAACCAAAAGGACCUAUACGAUUUGAUGAGAUUGAUGCCACCACCGUCGCCUGCAGCUGGGAUCCUCCAGUCAGAGAUGGUGGGGCUCCCAUCAGUGGCUAUUUAGUAGAACAGCGUGAUGCUCACAGACCUGGCUGGGUGACUGUCUCUGACUCUGUGAGCAGACCGUUGUUCCGGUUUGAGAACCUUAUUGAGGGAAAUGAGUAUGUCUUCCGUGUGGCUGCAGUGAAUCACUAUGGCACCGGAGAGUUCCUGCAGUCUGAGAUUGUCACUUGUAGGAGCUUGAAAAAUGUGCCUGGACCUCCUGGUCGUCCAAUCACUUUUGAUGUGUCUCGUGAUGGAAUAACUGUGGCUUGGGAGCCACCAGAUGAAGAUGGUGGUCUUGACGUUUCUGGAUACUUCAUUGAGCGCAAAGAAGUAAGGGCUGACCGAUGGGUGCGUGCAAACAAAAAUCCUGUCACUAUGACCAGGUACAGGUCAACUGGGCUGACUGAAGGCCUGGAGUAUGAACAUAGAAUCACAGCCAUUAAUGCAAGAGGCCUGAGCAAACCAAGUCUGCCAUCCAAACCAGCAGUAGCAACAGAUCCCAUUGAUCCUCCCGGCUGUCCUCAAAACCCGAGGAUCACGGAAACUACCAAGUCUUCUGUGUCGCUUGCUUGGAGUCCACCUGAUGAAGAGGGAGAUGCUAGGCUGGAUGGUUAUUUGAUUGAGAUGCAGAAGGUAGGCUCUGUGGCCUGGAUCAAGUGCAACACCACUCCAUCCUCAAUCUGCGAGUACACACUGACCAAGAUGCCCCAAGGAGAGGAGUUCAAAUUCCGUGUAAUGGCUUGUAAUGCUGGUGGUUCUGGGGAACCUGCAGAAGUACCAGGAACAGUCAAAGUCACAGAAAUGCUUGAACCUCCUAAUUAUGAACUGGAGUUGAAAUACAAAGAUGUAUACGUUGUUCGUCAUGGAGGAGUGGUUAGACUGUCUGUGCCCAUUAAAGGCAAACCCCUACCAACCUGCAAAUGGUCAAAGGAUACUGGACCUAUCUCCAUGAAGGCUAUGAUUGCCUCCACUGAGGAUUCCAGUGAUUUGGUGAUAAAGGGAGCAGAGAGGGGUGACUCUGGACUGUAUGAGCUUCUGCUGGAGAAUAGGGUGGGCAAGAAGAAAGCCCAAAUUAAGGUCAAGGUCAUUGGUCGCCCAAGUGCUCCAGAGGGGCCAAUGGUCUUUGAGGAAAUCCAAGCCAACUCUGUCAAGGUCUCUUGGAAGUCACCCAAGGAUGAUGGUGGUUCAGAGAUCCUUGGCUACAUUGUAGAAAGGCGUGAAGCAGCCAGAAAUGCCUGGUACACCGUGGACUCUAGAGUAACUGAGACCCAGCUUGUUGUUAAGGGCUUAAAAGAGGGAACAGAGUACCACUUCAAAGUCACUGCUGAAAACUCCUUUGGCAUCAGUGCAUCUCUAAAAUCUGAGCAGCCGCUGGUACCCAAAACUCCUCUCUGUCCACCUGAGCCUUCAAGUGCCCCACCCGAGAUCAUGGAUGUCACAAAAAGCUCAGUGGCACUGGCCUGGUCUAGACCAAAGGACGAUGGAGGUUCUGCCAUCACUGGCUAUUUUGUUGAGUACAAAGAGGUGUCCGUUGAGACAUGGAUCCGCCACGAGACCAAGAUCACCUCAACCAUGUUCACUCUACAUGGACUUACCCCUGAUACAGACUACCAGUUCCGCAUUGUUGCCGUCAACAAUAUAGGUGAAAGUGAGGGUGGUUCAGCAUCUGGUCCUGUCACAUGCAAAGAUCCAUUUGACAAGCCCAGCCAACCAGGAGAGAUUGACACGGUGAACGUUCGUAACAACUUUAUCACCAUUUCCUGGCAACCUCCAGAGUGUGAUGGUGGAAAGGAAGUCCUGGGCUACUGGGUGGAGUACAGAAAGUCUGUUGAGAGCACCUGGAAGAAGUGCAAUAAACAGAGGGUUAAGGAGAAGGAAUUCACCAUGACAGGACUGGCUGAGGCCACAGAAUAUGAGUUCAGAGUCUUUGCUGAGAAUGAGACAGGAAUGAGUAGACCUCGUAGGACCGCCACAUGCAUCAAGACUAAACUGACUGCUGAAAGUAAACCAAGCCUAAGGAAGGAAAUGGAUGAAGUCACUGCCAAGCUUGGCCAGCCUGCUGUCAUGAAGUGCCAGAUUGUUGGCCGACCUGUUCCUGAAAUUAAGUGGUAUCAUGCUGGCAAGGAAAUUGUUGAGUCCCGCAAGUACGAGAUGAGCUCUGAUGGCCGCAACCACUCCCUGUCUAUCAUGACAGACCAACAAGAAGACGAAGGAGAAUACACCUGCAAGGCUGUGAAUGAAGCUGGCGAUGUUGAGACCACCGGCAUUCUAGUGUUGGAGGCUGCUCCAUCCUUCCACCCUGAUUACCCACUCAAGGAAACUUAUUAUGCAGGACUGGGAACUACUCUACGCGUCCAUGCUGUUUAUAUUGGUCGUCCUGAGCCGAAAAUCAUGUGGCUGCAUGGGACUAAGACCCUGGAAAACACAGAGGAAAUUAGCAUUGAAACCACUGAGCACUACACACACCUGGUUGUAAAAAAUGUCCAGCGCAGAGUUCAUGGAGGAAAAUAUAGGAUCAGACUGCAUAACCACUUUGGCAGGGCUGACACUGCCUUCAAUGUUGAAAUUUAUGACAAACCUGAUAUACCUCAGGGACCCAUUGUCCUGGAUUCCCUCCUUAAGAACUCUGUCAUCAUAAGCUGGAAACCUCCCAAGGAUGAUGGAGGCUGUAUGAUCACCAACUACAUUGUGGAAAAGAGAGAAGACAAGGAGGGCAUGGAGUGGGAACUUGUGUCGUCCUCCAUUAACAGCACAUCUUGUCGUGUGCCAAACCUAAUUGACAGUGCUGGAUACUUUUUCCGUGUUUAUGCCCAAAAUCGAUAUGGCAACAGUGAGCCUCUGGAGCUCUCCUCCCCCAUCCUUAUCAAGAGCCAACUGGAGAGACCAUCACCACCUUUAUCACCAGUUGUUUCUGGUAUCACUAAGGAGUCCUGCGUGGUUUCCUGGAAACCCCCAAUGAGUGAUGGUGGAUCUAAGAUAAAGAGCUAUUGUCUUGAAAAGAAACACAAGAAGGAUAAGAAGGAAUGGACCGAAUGGACUCCAGUUACCACAGAUGAGAUCAAGCAAACAGUGUUCUCUGUCAAGCGCCUGGCUGAGGGCAUUGAAUAUAUCUUCCGUGUCAAGUGUGAGAACCUUGGAGGAGAAAGUGACUACAGUGAGGAGACUGCUGCCAUUAUUCCCACAAUUGCCAUAGACAUACGCGCUCCAGCCUUCAAGGAGGAGUUGAGGAACAUGAGUAUCAAGUACAAGAGCAAUGCUACCCUUGUCUGCAAGAUCACGGGACAGCCUAAGCCUGUGAUUAAAUGGUUCAGACGAGGAAAGGAGAUCCAUUCAGAUGGCAAGAAGAUUAAGAUCCAGGAGUUUAAGGGAGGAUACCACCAGCUGGUCAUCACCGAGGCUGAUGAAGAAGACUCCACUGUUUAUCAGAUCAGAGCCACAAACCAAGGAGGCUCAAUAUGUGCUACAGUCUCUUUAGAUGUUGAAAUCCCAGCCAAGAUUAAUUUGCCGAAGAACCUAAAAGACAAGGAAGCCAUCCCUGCUCUACGUGGGGAGGUGGUCAAUAUCAAGAUUCCCUUCAGUGGUAAACCAGAUCCUGUCAUCACAUGGCAGAAGGGACAAGAUCUUAUUGACAGCAAUGGCCACUACCAGGUGAUUGUCACCAGAUCCUUUACUUCCUUGGUGUUUGCCAAUGGAGUAGAAAAGAAGGAUGCUGGUUUCUACAUUGUCUGUGCCAAGAACAGAUUUGGCAUUGAUCAACAAACAGUGGAACUGGAUGUUGCUGAUGUGCCUGAUCCACCUCGUGGCGUCAAAGCUAGUGACGUGUCCAGAGACUCUGUCACACUGAACUGGGUGGCUCCAGCCAAUGAUGGUGGCAGCAAGGUUAUAAGUUACAUCAUCGAAAAAUGUCCAACAACUGCUGAAAGGUGGGAACGUGUUGCACAGUCCCGUGACACUCAUUACACUGUAAUUAAUUUGUUUGGAGGUACAAGCUAUCAUUUCAGAGUUAUUGCUGAGAACAAAUUUGGACAGAGUGCCCCAUCUGAGAGCAGUGGACCCGUCAUGACCAAAGAAGACAAAUCCAGAGUUCUGCUUUAUGAUAGGGAAGUUGAUGAUGCUGAACGAGUCCCCAAGGGCAAAGCUCAACACUCUGACACCAAGAACCUGCACAACAAAUUUUCCAUUGCAGAGGAACUGGGCAGAGGCCAAUUUGGCAUCGUUCACCGCUGUGUUAAUAUCAGCUCUGAGAAGACUUACAUGGCUAAAUUUGUCAAAGUGAGAGGUGCUGAUCAGGCAAUAAUUAAAAAGGAAAUUGCAACGCUCAAUUUGGCCAAACACACCAACUUCUUGCUCCUUCAUGAGUCCUUUGAAAGCCCUGAGGAGUUGGUGCUGAUCUAUGACUUCAUCUCUGGCCAUGACAUCUUUGAGCGCCUUAAUACAGCAGAGUUUGAGCUCAAUGAACGGGAGAUUGUUAACUAUAUCAGACAGAUCUGUUCAGCUCUGGAAUACCUGCAUUCUCAGAGAUAUGGACACUUUGAUAUCAGACCAGAGAACAUUGUGUACACAACUAGAACCAGCUCAACUGUGAAGAUUAUUGAGUUGGGGCAAUCCAGACACCUGACUCCUGGAGAACAAAUCAAGAUUCAGUACGUUACUGCAGAGUAUGCUGCCCCUGAGAUCCACCACUGUGACAUGGUUAGCACAGUUACUGACAUGUGGUCAGUCGGUGUCCUUGCCUACGUGCUUCUCAGUGGACUUAACCCAUUCACAGCCGAAACCAACCAACAAAUGAUUGAUAACAUUUCAAAUGCAGCCUAUGGCUAUGAUGAUGAGUGCUUCAAGCAGGUCAGUGUAGAAGCCUUAGACUUCACAGAUCGUCUAAUGACAAAGGAACGUAAGCACCGUAUGACUGCAGCUGAGGCUCUGGUACAUCCUUGGCUAACAAAACCUGCAGAAGACAUCAGCGCCAGGGCAAUCCCAAUCGGCAGACACAAGAGAUACUACCAGGCAAUGGUCAGGAAAGAAUGGAGCACUGUAAUUUCUGUUGCCCGUGUGGCCAGUGGCGGCUCAAUCAGGUCACAGCGUGGCGUCUUUGUGUCUAAAGUGAAGAUCGCUCCAUUUGAACACGGUCCUAUUGCAGGCCAGGUUAGUCACGCAGUGGUCAGUGAAGGAGAUAAUGUGAAGUUCAUCUGCAACAUUGAGAAUUAUGAUAGUACCACUGAAGUUACGUGGUACUGUGGCGUCAGGCAACUUGACGCUGGAGACAAAUAUGAAAUUGAAUAUGAGGAUGGUCUGGCUGUAAUUACCAUCAACAGGAUCACUAGAGCAGAUGAUGGCACUUACAGAUGCAAGGUUGUGAAUGAGUAUGGUGAAGAUAGCGUUUAUGCAGAGCUGUUUGUCAGUGGGGUUCGAUCCUACCGUGACUUUUUCACUACCCGUGUGGUUAGAAGAACAAAGCGAAGAGUUGACACUGCCAGAAUGCUUCAGAAGCCACCAGAAUUUACUCUUCCUCUAGUCAACCGCACAGCCUAUCUUGGUGAGGAUGUGCGCUUUGGCGUAACGAUUACUGUUCAUCCUGAACCUCGUGUAAUCUGGCACAAGUCUGGACAAAAGCUUAUCCCUGGACAUGAUGACAGAAAAUAUACCUUUGUUAGUGACAAAGGCUUGUACCAGCUUAUUAUCCGCAAUUUGGAAAAGGAGGAUGAUGCUGAGUACAGUGUCGUAGCCCGUAACAGGUAUGGUGAUGACAGCUGCAAGGCCCGCCUCACUGUCGUUCCUCGCCCUAAACCAGCAGACCUCACCUUGAGGCCCAUGUUUAAACGGUUGCUUGCAAACAUUGAGUGCAAAGAGGGUCAGAACAUUCGUUUUGAGAUUAGAGUUUCUGGCCACCCAAUACUGAAGUGGGAAAAAGAUGGAACACCUUUAGCCUUUGGACCAUCCAUAGAAGUUGUUCAUGAAGGCUUGGAUUAUUACAUCCUUCAUGUAAGAGACACUCUCCCUGAGGACUCUGGGGUAUACAGAGUGAUAGCAACCAACUCUGCUGGAUCUGCUGGCUGUCAAGCAACUCUUAAAGUGGAGAGAGUAACUCAUGUAAAGAAGGAGUAUGAGCCCACUGAAAAGGAGAAGCAAAAGAUAGCUGGACAGAAGGAAUUGGAUAAAAAGGUUAGGCUGUCCCAGAUUUUGGCAGGCACUGUUGUUACACCUCUCCCACCUGCAGCAGUAGAAGCUGUCAGGGAGGCAGCCACCAUGUUCAAGCCUGCUGUCACAACUAAGAAAGGUGAGAAGACUGAAGCUGAGAUCAAGAAAGAACAAGAGGAGAGGAAGAGGCGGGCAGAAGAGAAAAGACUUCGUAUGCCAUAUGUUGUCCCUGCACCUCGUGUCAUUAAUCCAGCUGUACUUGAAGAGGAUGUGGAAAUUAAACACUUCCAGCCAUUGUCUGACAUGAAGUGGUACAAGAAGCUGCGGGAUCAAUAUGAGUUCCCUGAGCCAAUGGAGAAAAUCAGGCAGAAGAGAAUGAAACGUAUUCGACUGUCACGGUGGGAACAGUUCUAUGAGGUGCCUAUUAGGAUCAAGGAACAGUAUAAGCCUAAGUGGCGCAUCUCAUCUUUGACUCAGGAUGACUUGGAGAUUGUGAGGCCUGCAAGGCAUCGCACUCCUUCGCCUGACAUGGAAGCCUACCGCAGGCUCAGGAGGAGGUCUCUGGGUGACCUCUCAGAUGAGGAGCUGCUGCUACCUGUAGGUGAAUAUCUCUCUAUGAAGAGAACGGAGGAAGAAAGGCUUCGCCUGGAGGAAGAGUUGGAACUUGGUUAUUCUGCUUCUCCACCUAGUCUGAGCCCAGUUCGCUUUGAGCUGUCUGCUUUACGUCCAACAUCUCCACGGAGAGCUUACAGUGAUGAGGAAGAAGAAGAAGUGAAAAGAUAUGAUUCCUACAGAAUUCCUUCUAAAUAUGAGGCUGGCCCAAGUUUUGUUGACCUUCGCCAGCGUCAUGACAAGGCGACAUACAAGCCUCCAAGACAGAAGCAACGAGUGUAUGAAGAGAGAGAAGAUCUGGAGCUGCUUCGCCCACAUGCAACCACUGAGAGAAUCUCUACUUACAAGAGUCAACUCAAACGCAUGGAAUUUGAAGAGAAAACACGAACCUCUAAAAAGGAAGCUGUUACAGUUUCAACUUUCUCUGGGACCACAGAAUCUGAGCAACUAACAACUAUUGCAACAGAAUAUAUUCCUAAACCUAUUAAAAAGGUCCCAGUACCUAAACCAGAGGUGGACAAAUUUUCUGCUGCAGAAAAGGCGUUAAAGACUGAUGUCACUCUUCCUAAAGUGGACUUUUUGUCUAGGUAUGAGGAGAGAAAACAGGCACUCAGAUCAGAGAGAAAAUCUGUAGAAAGAAAAGUUGAGGUUGUGACACAGGCUCCCUUCAGCCUUGACCAUGUCCCACGUAUUACCAUCAGGAUGCGAUCUCAUCGUGUACCCUAUGGUUCGAACACAAAGUUUACCCUAAAUAUCCAAGCCAAACCUGAACCUGAGAUCAAAUGGUUCCACAAUGGGAAGGAGAUUCAUCAGAGCAGCAAAUACUACUUGACCAACAUCAGUGGAGUUUUAACUCUCCAGAUCAACAACUGUGUGACAGAAGAUUCAGGCACAUAUCGUGUAGUCUGCAAGAACACUAAAGGCGAAACCUCUGAUUAUGCCACGUUGGAUGUCGCAGGGGAAGAAUAUGCUGCUUUUUCAUCACUCCGCAAAGAUGAGGAACCACCAUCAGCUCAUCUGCCAGAUAUGGCCCGAACAGAGGUAUACCAUGUUUCAUCUUCCAAAACAACUGUAGAGGAAUCAUUCACUGAAAUCGUAAAAGAGACCACUACAGUUGUUGAGGAGCCAAGGGAGAAGCCAGGAGUCCCUGCCACAAUACUGACCAAACCAAAGUCCUUGACUGUGGAGGAAGGAGACAAUGCCAGGUUUGAGUGUGAUGUUGACGGUGAACCUGCACCUUCUGUUACCUGGAUUCAUGAAGGAAUACCUGUCGCUCCCUCUGCCCGGCACCACAUUGUAUCUACUCAGUACAACUCCACCUUCGAGAUUUCAGCUGUUCAGAUGUCAGAUGAAGGGAGCUACACAUUGCUAGUAGAAAAUGCUGGUGGAAAACAGGAAGCCCAUUUCACUUUAAAAAUAAACAAGUCUGAAUCAAAGGAGAAAGUAGUUGCCUCUCCCAGAGUUACGUCUCCCGAGGCUAAAUCACCGUUAUCCAAGUCCCCUGAACCAGUCAAAUCACCGCAGAGAGUCAAAUCACCCGAGCCAGUCAAAUCACCCCAAAGAGUAAAGUCUCCAGUCUCACCAAAAUCCCCAACGCCAAAGUCCCCAACACCCAAGUCCCCAACACCCAAGUCCCCAACACCCAAGUCCCCAACACCCAAGUCCCCAACACCCAAAUCCCCCACUCCUAAAUCCCCAACUCCAUCUGAAAGGGAGCAAGUGAUUCCUCCAAUCAAGUCACCUAAGACAGUGAUGUCACCUCUCGAAAAGAAGCCUUUCUUCUCAGCAGGACUCUGUGACAUCACUGCAUCCUGUGACUCUAUUAUCAAACUGUCUGUGAAGGUGACGGGAGAACCCAAACCUGCUGUCUCUUGGUCAAAGGAUGGAAAGGAGAUUUCUCAAGGUGGGAAGUAUGAAUUAUUUGAGGACCAAUGUUCGGCUUAUCUAGAGAUCUAUGAAUCAGAGGUCUGUGAUAGUGGGGUCUACAAGUGCACAGCCACCAACUUUUCUGGAACAGUGUCAACAACCUGUACAGUCACUGUGCAAGAAUUAAAGAGCACUGGAACAAUCUCUGAGGAAGUCCUGAGAAAGGAAAUGGUCCAUGAGGAAAUAUUGUCUUCUGUAAAGGAGUGGAAGUCCUCAGAAAUCCAAAAAUCCAUCAAAGAAGGCCAGUCUCUGACUCUGAGAGCCAACAUCCAUGGGGCUUCUGACAUCAAGUGGAUUCUGAAUGGGCAGGAGCUGGUCAACACAGAGCAGUACAGAUAUGGAGUAUCUGGAAAUGAACAGACUCUGACCAUCAGGUGUGUCAGCCAGCGAGAGCAGGGGAUUAUUACCUGUCAGGCUCAAACAGAGCAAGGCCUGGUUCGAUGUCAGUUUAACACCAAUGUCACACCCAGGAGCUCAGAUGCACCUUACUUCCUGGUGCAACCAAGGUCCCAAAACGUGAACCAGGGAAAAAAUGUUAUUUUUACCUGUGAAAUUGCAGGACACCCUUCCCCUGAAGUAGAGUGGUUGAAAGACAAAACGACUAUAUGUGUCACUCCAAAUAUCAAGCGGAACCAGUCCAAGAACUUGUACACUCUGGAGAUUUGUGAAGCCACAGUUGCAGAUAGUGGGAAAUACACAGUAAAGGCCAGGAAUGAGUUUGGACAGUGCUCUGCAACAUCAUCGCUCAACGUCCUCACUCUUAUUGAGGAACCAACAACAAUGACUAUAGUGGAGAAAAGAGCUUCUACUGAAGCCACUAAGAGCAUGCAGAAAAGUUUCUUAGCCUCGUCAGUUCAUUUGGAAGCUGCCUCAACGCAGGCCAGCAGCUACAGCAGCAGUUCCCACUCUGCUGUUGGCCAAUGUUCCUUUGAAAGCAUGUCUGCAAAAAGCAUGUCUGCUAUGAUGGCUGAGUCAGUGGUUUCCAUGAGCUCCAGCAGCCAAGCAAUGGGAAUAUCUGCCCACUCGCAUGUAAAGGCGCUCACCGCCGGGGUUAAAACAGGCACUCCACCAAAGAUCGAAGCUCUUCCACAGCAUGUCAGUGCAGAGCCGGGGAAGGCCCUGACUGUGGCAGGCAUGUUCUCCGGAGAUCCUCCUCCCUCAGUCCAGUGGGUCCGCUCAGGUCGAACCCUUCCCAACGGAGACGAGCGGUUCCACGUGGAUAACGCAGCUGACCUCUCCACCCUCAUGAUCUCUGCGGUGAAGGAGGACGACGCAGGAGCGUACACGCUCCGGCUGUCCAACGAGCUUGGCUCUGACUCUGCAACUGUCAAUGUGCACAUCCGGUCCAUGUAAAAAAGAGAACACAAAUUAUUUCCUCUAUUCCCUUCAUCCUAAACUUUUUAUUUACAAUAAUCUUACUUGAUAAAGAUCUGGAAUAUUCUUGUAAAUAGGAACUAUUUUUGUACCAAACUUGACAUUAAUUUAUGCCAAACUAGACUAAAGUCUAAAGUUGUAAAAUGUGCCAUAUUGGAUAACUAUGACUCAAUUUUUCUGUGACAUGUACAUAAUGUAUAUAGCCGAGUUUACCGGUUAUGGGAAAUGUAUGCAUUGUUAUUUAUGACAAUAAUAUUAACUGAAACUAAAAGAAGCUAAAAGUGGUUAACAGGAGAAAGUUUCCGCUGGAACGAAUACCCUGUUAAACUGGGAAACUAAACUCUGUGCCUCAACGAUAAGUUGAAGUUUUAAGAUUGCCUCAACAGGUAGAGAGGCUCCCUGUUGAUGUUAUGAACCACAAACAAAAAGACAAAGUUCUUGUUUGGACACACGUCUGUGCGUGUGAUAUUACAGUUUAAUAUGAGUUGUACCAUGAGCAGAAGACCCUGAGUGCUGUUUGCAUCACCCUCAUGUAAGCAGCAUGAACCGGCCUUGUGCUCAGACUGACUGUGUCGUACCACCACGAUUUGAUGACCAGCAGAAAGGGCGAGCGGCCUGCUCUCUCUGCGUUUAGAUUCAUUUUGAUAAAGAGCGCUGCUUCUGGCACAGGAUGGCUGGAUUGGCUUCACUAAAGAAACAUCUCCUGGCCAUAAGAAAACGGAGUCAAAAGCAGCCCUGCUGUGCAGAAGCAGCGCCAUCUCUUGGAGGAUCGUAGCUGACGUGUUUUUGAGUGCGAGUGUCUGUAGUUUGUAGUUGUUUCACCUGGUCAGUAGUCAGGGUUUUUUUCUUUACUCGCAUCACUGAGUUCAUCUUUGAUGAGAAGAGAAGCAGUUCUGGGUUUGCCCUGCACUUUGACUUUAUCGAUCUGCUGAUGUAGAACUUAUAUAUCUUCCUCCUUGAGUUUUACUGAUUUAAUAAAGCAUGUUUCAGCACUAUAAA